ACAUGUGGGUUGCUAUGAACGGUUUCCAUGACUGAGUGCCACCCUUUCUGGAGUUCUUUCAUCUCUUUAGACAUGAUGCCGCUUUUAGGUCAAAUAUUGAAUCGUGCUAAUAAGAAAUCAGUGCAUUUUUAAGCACCAAAUCUUAAGAAAGAAAGAGAGGACAUGAAUUAUUUUUCUAAUUAUACUAUUUUCAUACCAAGUGCCUAAUAUUUGCUAGCACUCAGAAACAUUUUCUGAUAGGCAGGCCAAUGGAAACAUUACAAAGGUUGUGGAACAUCUUGGGUUAAACUUAUGUGUGCACAUAUUUUGAGCUUAAAGUGGAAAGUACACUGGGUAUUUUGAGCUUAAAGUGGAAGUACACUGGGUAUUGUUGACUAUUUGUUGUUGCUGCAUUGUUUGGAAUUUCAAAUAUAUAAAUGUAAAGGUAAAGAGACCCCUGACUGUUAAGUCCAGUCGCGGACGACUCUGGGGUUGCGAUGCUCAUCUCGCUUUACUGGCCGAGGGAGCGGGCGUUUUGUCCGCAGACAGCUUCUGGGUCAUGUGGCCAGCAUGACUAAGCUGCUUCUGGCGAACCAGAACAGCACAUGGAAACGCCAUUUACCUUCCCGCCGGAGUGGUCCUAUUUAUCUACUUGCUUUCAAACUGCUAGGUUGGCAGGAGCAGGGACCGAACAACAGGAGCUCACCCUGUUGCACGGAUUCAAACUGCCGAUCGGCAAGCCCAAGGCUCUGUGGUUUAGACAGCGCCACCCAUGUCCCUUCAAAUAACUAUUUAUUCAAGUAAAUAGUUAUACACUAAAAAACUCCUAACUAUAAAGGUAGGUUUUAAUCUGCAAAUACUGUAUUUAAACUAAACCUUGGAAUAAGAGGCGCAUAUGGCUUAAAAUAAAGCUGGCCCCCUUAAUUCAUAAUGAUUCUACAUUUAUUUGGUAAUAAAUACACCUAUAGACAUAUACCAUCCAUGGAACAAUAAUUUGUGAUCAACAAACAAUCUUGUUUUACUUGUAUGAAGGGCUGUCAUGCAGGAGUUUUCAGUGUGUCAUCUUCCAGAUUGACCAAACAAAGCAAAAGGGAGGAGGAGAGAAUGGAGAGGCACGGGAAAUCCACCCUUAGCAUAGUAAGAGUAGUAAUAAUGUACAAUAUGUUUAAUCAGAAGUAAGUCUCAUUUUGGCACCAAUCAUACUUCUGGCUCCAGCACUGAAAAGGUCAUUUUCUUUGUAACUCUAUGAUGUACCUCCCACUAGGGAAGGCACCUGAAGAAGAGCCUCAACAAAAUAUCUUAUUUAUUACAUAUACAGUGGUACCUUGGUUUAAGAACAGCCCUGUUUAUGAACUAUUCGGUAUGCGAACUCUGCAAAACCAGAAGUAGUGUUCCGGUUAGCGAACUUUUCCUCGGUCUAAGAAGGGAAGCCGAACGGUGGAAGGGCACCAGUGGCGGGAAGCCUCAUUAGGGAAAGCGCGCCUCGGUUUAAGAAUGACUUUGGUUUAAGAAUGGACUUCUGGAACAGAUUAAGUUCGUAAACCAAGGUACCACUGUAUUUAAAUGCAACUUAACCCCAAGGCAGUCUCUAAGCAGUUUACAAAACACAAUAUGCAUAUAUAACAAACAAAUGGAACAACGCAAUUUUAAAAAAUAACAUCCCCCAAUGUGAAAUUAUAGUAGCAUAGUUUUCAAAAGAACUUAAACUAUCUCUCUUCAGCCUCCUUCUUGCCAAACCACACCCUGACUCAGGCUGAAUACACAUGAUACAUGUAAGGCACAUUUAAAGCAUAUGACUUCCCCCAGGAACUGCAGUUUACCCAUCACAGAACUACAAUUCUCAGCACCCUUAACAAACUACACCUUCCAGGAUUAUUGGGGGAGACGACAUGUGCUUUAAAUGUAUGGCAUGUACACAGUCUCACACAUUACAACACUGACUCAAAUAACACAUCACACUCAAAUUCUGUCCUGCAUGUACACAAAUCAAACAAUACCUAUUACUAUUUAUUAAAUUUCUAUACUGUCCUUUACCUGAGGAUCACAGGACAAUUACAACAUAAAAACACAAAAAAUAUAUAGUAACAAACAAAAACAGUACCACCCCUCCCAUGCUUGCUAUGGUGUGAGUCAGAUUUUAGCUGGAGCCGACAAUACACACAAUUCAUUUUCGGCGUUGUAAUCCUGUUUUUUAAAAAGCGCCUAAACAUUCUGUUAGUGCACCUGUAACCUAGGUUUACGGGGCCAUACGGCAAAUAGUUUUUAUAUCUGUUUCUAACACUGGGCCUGGCUCAUCCAUUCUACUUGCACCCCCUCUUUUCUGCUUGCAAUCAUUUCAGUAUCUCCCUCUCUGUCCCCAAACUACUAUCACCAGUUGCUCCUUCCACUCUUUCAAAAAUGCACCACCACGACAUCAGGAGACGCUUAACAACACCUUAAGUUUGAGGAAAGGAAUCUGGAAAGAGGCACUCCUUUAGGUAUUUGCAUGCCAAGCCCUGUUGAGGGCUUUAAAGGUUAAGUCCUAGCAUGGCAAACUUCUCAUAUCAAAAGUUACUGGCUGAGUUGCCCCAGCAAAUUAUACUGUCCAUCUGUUGUGUCCAUUCACUCUGCAGUAAGCCUCUCCCUUCGCUGAUCCACAUGCCAAGGCUGUAUUUGUUUUGCUGGAUAGUAAUAAAGUAUAGUAAACUAAAAUAAAAUAAAAUAAACAAAUGCAGCCAUACUUUUCUGAUAAUAAGCCAUCACAGGUUAAAGUAUCCUGUGCAGUUGGUGGGGGGCAGGCUGCACACUACACAAAGCUCUGGUGACACAUUCACCUAAAUCCCUAGUCUUCAACAGGUGGGUCGGGACCCACGAGUGGAUCACGGCCUGAUCCAAGGUGGGUCGCAAGCAGGAGCACUUCCACCAUGCUAACAUAUGGCAAAAGAUUACCAAAUGGGUCCCCGUGGCCAAAUGCACGUUCGGGUUAAAGGGGGUGGGGUGGGGUGGGGGGUGUCCUGGAUCCGAAAAGGUUGAAGACCAGGAACCUAAAAAUGUGGUGACAAAGGAGCAGAGAGAUUUAAGCUGAGGAAGGUUAAGAGCCGACAUCUGAAAAGUUAAACGACCUAAAAUGUUUAAAAGGGCAACAAAAUCGGGGCUCAACAGGGGCGGGCGAGAUAGGACAAGCUGCAGCAUAUGAUGAGCAUCCCGUUCCCAUCCGAUGUUCAGAGUGAAAUAUUUGGGGGGGGGGGUUGAAAGAGAGAGAGAGAAACCACGCUGCCCUGUUGAAUCUCCGCCUGCUCGCUUUCCCACAAACGCAGUUGGGUGGGUGCGAUAUUCGGGAGAACUGCCCCUGUUGAAUCUGUGCUCCAAGUCCCGAGAGCCCCUUUCUUGUCUGCCACCCCAUACUAGAACUGACCCGAUGGGGUGGGAGUUAGGAGAAGGCCUCGCUUUCUUUCCUCCACCGAGGUUGAGGCCUCCGGAGGCCAGCAAGCGGCCCUACGACUUCCCUUCCCGGCCCUCCUACCUCAGCCCGGCUCGAGCGCCGCAGCGGCCCUCCCGCCUCAUUCUCUCUCCCGCCGGCGUCGCUCCUCGCGCGGAUGAGCCGCCGCGCCCUGAGGAGGCCGGGCCCGCCUCUCCGGUCAGGGCCUACAAAGAAGCAGCAGCAGCGCCCGGCGAAGGGGAGCGGGCGGUCCUCGUGCCCGCCUCGCCGCCUCAGCCUGGCUCCUGUCCCUGCCGGGCCGAGCAAGCGCCAAGCUCCCUUUCUUUCGCCCUCGUCCACGGGCGCUUCCUUCCCGCCGCCUCGAGGCAACCGAUAAAAUAUACUCACACACCCCCAGUCGAUAUUCUAGCAAGGUGCUUUUCUGUGAGGGGAAAAAAUGUAUAUAUAGAGGGAGGGAUAUGCGUAACCUUUUUUAUAUAUAAACGUACGCGCGCGUGCGUAGAAAUGGUAAAUUUAUUUUUAACGGCAGUUUCUGAGACCGCAGGGCAGGGCACGGUUAAUAUACGGUACUUUUUGAAAGCCAACGGAAGCUGGUGAAACGCCUCACGCGUUUGAAGGAAAUUACUGUAUUUAGCAAAGGAGGAUUCCAUCGUUAAGUUCCCGCCUAAACCAGGAAUCACUGGCAAGCAAGCCGAUUCGUAAGAGACCAGUGUGCACGUGCACGUGUGCAUAUAGAUAUAUCUUCCACAAGUAUAUCUGUAUAUUUGAACAUUUGGCAUGCCCCUACAAUCGGCUGUAAGCGGUUUGCAAAGGUACAAAGAACAAAAAUCAAAACGGCAAAAUCUUACUUCAGUUAAAGUGGGAUAAAAAAAAAGGAUUCAGUAGGCCUUGGAAGUGCGUGUGUAUAUAUGUGUGUACGCACAUAUGUAUAUAUGCAUACCCUUUAUAUACACAUACAGUAAAUUGUGAUAGAAUAUGCACAUUAGGUUGGCCGUUUAUGUCGCGCCCAAAGAGGAAGUGCAUCAACAAAAAUGGAAUAGAUUUGCAAAAAAAAAUGCAUAUUCUAAUUUAUAUGUAUUUAAUAAUCAUGAAAAUUUAAAUAGAAAUACAACACAUUUCACUCUAAUGGAGAAGGCUGUGCCCAGGUGAGUCUGCCCAGGUGUGGCUGCUCAGUCUCUUGUCGGGAUGCUAGCUUUGGACCAUAGGCAACAUCAAGGGACCCCAGGCUCUACAGUGGUAGAUCCAGCCAGAUGGUUCUUAUGUUUCCAUGCGUUCUGUGGACCGUGAGCUGGCUGACUCUAUCUUAAAAACUACAGAGGAGGAAAGUCAUAUAUAGUGGUACCUCGGGUUACAUACGCUCCAGGUUACAGACGCUUCAGGUUACAGACUCUGCCAACCCAGAAAUAGUACCUCAAGUUAAGAACUUUGCUUCAGGAUGAGAACAGAAAUUGUGCUCCAGCGGCACAGCAGCAGCAGGAGCCCCAUUAGCUAAAGUGGUGCUUCAGGUGAAGAACAGUUUCAGGUUAAGAACGGACCUCCAGAACGAAUUAAGUUCUUAACCCGAGGUACCACUGUACUUAGAUAGAGCUUUUAAAUAUUUAAACCAGAUUUCGACUCAUUUUUGACCUUCAAAGAGAGGGUACCUUCAAAUCAGAAUGUCCUUCAAAUAGAGGACAAACCAGCUAAAAGCAUUUAGAAGCAAUCACAUACCCCCACAGUUAUGACUUCCAUGGUUGUCAUGGGCAGUAUCAGCCAUCAAAUGUCUGGGCAAACAGGAAUGUUUUUUUAAAUUCUUCCUGAAAACUAGCAAUGAGGAAAACAGGCACACCUCACCAAGGAGGGAAUCACAGCCAAGAAAGCCUUGUCAUCCGUCAAUGCCAACUGGGCAGCAGACAGAGGUGGAGGCACUGACAACCUUCCCUGCCAAUUAAUUGUAGAACCCAAGAUGACUGAUAAUUGGUGGAGUCACUUUCAGGUACUUGGGUCAAAAGCCAUUUAGGGCUAGUUUUAUAAGCUGAACACCUUGAAUUGGGCUUAGUACGACAGUUCCAGCCAAUGCAGAACUAUCGGGACUGGUGAUACAUGGUUUCAUCAGGCUGUCCUACUUAUCAGCCAAGCAGCAGUAGUCUUCUGCAUUAGCAGAAUUUGCACAACUAAAUAUUUCCCCAUCCUGAAGUGUUAAGAUUCCCUGCCAUCCCAUUGAUUCAACUCUCCUCUCAGCUCUACAUUGAGUUGAUAAUUCAUCCUACCACAUCAAUGGGACUUUCAGUUGUAACUCUUUCACAAACAGCAGCUGAAAGAGAUCAGGACUAGAAAAAGCUGCUGUUCCAGCCAACUGGGUAGAUGGCAGGGGGGGGGGGAGAGCUGGAAGAGAAGGGAAGGGAGAGAGGAGUCAUUCUACGUUGCCUAGUGACAAUAAUGCUGUCACCUUGGCUACCCAGACUGAGAAGUGAGAGUGUUAUAGAAGUUCUUUUUGACGUUCAAGCAGCCACCAGGCACAGAGGCAGGUAACUAGGGCAGCAACAGGUAGAAGUAUACCCACUCCCCAUUCCCUAAUCCCUUAAUGUGCACUCAGUAAGGGUGUUGGGAAGGGCAGAACAGGCCAGGGUCCACUUUGCUUUCUCAUAAUCACUCUGGGAUUGCAUGAAUGUACAGCUCCCUUCUCUAAAAGUGUGUGAACUUGCCCUGUUUCCAACUAUUCCACAAAAGGUGCGCGGGGGGGGGGGGGGAGAGAGUUGGGAUCAGAUUUGAUAGGAGAAUUAAAACACUCAGCAGGAAGGAGAAGUGGCAAGAAGUUGGAAGAGGAAAAGGAGCUUGGAGAGAAAGCGAUCAAGUUUUUAUUAUUAUUUUAAAAAAUAACAAGCCAAGAGCAGAGAUGACAAAAUGGCAUAGAGUGAGAAGUACAGAUCAGGUGGACAUUCAGAGUUCUGGUGGUGUUAAAAGUGACAAGUGGUAAAAAUUUUGAGCAGGGGAGGACUGAAGGACUCUCUGGAACUUCUGCCAAGAAAAAUCAGCACCAGGAUAAAUCAUUACUAGGAUAGAAGGCAUAGAUUUGGCAAGCUUAGAUAGAACAAAGAUGGAAGACUCAUUUAUUUCCAGCUGAUGGCUUGAAAGGAUGUUGGGAAAAUAUACUUAGAAUAACAGCCCCAUAGGUUUUUGAAUUGAAUAUGAAACCUGAAACGAUUCCCUAAUCUCUGUGUUUCUAGGUGCUUAGAGAAAAGCAUUAGCUAAUAAUUUAUUGUAGGAAAGAUACACAUCUCACAAGUACUUUUGAAGCAAUCCAAAAGCAGCUGGAGCCAAAUACACGUUCAUAAUGAAUCCAGGAGAAGCUGCCAAGAUUACAAGGGUAAGUGUAUGUGAUUUGACUGUGUUGGACCUUGGGAUGAAGACAGUAAGCUGAAAGAGAUUUGAAAAUCUUGUGUGAAGGCCCUCCUUUUCUUGUUAGGAGUACUUAAUUCUUCUUGCUACUGAAUUCGGAAUUCAGAUGCUUUGUGGAAUUAAAUAUUGAUGAGAGUUCCCUCCUUUUGUGAAGUAUGCUGCUGUCAGGUGUAAUAAGCUGGAAAGUGUUAGUUUAGGGAAUAGGCUUAGCCAGUGUACAUGUCUGGAAGAAACAGCUUCAAAAGGAUUAGUUUUUAGUAGCAUCUGUCUCUGCAUAUUGAUUAGCUCCUGCUUAAAACACUUUGGCUUGUCUAGCUUUUAAAUGAAAGCAUGGGACUGAAGCAAGAGGAACUAAGAGUUGGGUACCAGAGGUUGGUAAAAGACCUUUCUCUUCCUGAGACCCUGGAAUGCUGCUGCCAAUCCUAGAAUCACAGAGGUGGAAGGAACCUCAGUGGCCAUCUAGCCCAACCAUUGCUAAUGGAGGUAGCCAUCCAGACUCUACCUAAUGAAGGAGAGUCCACCCCUUGCUAGGCAGUGUACUCCACUUCUGGGCAGGUUGUAUACUGUCAAGAAGUUCUUCCUAAGGGUAGACAGUACUGGGCAAAAUAUAAGACAGUUUUCCAUGUGCAUAUGGAUUGCACUGUUUUAGAUUUCCAGUGGGAUCUCAGAUGAUCCCAUGCACAUCCUUAAUAAAAGUCCUCCCCACUGGAAACUAGCACAUCAGGGCAUGGACCCAGGGAGUGGUCUGAAUGAACAUGAUGCUGCUGCCUUCUUGGAUUUCAGACCAUCCAUUCAUAUGGUUUCUCUUUAAGCUGGUUUUAUAUUUUUGGGUUGCUUUUUAGUGCUUUUAUCAUUGUGAUGUUGGUGCUGUAAACUGAACUGGUAGCACAGCUGGUGUAGAGUGGUUUAGAAACUGAAUGAAUAAAUUUCUUAAAUGUAACCUUCCUUGAGUUCCAUGAUGGAUGAAAGAUGGAAUAUAUAAAUCACAUUGGUUUCUUGUUGUAGCCUUUCCCAACCUCCAGAUGCUUGAAACUAUGAUCAGCUGCAGCCAGCAUGGCCAUUGGACUGAUGGGAACUGUAGUCCCCAAAUAAUAAUAAUAAUAAUAAUAAUAAUACUUUAUUGUUUAUACCCCACCCAUCGGGCUGGUUUCCUCAGCCACUCUGGGCAGCUUCCAACAAAAUAUUAAAAUCCUUCCGAUAUUAAAAGCUUCCAUAAACAGGGCUCCCGUCAUAUUGAACUUGUGGUGACUUGGAAAAUUUGAUGAGCAGUAGAAUCAACACAGGAAAGAAGAAAAUACUUCUUCACAGAGCACAUAAUUAAUUUGUGGAUAAUUAACAGCCCCAGGAUGUGUGGAUGGCUGCUGAUUGGAUGGAUUUAAAAUGGGAUUAGACAAGUUUAUGGAGAACUGUCAGUGGCUGUAAUAAUUAAACAGAACCUCUAUAUUCUAAGGAAGCUUCAUCAGAGGCAGUGUAUCUUGAAAUGUCAGUUGCUACAGAAAAGCAGCUAAGGAAGGCAGUUACAUUCAUGCCCAGCUUGAGAGCUUCCAGGAAGAUGGGCCUUUGGUCUGAUCCCUCAGGAGUCAUCCCCCCCUCCCAUGCAAAGAGCUUCCUUUUUACAAAUGUGUGAAUAAACAUUCAAUUAUAAGAGCCCACUUCUGCAGUCUGACGUGAUAGAGCCGGGAUAGUUGUUUAUAACCUUGGUAAGAAUUUUACCUGAGUAUGUGUGAAGAAGAAGACAAUCAUACACAGAGCUUUUUUAGAAUACCAAUUAGUACUGUUCAAAUUGAAAAAUAUGAGCACCACAAGCAGCUUGUCUUUUGUGUUUAUUUUUUUUAAAAUAAUAAUUUUUAUUAAGUUUUCCAUUUUAACAAUCCAAUCAAAUCACAUUAAAUGUUCCAAAUUAUACAAAUACAUAUCAUAAAGUCCAAAUACUUUGCCAAAUUAUAAUUUUUUGUUUGGGGUUCCCAUGCUUCAAGUUCAGUGGGGUCCAAUCACCUCAUAUUUCUACUGCUUUAAGUGUCCACUAGUCCCUUCUUUAAAUCUUCUUGUUAUUAUCCUUCUUCUUUCAUAGCCUCUGAGUUGUUUCCACAGGUAAGCUGAAAUGAGCAAUAUUAUGCUUCUGUGUGAACUUUGUAUGACUCUCCCUUUUUUUUUUUGCAGCUGGUAAAUCUUUUAUUUGCAGUAUAUCUUCACACGCUGGUAUUUAUGCCGAAUCCAUCCAAAAGUCCUUCUCGGGUGGCAGACGCCAUCUUUUCUCAGUUCCGAUGAAAUAGAAUCUAGGCGUUUGCUCAUUAAUUUUCUCAGACAGGUUGCUCCAAACAUUAGUCUUUCCAGAGGAGGUUUGCCAAAUCGAAAUUGAGAUAUAGAUAUAAUAACAAAGUAAGGGCUCGCCUCCCCCUAUGACUAUUAAUCUCUGCAACACAGUCUGUCUCAUAAUGGCGGAUCCCGAUUAAAUAGUGCAUCACAAGAGAGUCUUUUAUCUUCUUCCAAAUAUUUUGAAAAACAAAGGCUUUAAUUAAUAUUAUUAUUUCCACACAGUUUAUAUUUUCUGAUCUCACUUGCUAUAAGUAGUAUAGACGGAUCUUCGGGGGGGGGGCAGUUGUUAGGUACUAUCGUAGCAGGAAAAGAAAAAGUUUUAUCCCCCCUCCUUUCCGUUCCGUUUCAACAUACCAGCUUAGAUGUUAUUCUUUGAUGUUAUCUUUCUUCCAAUCCGUCACUCUUGGCAUCUCAGUGGCUGGCUUAAUUAGCAGAUAAAAUACCCUUUCUUCGCUCGAAGCAUGUCCAUAAAUCUUAUAUCCAAUCUUUUAUCUUAAGAAAUGGAACUUGGAGCACUCAUAUAGACAGCGUCCAGGAGACCCGAGCUCGCUCGAGGGCUUUCCAUCCAGUGCCCCCACCCCCUCCUUCUUUUUGAACUCGGGGGUGGUUUGUGGGCAGCCGCGGAUGAGACUGCAUCUUCCCUUCCACUGGGAAGAACCCUGGGAGGCUGAUUACUCCCAUCUCAGCCUCUUAAUUACCUUGUGUGAGCUGGAGAGAUGGUAUUGUCGGCCUUCCAUUGCGCUCCUAGCGGAGCCCCGCUUGUCUUUUGUGUUUAAUUAUGUCCACCGUUCAAUUAUGAUAUAUACAUAAUUCAGGAUUUCACAGGUGUUUUGAUACUGAUGUGUCAUACACAACUCCAAGGCAGCAGUGCAAAAAAGGCUUAUGCCUGCAUCUGGACAGUGGAGACUGGUCCAUUAGGGCAAAUGGGGCAUUGCCCUGCCAACCUCCAUCUGCCCUCAGCUAGCUUCCACCUGCCUGCCUUUUUUCUUAAAAUCACUCCAGAAGGUGGCUCUGACUGUCAGCCUCUUUGCCCUUCGUCUCAGUGUUGCUCUUGUAGAAUUCAGAAGGGAGGAGAAUAGAGACAAAACCAGAAUUAGUUGGUUCUAUCUAUCAUUGGCUGUAGCUCAACCAGCCUCCUACAUUUGACCUCUAUGACUUCUGCUCUACCAACUUCAAUGGCCACCAACCUCCACUUAUUUCAGUCGAGGAAAUUGCCGGCUAGCACAACUGCUAUUUUCCUUCUCUAACCCACUCCAUUUCCAAAAGAGUAGUCCUGACUGUUGGCUCCCCCCUCUUUAGUCUCAGCAUUGCCCCCUGUAGAACUCGGGAAGGAGGAGGAUGGAGGGCAAAACUAUAAUUUGUUGGCUCUGUCAUUGGGUCUUGCUGAGCCUAUCAUUAGCCCUGGUUUCACCUACUUAUUGUUGGCUUCCUUGCCUUCUGCUUAUCAAUCCCAAUGGUCCCCAUCUACCACUGUAUCUAGAUGGGCUUUGUAUAUCUGUCUAGUCCUAUAGGCUUUCUUAACACAUUGCUUUUUUUCCUUUUUAAUGAUUCCUAGGAACAGAAUGAUUCCAUCUAUAAUAUGAGCCAUGCCAAACAAAUACCAGAGUUGCCACCUUUGCCAGGUUUGGCUGCAGAAGACCCCUCUGAACUGUAUCAGGUAUGUAUACUUCUUAUACUGCCCACUGGGUUACAUCUAUUAAAGCACCAUCAGGCACUGCUUAUGGGAGAUGAGUGGUACUCUGGGAAGGCAGGUUCUUUGUGUUGCGAGUCAGGGUUCCAGAUCCUACAGAAGAAAUAUUCUUAAUAAAGCAUGGUUUUGUUGUUCUUCAUAAAACACGGCUACAAGUAAUUGGUUCCAAAUGAAAUGUGCUUUAUGAGGAUGUGCAUCAAACAGUUACAUUUCACAAGAAAUAAGAGAAUAGUUCUGCAUUGUGAAUAACGUCGUAUGUACAUGGAUUCAAACAGUUGUGGUGGGAGUGCACUGGAGCCAGAGUAACAUCAACCCAGAUAGCAGAUGAACUACUGGGACUAGGAAUGCUUUUUCUAAUAAGCAUGGUCGAGUCAUAGUAAAGAGAGGAAGGGAAGAAGUUUCUCUUGGAUGCCUCUUUGCAAUGGUUUUGUGUGUGCCUGCCUGACUUGUGGGCUAAAGUCUGGGCAAGCAUAGACAAGCCAUUCCACAGUGGGGCAUUGUGAUUUUGCUGGCUGCCCUCUGACCUGUCUUACAAACUUUGGCCAUAAUAUAUAAUAACUGAUGUGUAUUUGUAGAAUCCACUGGCCUAAUGUGUGAGCUGUACCCAAUCUGUGCACUGGGUUUGUUACAUGCGGUACUGGGUGCAGAGGAGCUUGGGCAAAAUGCAUACAGUGGGCACCCUCCUUCCCACUCUCAACAUUGCCCUUUCACUGGUCUGUGAUACUGGAAGUGUCCAAUGGAAGCUAGUCCUGUAGGGCAGAUGAGGCACUGCUCCACCAAGCUCAAUAUGUUCUCAGCCAAUCCCCACCUGCCACACCAGAUUUAAGGCGGCACAGGCGGUUCCCUCCACAGGGUGCUGAACCAAGGGGGUGCAAAAUAACAAAAGCAAUAAUAAACAUAUAUUUAUAUGGUUACGUACUGAGAAGAUCUGAAAAGGAACUGUACCAAAAGGAAUUAUUGUGAAAAUAAGAAAUAUUUAGGGGGUGUUAAGUAUAAUUGUUUAACUGUGCACUGAAAUGGAAAAUAACUCUGUAUAUGUCUGUAUGUGUACUGCUAAAAACAUAACAUGGUUUGGAAAGUUCCAUUGGGCUAAAACAAAAGCUCUUAGAGAGCUUGACAGGUGCUGAUUAACUGAGAAUGUAUCUCUGCUAGCUCCCACAAGGUGUUUAAGUUGGAUCACAUGAGAUAUUCAUGUGUCCAUUUUGGGUGUGUGAGUUAGGUGUUUGUUCUGAGGCACUAGAGAAGAAAGGAUGUGCAAAUGGUUCUCUCUGGGAACACAGCCUCAAGUUAAUGGAGACUGUGUUGGAGAGACAGAGCUUUGAUUUCAGCUCUGAAUGAAGUUAUUUCAUAUUUCUAAGAUGUUCUACCUGUGCAGGAAUCAGCACAUGAUAUUAUGUGAUUAUCUGGAUGUAACAUUAUUUGUUUCAUGUUUGUUUUGAAGCAAUUUCUGUUAGUAAAGCUUUUGAACCAUAUUUUUGGACUGGACAAUUUUUAUUUCAGUUUUUAUUCAUUCUAUUGCUUCUGAAUGUGCAAUAUUAAUAACCACAAUAGGGGGCACCAAAUUUUGUCCUUGCUCAGGUUGCCAUAUUAUCUAAGUCCGUCCCUGUACCUGCCUACCUUUUUAUUUACAACUAGUCCAGCGAGUAGCACUGAUUGUCAGUCUCAUUGUCACAGUGGUGCUCUUGUACAAUUCAGCAGGGAAGAUAAUAGGGGCAAAACCAGAAAUAGUUGGCUUCAUCUACCGUUGACUCUAGUUCAAGCAGCCAUUUGAUAUGGCACCCCCUUCCCGACUCUGCCCUACCCAGUCCCAAUGGGCACCAGCCUCCACUGUCAUUACCUUAUAUCAGUUAAAGAAAUUGCCGGCUAGCGCAACAGAAUAUAAACUGUUAUUUUUUCUCCCCAUCCCACUCCAUUUCAGAUGAUCCAAAAUAGCAGCUUUUACCCUUCUCUGAUGCAAAGAGCAUCCUGGACUUUGGCAGCUCCCUUUAAAGAGCAGUGUCAUUUCCGGAGCCCCAGCAACUCCAUUGCCAAUAAUUACACCCUCACUGCACAGAACUUGAAGAUGAAAGAUCUGCGUAAGAUAGUUUCACCUUUAAAGGCAAGAAAGCCAACUGGGACCACAAGACAUUCUCCACGUAUCCUAUGUGUUUGAAAACAGGCUUGUGUCUCUUGUCAAAUGCUUGUUUAUCUUCCUAUCUUUUUGUCUGGCAAGCUCUGUAUGUGUUGGCCCAGCCUUUGUUCUCCCCUCAAGCUUACAAUUAUUAUUAUUAUUUAUUAAAUUUGUAUAUCACCCUUUAUCUGAAGAUCUCAGGGUGGUUCACAACAGAAAAAUAUAAAAUGAAAAUCCAAAAUACAUACAAAAACUGAUAACCUCCCUCCCACAAACACAUUUAAAAACCCAUAGAGUGUUAAUCAGCUGAACACCUGGUUGAAGAGAAACAUUUUUGCCUGGUGCCUAUUGAUAUGUAAUGAGGGCACCAGGCAAGCUUCUCUGUGAAGAGCAUUCCACAAACACUGCCAAAAGCUGCCUAUGCACCAUAUACUGUAUUUAAACCAUAUCCUCUCCUCAAAGAAUUAUGGGAACUGUAGUUUACCCCUCACAGAGCUACAGUUCCCAGCACUCUUAAGCUACUGUUCCCAGGAUGAUUUGGGGUGGAUAAUGUGCUUUAAAUACACUUUAAAUGUAUGGUGUGUCUGUAGCAAAACUCUACCACAGUAGAUGGCAUCACUACUCCUGCUUUGAAAAAAAAGUGUGGCCACUGGGCACUGCACUCUGCUGUGUUGCUGUUCCACUACAGCACUGGUGCUAGCAGGGCUUUGCAAACCCAGCUAUUGGGGUGCCAUGAGGGAGAAGUCUAUGUCUAAGCAUUCCCUUAGCAAAGUGCUCCAAUGUAUUUGGGGAACACUGGUGCACUCAGAUCCUCCUUACAGGCUUCCCAUAAACAUCUGGUUGGCCACUGUGAGAACAAGAUGCUGGACUUGAUGGGCCAUUGGCCUGAUCCAGUGUGGCUCUUCUUAUGUUUUCCAUGCCCCUUCCCGUCUUGCUGAGCCUUCGGCUGUGGGGUUUUCUUGGCUUCAGUAGCCAAGCACCUAUGAGUAAGCAAUUUAAGUUUCCCAAAGUGCCCCAAUCAUUCUGGGAAAUUUAAAACUGCAGCUCAGACUUUUGAGUCAGGGAGCCCAGGCUGUUUUAUGCCCUAUUACGAUCCAGGCAGGUGUCCAAGGGUGCUGGGUACUGAUGGGCCUGGGUGGUGUGGUGGGUAACAGAAAGAAAAGGGACAUCUUCCUUCUCUUACCAAUGACUGCUGAUAUCCUGUGACUCUUCUAGCAAUCGCAAGGUCUGCAAAAAUUCUUUGACAUGAAAGCAAUUUGGAGAUUGCUGUCAGCUAAACAGCUUGUUAUGUUGGGAGUCUCAUGUUUAUUUCCCCCAUUAUUUUAAAAAUAAAAACACUAAAUGCAUCUGUGCCAUCCAGUGAGAGAAAGAAGUGAAUGACAGCAAGGGCUACUUGCAUUUGAUCUGGAAAGUUGCAGUGACUGAGGCUUUUUACCCCUUUCCUCUAUGCCAUUUUCUUCACUUAAAUUGCGCCACCUCCAGCUGCUAUUUCCUAGUGGUGUGGGGAAUUGCAGGUGUAAUAGAAGCUCCUGUAUUUCCCUGCUGAGCAAGUAGUACCUUUCUGUGUGGCGUGAAACCUGCUGACCAUCUUUAGCUGCUUUUAGCACACAAACACCCGUCUCAUUUUGGUGGAUACUUGUCCAUUAGGGUGAAUGGGGCACUUCUCCACCAGCCUCAGUCUACUCUCAGCCCCCCCCCCCCCGCCCCCCAACCUGCCUGCCUUCUUACUUAAAACUAAUCUAGGGAAUGGCUCUUACUGAUAUCAGAUCUGGCACCACCUGCUGGUGGCCUCCUUGCCUUCCACCCUACCAAUCCCAAGGGGUACCAGCCACUACUGGGCUGGUAUCAGAACAAGGUUAGGAAGGGAAACAUAUGAGCUUGCUUCACUACCCUGUGUGCCUCUUUUGUUAUAAAAAACAGACUCACCAGCCUGCUUUAUAAGCAAAUGGAUAGUCCUGUGUUUAAUAAACAGACACAUGCAUAUUUUGGCUCUGUUUUGUAUAUUUCCAGUUUGGUUCCCUUUUCCUUAUGUACAUAUGUCUGUUCUGUUCCCCACUAAGCAAUUUUUUAAAAGCCACAUUAAAAUUAGCAGAUUAAAAUUUUAUGUAUUUUGAACUGUUCUAGCAUUUGCUGCAAUGUAAGUACAAAAGUACAAAAGGAAGUACAAAAGCUGAUAACUUCAGUUCAAAUCAGCACAUAAGUUUGGGAGGUGCAGAUCAGGUAGAAUUUGCAAAGCUCAAGAGUCCCCAAAUCUGGCCUAGUCUUUUCCUGUUUUGACUAGUGUUUUUUUCCCCUUGACCAAGUCAUACAGCUCCAAAAGAAUUUGCUCCCUCUGAGAAGAAGAAAAAACUUUCAUCAGGAAAUGUUGCUGAUGACUGUGACAGGUAUUGUAUAGUUUAUAAGCUGUGCAUUCAUCUGACGGAUACUUAGGGACUCGGGUGAUAGUUGUUGUUCCAUAAGCUUUCAAGUGACUCCUUGCCUUAAGCUACCCUGAUGCUUUCCAGGUACAGGGAAAGAGAUGAUCUUAUCACUAGUACUGAAUGAAGAUUCAGCUGCCAGUGAGCAUAGCUGUCAACCAUCCCUUUUUUUGCGGGACAUUCCCUUAUUCCAGCACCGUUUCCCGCUGCUUCCCGCUGUUGUCCCGGAUUGUUAGAUAUCCCGUAGACUGUCCCCAGGACAGGUGAGGCUGCUGAUCCCUUAUUUUCAAAUCUGAAAGUUGACAGCUAUGCCAGUGAGGGAGGAGAGGCGGAUUUAGGGGAGCACAACCGGUUCGGUUGCACUGGGUGCAGAGCCUUAGCGGCACCGCAACUAUGAUGUAGAAUGGAAGGUGAAAAACGGGGGACGUAGGCAUGUGCCAAACAUUAGCACUGCGCAGAGCACUGUUGAAAUUUGAGACCCCAAAUCCACCACUGAGGGGAGGCUGGGGGAGGAUCCUCUUUGUUUGGCAGCAAUAUGACUUUGCCGGGCUGACUUCCUGGAUUGUUUCUGCCAUUCACACUGGGGAAGAGGAUCAUCAGAACAACUGAGCAGUAUGUGUGCACGGUGCUUGCUCCCAGUAUACCACAAUAAGCCAGAAAACUUGGUGUUCUCAUGAUGGGUUAACUUGGCUCAUGUGUGAUGUUCACAUAUUUCUUCCAGUUCCUUCUCUCACCCAGGUAACACAUACCAGAAAGUAGCACUUUAUCUCAGGCAGCUAAGAGCACACAGCAAUGAAAAACCGAGGAGCAAGGGAAGAAAAUAAUUCCGGACUGCAUAGACACUGCAACUUUAAUGCAUAUUAAAAGCACAUUCUUUCCCUCAGAGAAUUCUGGGCACUCCAGUUUACCCCUCAGAGCAACAAUUUCCAGCAACUCUUAACCAACUACAGUGCCCUGAAUUCUUUGACAUCGAUAAUGUGCUUCAAAUGUCCUUUAUAGAUAUAAUGGUUCCUCCUAAAGUGCUCAGAUCUUGACCAGCCCGCUGGCCGGUCUAGCAUGUCAGAACAAAUCUAACAAAUGGGGAGCAAAGGGCUCUCCACAGGACAGAAUAUUUCCAGCACAGAGCUAAAUGUAGAGUAGAGAUUGUGAUAGAGGCCUCCCGCACAGCAAAAGAUCUGGAUUUGUAGGUUGCACAGGGUGGUAUUCAACUAAGUUUUCUCAGAGUGGGCUCAUUAAAAUUAAUGGGCCAAAUGUAGCCAUGUUCAUUAAUUUCAGUGGGUCUGCUCUGAGAAAAAUGUAGUUAAAUAUUACCCAUAGACCUUAUACAGGGUUUGUUCAGGCCCCAUAAGACUACAUUUGAAAACAGGGAAAAUUCUUCUCCCCUCUAUUGUUCCUUAUGGGUUCUUUUGUUUGCUAGCUUUUAAAUUAUUUUCAAGCACACAGAUUUAUGCACAAAGGCAGCAGCAGAUAGCUGCACACAUCCAUGUUUGGGCACUUGCUUACAAUAUUAUCAUUCAGUCUAUCAAAGUGUUCACUUUUGAAAUACAUCAAAGGCUAUCAUUAAGACUUGCAAGUUCCAAGCAGUAAUUAUGUCUUCAUUACUUGCUGGUUGGUUGUUGCUUAGGUCUAAUUUAAUCUGGGGAAAGUGGCUCACAUCCCGCAUAUAGUGGCAAGAUAAUGUUUUAUAUUUGAGCUGUUUGGGGCCAUUUUCCAACUGCUGUCAUACGAGACUCUAAUGUUGGCUUCUCCAUGCUUUUCACAGCCACACAGCAAUUCAGUGUUUCCGUCUUAUGUGCUGCAGUGUCCUUCCACUGCCCUUUAAUCCAAUACCUGUAUGAUAGGGAUAGGGAGCCUCAGGCUUGGGAGCCUUCCUGGACUCUAUGGCCCUUGGGACUCCCUCCAGGUCAUACCUCCUCCAAGCCACACCCUUUCUUCCCAGGCCAUACCCCCUCACUAGCCUUGCUUUGCAUGAGUGUUAUUUGCCUUCCUGGAAUGCAUCCUUGAGCUCAAUGUCUCUUUCUGGAUGGAGGAUAGAGAGGGGUGCAUGAGUCUGUAAGGAUACUUGCCAACUUAUAUUUCUUGUUCCAUCCACUUUGCCUCUAUCCUCACCCACCACUGGCAUGUGCCCCCCAGAACAUGCACAGAGGGGAAUGUGGCCCUUGUGCUGUGAAAUUCUCCUUGCCCAUGAUCAUGGCUGAUUAAUAUUCUUCAGUCUUUUAAAUGUGUUUGUAGAAGGGGAGGAAGUUAUUGUUUUGUUGUUUUUGUUUUAACUAUUUAUUUGUGUCUUUUGAUCUUUUGAUGAAGGGCAGUUUAUUAUUAGUAGUAGUAGUAAUAGUAGUAGUAGUAGUAAUACUGGCUAUCCAGAAUUUCAAACAGAAUUUCCCCCCAGCCAUGCAGUUAACCUGAUAUCCUUUGUGGAUAGGUGGAAGACAUAACUCAUUAUCUCUUUAACUGUUCCUUAGAUAGAGAUGCAAGAGGUCACCUCUAUGCACUGACUGCAAAAAAAAAUAAGGGAAAAUGAGUUAGAUAAAAUUGCUGUACAUUGUUGUGGUGAUUUGGUGGUUUAAUCUGAAAGCAAGCUGGAUUUGAGUUUGUUGGUGUCUCUGGUAACUUCUCUCUCCUACAUUAUCCAAUAAAAAAUUGGAUUUUUAAAAGAAAAAAAAUACUAGAAUUGGAGCUGUCAGAGGUGCACAAUGGAAAUUGUGUUUUAAUGCUCAGGAACUUGGCAAAGCCUUUUUUAAUUUUAUGGAUGUUUGUUCUGUAUUAUAUUAUUCAUACUAUUGUCUAAAGUAAGUUUGUCACUGCCUUUGGCUAGAACAAUAAACUUAUAAACUUGAGAACAAUGGUAUCCUUUGCAUGCAGAACAUGUACUCUGUCACUAUUCUAUGACUUUGAAUAUGCAAAUUCCAAACCCACUUAAUCCUUUAACCAUUUAAUAUUUUAGUUUGCCUGGUUGUAAAUCUUAAUUUCAGUUUUUAUAGGAGUUCCUUUUUUCCAUUAAAUAAAAUAAUGUGAGCAGAAAGGAAAGCUUAAAUACAUCUCCCCACCCCUCUCAUUUUCCUGAUGUAUUAUGUUACUUUUUUAUUGCAUUUUGCACAAAAGUUGUGCAACAUGAGAGUUUCUGUGGAGUUAAUUUUGCUGAUAGAGUCUAUGUAGAAAAACUCUGUAUAUGCCAACUUGAGAUUAAAUAAAUAAAUAAAUAAAUAAAUAACAUACAAGUAUUUCUAUCUAUUUAGAAUUUGUUCUAGCUGAAUUUGUUUCCCUAACGAUAUGCUUUUGGUCAUCAGCCUCUGGUGUCCUCCAGAUGUUUUGGACUACAACUUCUAUCAUCCCUGAGUAUUGGCCAAACUAGCUGGGGCUGAUGAGAGUAGUAGUUCAAAGCACCUGGAGGGCACCAGGCUGGGGGAGGCCAGGCUAAGGGGACUAGAAGAAAGCUUGAGACAUAUUGAACAUUUGGGGAUGCUAAAUGUAUAGUAGGGAUUGGUGUUGUCCAAAAUGUCAUUUCUGGUUACUUAGCCAACUCAACUGGCGGCUUUUAAUUCCAGGGUGAUGGCAAUAGAGGAAGCACACAGUUUUGAUUUGCUGCUGACACCGGAUAGGCAGAAAUCUGAAACAGGAGUUAUCUGUUAUUCUGACAACCAGCCUCUAACUCCAGAAGAGCAGCUUGUUGUGAUGCUCAGGCAUGAGGAGGAAAUAAGUAAAGGAAAAACUCUACCCACAGAGAGUGAUCUGCAGGUAAGUGAGCUGUUUCCUGAAACACAGGGAAACACAGGUCCAGUUUAUCCAGAAUUCAUCCUGCUUUUAUCUGCAGCUUUUUAUUUACAGUGGUACCUUGGGUUACAUACGCUUCAGGUUACAUACGCUUCAGGUUACAGACUCCACUAACCCAGAAAUAGUACCUCGGGUUAAGAACUUUGCUUCAGGAUAAGAACAGAAAUCGUGCUCCAGCGGCGUGGCGGCAGCGGGAGGCCCCAUUAGCUAAAGUGAUGGUUCAGGUUAAGAACAGUUUCAGGUUAAGAACGGACCUCCGGAACAAAUUAAGUACUUAACCUGAGGUACCACUGUACUUCCUUCUUUGAAGCAAAAUGAAUCAAUGUGAACCUGAACAGGAACUAAACCUGAAUUAAAACUCUGCAGGUUUGCGGUUAUAACAGAAAAUUGGGGGCAAUAUGGUAAGCAAACAGUAGGCAGGAGAUUCUCAGGGCUGAGAUGUUGGGCAGUCAUCAGAUUGGGACAGAAGCCAAGCCAGGAGUUAGAGUGAAGCAGAAGAAAGACAUCAGGAACCAGGAAUAUCUACCAUUGCCCAGGGAAAGUCCUAUGCCAAACAAGAAGUCUUUUCAGCCUCUUCGGUCAGAGAGAGCCAGAAGCCAGCCUAAGUGGAUUAAGUUACUCCAUUACUUGGGUACUCUAUGCAGCAGGUGUGCAGAACCUUUGGCCCUCCAGAUGUUGCUGAUCUUAUUUUCCGUGUUAUAUUCAAUGCAAUAAAUCUACAUAUAUAUGUAUUUACUUUCUAGCGAUACUGUUACUACAUCCAUAAAGGCAUCCGGAAAGAUAUGCUGGCACCGCAGAACAAAGAAGUGAUGGAUAGCAUUUUAAAGCAUAUCCCAAGUCAUUUUCUCGCUAACCCAAUGCUGGAGACGUUACUGAAAGAAUUAACCGAAGAGAUUCAGAAUGAUUAUCAUAUUUGGCUCAUGAAAGACAUUGGUAAGAGAAAAGUGUGGUUUGGCAUGGGCAGUGAUUCUUGAAUUUUUAUUGUCACAAGGUCUGCAAGCUGAAAACCGGAAUUCUGCAACCUGGUUUCUAGGACUGGUCCUGUCUUUAGGUAGAUUGUGGAAGCUGCCUAGGUGGCACUUUUUGGGUGUGAGUAUAAAAUAACAAACUGUAAUCACAUUUGAUUUAUUAGACACAGAGUCUCUAGCAUAAUCAGAACUACAGUUCUCAGCACCUUUAAAAACUACAGUUCCUAGGAUUCUUUGUAUGGUCUAGUGUGCCUUCUGCACGUGCUGCAUACACUUAACCAUUGCUUCCAAACUGCAUCCAAACGGAGUUUCCUCCUUCUUCCCAUGCUUUGUGUGGUUUUACCCUAGUUGAUUACAUCUUGAUGGAUCCAGAGGAGAGGAAAAGACUCUUUAUAUACAACAUUCCAUUGCCUUUUCCUCGAAGAGUGAUUCGUGCACCAGUUCCAUGGCACACAAUCUACCAAGAAGUGAGAAGCUGGAACGAAGGUCACCUCUUCACAGUGAAUCCUAUGAUGCUUACUUUGCAACGCCUCUGGUUCUCAGAGUAAGUCGCCUGGCUUAUAAAUAUCCCCUAACUUCUUUUUAAGUAAUAAGUUUCUAUUUGCUUUCUAUGCAAACGCUUAACUGGCCAUAGAUUGAUGAGAUUAUGUGGAGUACAGUAUCUUCUUGCUCACAAUCACCUUAUAUUACUGAACAAUAUUGGCUACGGAGCCAACUGCCCUUCCCUCAGCUGUGAGUAUAGAUCAGUCCAGAAAUAUUUCUGGUGGCUUACAGGAGCAAUCCCAGAGGACCCCUUGUGCUGUAUACAGUAGGAAAUUGCAUUCAGUGCUAUGCUGGUUCCAGUACAAGGGCUGUUGCUCAAUGGCAGAGCAUCUGUUUUGCAUGAAGUAGGUAUCCCAGGUUCAAUUCCAACAUCUCCAGGUAUGGCUGGGAGACACACCUGCCUGAAACCCUGGAGAGCUGCUUGCAGCCAUCGUAGAAAAUACUGAUUUUGAUGGACCAGUGGUCUGAGUUAGCAUCAGGCAGCUUUCAGUGUCCCUAAAGGAGGGACUGUAGAUCAUUAGCAGAGCAACUGUCUUGCUUGGAGAAGGUCCCAGGUAGGGCUGGAGAGCUGCCCCCAGUCAAUGUAGACAGUACUGAGCUAAACAGACCAGUGAACUGACUUGUUAUAAGGUAGCUUCCUAUGUUCCGUAGACCGGGCAGGUAUGAUUGCAUUUAAUCCUUAUUCUACAUCAUUAUGUCAAGUUCAUCACAGCCAUGCAUUUUUUUUCCUUCCCUCCCUUAGGUUUUGUAACCUGAGGUUUGUUCGUACCCAGGAAAUCCUCGAGGGUGAUUUGCCACUACUGCCCAGCGAGUUUGAAGACUUGGUCCGAAAACAUUGUCAAGAAGCUCAUGAUAUUCUUGAGAACAGGUCAGAGUGCUUUGGGAAAACCUAUGACUUUCUCGCUGGUGUUGCACUACAGCUCCCAAAAUCCCUGAUGGUUGACCAUGCUGGCUAGGGGCUGAUAGGAGUUGGAGUCCAGCAACAGCUGGAGAGCCAGAAGUUCCCCACUUCUGCUUUAUGUGAAUGAUGAUUAUGACAUCGCUUUAUUCAUAGAAAUGACCCAAAGCAACCUACUGUUAGAAAGAUAAAAGUAACUUCUGUUGUUCCGCCCACUUUUUCUUAAGUUCACAGAGAUGUGUGUGAACAGAAUAACUGUGUGAUGUUCUAAAACCUCGCUUUUAAAGCCAUUCAUUUCUGUUUUUGGUCAUAGUAAAUCCUGCAGGAGUCCACCACAUUUCAGAGGCUUUAGAGAAAAUGCCCUGAGCAGCAUGAAUUAAUGCUACUGGCAAUCAAGCAAGGGUGGGGAACUUUUUUUGGCUUGACAGACCCAAUCGUUCUUCCCACCCCACACAGUGUUUGCAAAGUGCAUCGUGCAUCACUUCUCAAGUGCCCAACAACCAGCUGCUCAUUGAGCACUUGGCCAGUGCUCUGCAAGGGGAUUUUCCAAGCCCCUUUGGGCCAAGCUCUGUCUUUACCUGACCAUCUGACAUCAGGGUUAGGGCAUGUGGGCGUGACUUGCCCGAGUCGUGGGCCAAAUGGAGGAGCUUGGUGGGGAAAGAAGCAUCCACCAAGCUUGUGCCCUCCAAAUAUUUUGUACUAUGUCUCCCAUCAGCUGCAGUCCAAAACAUAUGGAGGGCACCAGGUUGGUGAAGGCUGUUUUACAACUCAUCGUUUUAAAACAAUCUUGACAUAUGCUGAUAGGAUAACGUACACAUUACAGGUGGAUUCCAACAUGUGCAGAACUGUUCAUUGAACAGAAGCAAAACUGGCUGCAUCUUGCUCCCCAGAAUGACUUUGACUCUUCUCAACUGAUAGAAGAAUAUUUUGCUUCGGUAGCCGUCCUCAUGUCUUUACAGCUACGGGAGAUGGUCAUUAAUUCAUUAGCGGAUCUCCUUUCCUUCUUUAGGAUACAUAAGGUAUGCAGGGUUGACCGUGUCACCUGGACUUUCAGUGCUUUGUAGACAUUCAUACAGCUUGAUCUUAUAUUAUGCAUUUAUUGUAGUUGUACAGUCAUACCUUGGAAGUCGAACAGAAUCUGUUCCGGAAGUCCGUUUGACUUCCAAAACAUUCGGAAACCAAAACACGGCUUCUGAUUGGCUGUAGGAAGCUCCUGCAGCCAAUUGGAAGCUGUGGAAACUGUGCCAGAAUUUCAGCUUCCGGAAAUCAUUCAAAAAGCGGAACAUUCACUGCCGGGGUUCAAUUGUUCGGGAGCUGAUUUGUUCGCGAGUCAAGGCGUUUGAGAUCCAAGGUAUGACUGUAUUGCAUUAUAAGAUUUUAAAAUAAACUGACAACUCAUAAACAUCAAAUUGCUGUACAAUAAAAUAGCUGGAAUAUCAUACAACUAAAAAACCAUAAAAUAGAGAAGAAGUGACCAACACUGAAUCAAAUUAAUUCUCUAAAAAUACUUGGUGAAAACAAAAGCAUUUUCAGCAGGUGAUGAAAUAACAGAAUGAUUAAAAAAGAGCAAAUGCUGCUAUUCCAUCAGAUGGUAGUCAAGGUGUCAUAACGAAUAUGAACUGGAAACAUAGAUGACAGAUAAAAAGUAUAGAAGACCUCAAGUAAAAGUCCAUCCCCAGAAAUCCCUCACCUCCAGUCAAAUGAAACCCUGAUUAAAAACAACAAAUUACAUUUAAAACCCUAAUUAAAUGUAUGUUUGGGAGAGGGGAUAGGGAAGAAGAUAAUACACCUCCUUCUCCCCCAGGCAGCCACACAGCAGAGAGCAGUAUUGAACCCUCCACACACCAGCUGGUGAGCUGAGAGUUUAGUUCUGCUCAAUUGGGCUGUGUGCAUGUUCCCCUGUUUGGAACAGGUUGGUUAAACCAAAUUUCAGUACAGGGCUGUUUGAAAGCCCUCUUGCAAAAAGCCUCAGGUUGCUCUCAGUAGAGGCUUCCUGCCUUUCCUUCUAACCUCGCCUCCCCACCCCCCCAUCACCUAUAUUGACAGCCCUGGAUUGGCUGGUCUGGUUCUGUUUGGAUUGACCCAAUUUGCUUCAAGUUUUAGGCUUCGCCAGACUCCAUUGGACAGCCCUAGUAUUUUCGUUCUAUUGCUGUUGGAUGAAUAAUAAUAUACAAUCCUGCCAAAUUUGGUUAACUUUCGUCUAGUUUGGAAAGGUUCAGUCCAUCAUCUUGAUUCAGAAUGGCAUCUGAUGGUAUCCAAAUAUAUCCUUCUCUGGAAGGAUGGGUUUUCAUAUUGGGUGAUAAUAUCUUCAGAGGUGUCUGCAUGCAUAGGGAACAGAUGGACAGGCAGGCAGGCAGGCAGGCAGGCAGACAGACAGACAUACAGAAAGACAGACAGACAACCUUCCAAAUAUAUAGCAGAAGAAGAUUCUCUAGAUGUAACAUGCUUUCAUUCUCUGUCUUGAGGAUGGAAAUGACUUUGGAGAAACUUAUCAUGAAAUGCAAUUCUUCAUACCACAAAUGUUGGUCAUCAAACUGGAAGUGCAGGAGCCUGAUAUUAUAUUUGAGCCAGAUGUGGAAGCUUGUUGGGAUUUACUGUAUCACUGCUUCAUGGAGGUUCUGAAAAAUUCUGAGGGUCUUCCAAAGGUAUGUAAAAGUAAAAUUAAGAUCAAAAUCAUGUCCAUGUUUGCUCAGAAGUAAGCUAUAUUAUGUUCAGUAGGACUUUCUCCCGGGUAAAGGUAUGGUACAUAGGAUUACAGACUUCAGCUGCAAUCUUACGCAAAUCCUAAUUGAAAACAGUGGCGUAGGUCCAUGUAAUGCUAAGCCAUGCUUUAAUUUGACCAUUUGAAUUUGGCCCAGCACCUUAGCCAUGGUUUUUUUAUUCAUGAACAAACCACGCUCAUAAGCCAUGGUUGGUUAAUGUUUACUAUAGCUCAGUACUAUAGUUUACUACAGCUAAGCAUUAUGUGUGAACCACAGGCUUUUGGGAACUGACUGCUAUUAAUGAAAGGCCGGGUGCUGUGCUGCUUUUAUUGUAAUUAUUUGUAUGUUUUAAACCGUUUUUAUAUAUGUAUACUGUUUUAAUUCUACCAAUGUUUGUUUUUAAAUGAUGGUUUUUUCUAUGUUUUUAGCAAUUCUUGUUUUUAUCUGUAAGUCACCUUGAGUCCCGUCAGAGAAAACGGCUGGGUAUAACUAAAUAUAUAAUAAAAACAACAACAACAACAACAGCAACAACUACUGUAUCUUAGUUUCUAGAAUGCUUUCAUAUGAUUGUGCUAUUGUUUAAUCAUUUACAAUAGCGUAUCAAAUGAAUUCUAGGAUAUUAUAGGAGCCAAAAAUCUAUAGUGUAAUUCCCCAAAUUUUAGGCAGGGUAAAAUAGCUCACUUUUAAAAACCAACAGCAAUAGCAACCUGUAAGUCAAGAAACAAACAUUUUCUCUAUGAUGCAUUCAUACAGUGUUUAUCCCUUUCUGCUCACUAUGGUUCCUGCUUCCUCUUUCUAGGUACAAGUUAAACUAUUCCCAGAAUUAAAAGGGGACGACCUAAUUCUUCGUACUGUCCAAGCAGAUGAAUCAUUGGUUUCAGAAUAUGUGAACAAAACUGCUGAGAUAUUUAAUCACAAUCUUGUUGGUCCGCGAAAGUAAGCAUAUGCUGGUAGUUUUCUCGAUCAAAUAGUUGAAAACCUGCUCCUUGAUUUUGGGAACCCAAAUCUGGCCUAAAUAUCUUAAGAAGCAUCCAAAUGCAUAUUGAGCUGGGAAAAACCUGAACAACUUUCCAAAAUGUAUAGUAGAUUUCUCAGACAUUAUGUUCUUUCAUUUUUUGUCUCAACAAUGGAAAUGACUUGGGAGAAAAUUAUCAUGAAAUAUAGUUAUUUAUGCUGCAAAUACUGGUCUGAAGGCACAGGAGGUCACCAUUUUGCUGAAGCAAAUCAGAUCUGGGUCUGGUCAGUGCCUGAAUGUGUGACUGCCUGGGAACCACAUUUAUGCCACUUUGAAUUCCAUGAUGGCAUAAAAGUACAUUAAAAAACAUAUAUUCAUUACCAUUGAUCCUGUUCUGGAUAAUUUAUGUUUCUUUUAUCUCCCCCACCCCUUGUGUUUAAGAUACUUAAGCGUGUACGAGAAGUACAGCGAUCUCUUGAAUAACAAUGCAGAAAAUGACGUGACUGAGUUUUUAAGCAAAAGACAUGAUCUGGAUGAUUUUGUGGAGGUAAUGACUUAUAGCAUAACUAAAAGCUAAAUUACAAAUGUAAGCCAGUGCAAUUUCUUUAUCCUGGAGAGCUUUUCUUUUGAAGGGCAUGACUCUGCAAGGGGGUCAACCUGCACUUCUGGAUCAGCACUUUCAAGCAAGAUCAGGAGUGCAGAAAGCCAGGCCUGUGGGGAAAGGCACAACCUUGCUUAUGGCUUUUGAGCACAAGCAACACCAUUGCGUUUCUUUGCAAUGGACUGAAUCAGUGUAUUAAAGGACCUGAGAAAGGUAUCUACGAGAUGCAUAGAUAGUGUAAUAGACACUUAAUGCCCUUGUGUUGGAGAGGAUGUCCCAUUAUAGAGACAAAUCAACACAUGCAGUGGGAGUGUCCUACACAAACACUAUGCAAUAAAAUGAAAGAUCAAAUUUCCCCUCAUUUCUCUCCCCCUCUCUCUCCUCUCUCCUUUUCCCCAACCACAUAAUGCAUAUGAUAACAGUGUCUCAUACUGAAUGUAAAUGAAUUGUGAAAAAGACACUAUAAAUUGAAAGUGAAGACACCGUAUGUACUUUACUUUGUUUGUUUGUUACACAAGAAAGUCAUUAAUAAAAACUAAUUGAAAGAAUGAAAGAAAGAAAGAAAAAGAAAGAAAGAAACACCUUUGUAGACUGCUCUUUUCUCUUUUUCAACAUGUCCAAAAUAGCCUAAGAUAAUGUGAUUGUUGUUACUGUUGUUGUCACCACCAUAUAACCAUGGCAAUAUCAUCCAUGUGUAGAAGAUUGAUGGUUUGACGAAACUGAAAAAAGAAAUUGCGUCUCUGCACGUCACAGUCCCUCUGGCCUUGUUCUGCCUCGACGCAUUAAAGCUGAAUGAGGAUCUUUGCUGUCGGACUCAGAAGCUGAAAGACAGGCUGAUUGAGUUCCAAGUGGAAGAAAACAGGGAGGUAAACCAGAGGUAUGUGCAAAUAAAUGGGACAUGACCAUGAUGGGAGGGGGGGAACUAUUCAUUUUAGUUUCUCUCCCCCCCCCCCCCCACUUUUAAGUUCAGUUCUUCACAUUGCCACAACAGAUUGUGGAUCCUUUUUAUAUUAUUAAAGAAGUCCUUAUGAUAAUGAACCAGCAUUUUAGUACAGAUUUCUCUUAAUAAACAGAUUUUAAUGCAACUCUCUCUCUCUUUCUCUCUCCCUCUUCUGCAAGAAAUUCUGGCUGAUGUAACGCAGCUUUGUAUGUCACUUUGCCUAACACAUUUGUUUGUUUAUGCAAAUAUUUAUAUACCACUAUAUCGUAAAAAAUCAUUCAUUGUGAUAGAUGUUUAACAUGUCCCUCUUCUGCUUCCAUCUGUAGCAUUUGCAACCAGUACAGCAUAAUUGCAGACAAAGUCAGUGAUGUCCCUAUGACCACUGAGGAGUUGGUUGACACCACGGCCUAUUUGAAAAAAUCCAGUGACGUCACUGUCUUUAAGUUGCGUCGUGAAAUCAGGGAAGCUAUCUACAGACUGGAAUUCCUGAUGGACUACGCUGAUCUUCCUAGUACGUUUUUGAAAAGAAAAAUACAACAAAGGAAGAAUCCAAGCUAAGGGCUGGUCUUAGGACUGUCACCCAGCUAAACAAAUCUUAGUUGAUUAAUUGCAUGAGCUUUAAUUGAUUCAUUUGUUAAAUUUGCUCAUGAGUGAAAGCAAUAAUUCUGAAGCAAUGUUUUUAAAAUAAUCCUUUAUUUGUUUUUAAGUGAUACAUACACCUAUGAACACGAGAAAGGAGGAUGCCUAUUCUAAUAGGGUGCUUUCAAUCUGCCAUUUUAAUGAGAGCCAGUGUGGUGUAACGUAGAGGGCUGGUCUAGGACCUGGAAGACCAAAGUUCAAUUUUCCACUUCUGCCAGGAAGUUUACUGGGUGACCUUGGGCCAGUACCUCACAAUGCUCUUGUUGGGAUUGAUUGAGGAGAGAAUCAUAUACGCCACCUCAAGCUCCUUAAAGAGGAAGGUGGGAUAGAAAUGCAAUAAAUAAAAAACAAAUACUUGCAUUAAAAACCAGAGCUUGGUCAAAGAUUUUGUUAGCUUUCAACUUAGUUUAUUUGAGUUAGCUUUUUGGUGCAGCAGCAUCACAAAAUGACAUACAAAGGAGUGCAAGAAGGGCCACAACAGAACAGAUGUGCAAAUUAAUUUAAGGUAUAACAUUUUCCUAGGUGAUGAUAUAAAGCUGAACAGUACUGUUCUGCAUUGGCCGGAUGAGAUUGAGGUCAUCUUUGAAACCGCAAGAAAUCAGCUGAUGAACAGACGGGAUCACGUGGAGCUCUGUCUCAUCAAAAGGUAAGUUACUAACUUAGGAGUAGGUGGCCUCAGAAACUGCUGCCUCCCAUUUGAACCUUCCCAAACCAUUAAGAUGGGCCUUGGUAGCCCUACCAUUGGGAAAAGUGAGCCAAGUAGAUUACUGCAAUGCGUUAUACAUAGGGCUGCCUUUGAAGAUGGUUCGGAAGCUUCAGCUGAUGCAGAAUUCGGCAGCCAGGUUGCUCACCCUCUGCUUUGCAGAGUUAAGUUAAAGGUCCAUUGUUUAUUUAUUCAAUCUAGGCAUUUUAUAUCCCACUUUUCUUUAACAGACUAACAAAACCUCCAAGUGACUUAAUUCUUCACUUCACUUACUGAUUUUUGGGGGUUUUGUUUGUUUGUUUUAAUUGAGGAGCAAGCUAUAAGAUGAGUGAAUGCUUUGCUGUCUUUGCUUACAACCAGGUGCUCUGAAUUCGAGGCUAUCCUAGAAAAUUAUAACAAAGAAGUCGAAAGCUUCCGAAAGAAGGAUGUCAUGACCAUGGAAGAAAUGAAGAACAACGUUGAAAAGUUUAAUGAGUUGUCUAAGAAUUUGGACGCUGCUCUUUCUGAAUAUGAAGUUAGUCUCUCCGUAGCUUUAAAUUUGCAAAUGCUUCCUAAGCAUAAUCAUGACCAUACCUGCUCCAUAGUAGGUCCUACUGAAUUCAGUGGGGCUUACUGCCAGAUAAGUGAGGUUAGGAUUGCAGCCUUAAUUUAUUUUACAGUGCCAACCUGUGCAUGUUUAUGCAGAAGUGAGCUCCUCUGGUUUGCAUCUAACUAUUCACAGUAGACCCAUUAAAAUAAUUGGACCUAAACUAGUCAUGCCUAUUGAUUUCAGUGGCUCUACUAUUCUGAAUAUGUCUGAUAGUGAGUACAAUUAUGCAGGCUAGGGUAUUGAGAAUGGUUGAACAGUGGUCUUUUCUGGAACACAGUUGUGUUCACAGCAACCAGCUUUGAAUAGUUUUAUUAUUUACAGUAGUAAUAUUUAUCAUUGGGGAAAAAAAAAAGUUUGUGGCACUUCACAAAGUGCAAGAGGGCAGGUCUCUGUCCUGAGGAGCUCAGACUUCAACCCAAGUGAAGCAACAGAGGGAGGGGAACUUAAGAAGAACCUGCUAGAUUAGGCCAAUGGUCCAUCUAGUCCAGCAUCUUAGUCACACAGCAGACAACCAGAUGCCUGUGGGAAAAGCCCCCCCCUUUGCCGGACAUGAGUGCAAGAGCACUCCCCCCCACCUGUGAUCCCCAGUGGCUAGUACAGUGGUGCCUCGCAAGACGAAAUUAAUUUGUUCUGCGAGUUUUUUCGUCUUGCGAAUUUUUCGUCUUGCGAAGCACGGUUUCCCAUAGGAAUGCAUUGAAAAUCCAAAAGGAAACAAACUUGCAAGACGUUUUCGUCUUGCGAAGCAAGCCAUAGGGAAAUUCGUCUUGCGAAGCAACUCAAAAAACGAAAAACUCUUUCGGCUUGCGAGUUUUUCGUCUUGUGAGGCAUUCGGCUUGCGAGGUACAACUGUAUUCAGAAGCAUUACUGCUGAGGAGGCAAAACAUACCUAUUGUGGCUAGUAGCCACUGAUAACCUUCUCCUUCACAAAUUUGUCCAAUCCUUUAAAAUCACCCAAGCUGGUAGCCAUCACUGCCUCCUGUUGGUGUGAGUCUCAUAGUUUAUGCACUGCAUGAAGAUGUGCUUUCUUUUAUCUCUCUUGAAUCUUCCAACAUUCAGCUGCAUUGGAUAUCCCUGAGUUCUAGUGUUCUUCUGCAUGCACAGACCAUGUUGUAGCAAAUUUUGAUAAGGAAAUGAUGUGGGGAGACUUAGAUCUGAAUUUCCCCCUUCUCUAAAGAAAUUGUUUUAGCUCUUUUUGUAAUGCUGAAUUGAACACACACCCCCCCCCAAGAGCUCCACACCAAAUCAUUAAAAUAAUGUGUGUGUGUGUGUUACAGGCUAUUAAUAAGGAAGAGGAGCUACUGGAACGAGAGAAAAGCCAGUUUCCACUGCUGCAGACUAUCAUCACAAACAAAAUACCUUUUGAACAGCUUUGGGUGACUGCUUACAACUUCCAUACAAAGUCUGAGGAAUGGAUGAAUGGUGAGGUUCUUCAUGCACGAAGAUAAGUUGCUUGCAACUCAGUUGUGUGUCUUAAAAAAAUUAUGUUUACUGAUUUUUACGAGAGAAAAUAAAAUGUGUGCUCCCUUCCCAGAAAGCAGAAGAUUUAAUAAUAAUAAUAAUAAUAAUAAUAAUAAUAUCAUCAUCAUCUGAAGGCACUUCUAAAAUGAAAUUGCCCUCACCCAGAUAUUCAUUUGUUAGAAAGUAAUCUCCCAUUUUCUUUUCUCUGCAGCUAUGUGUACAGCACCUGUCUUGAGGCAGAAUAUCUCUGAGCCUGAGAUAUUCUUGCAUGGGCAUGUAUUAUUUAAGGCAGUGCUUUUGGUGUUUAACUAGGAGUUAUUGAUUUUGGCUUUGGUUUUGUUACAGUGCCUUCAAUACCUGCCAGUAAAUCUUUGCAGAGAAAACUUGGGUUUUGAGAUUUACAAAAUGCUUGUUUGCUUUUUCACAUGCAGGACCUCUCCUGCAGCUGAACGCUGAGGAAAUCAGUGAAGAUGUUGCCACCAUGUGGCGGACAAUGUACAAACUGACAAAGACCUUAGUAGAUCAACCUGGACCAAAGCGUUUAGCGGAGAAUGUGAAAUUUAAGAUCGACAAGUUCAAGCAACAUCUUCCUGUCCUCUCUAUUGCCUGCAAUCGAGGGAUGAAGGAUAGGCAUUGGGAACAGGUAGCGAUGGGGAAGUCUGUCGAUUAUGGUUUCUCUCUGUUUCUCAUAUUCCCAGUUCUGGGUUCAGUACUGCACAUUUGCACAUCAGUUUGCAUAUGAAGUCCUUGUGAAAAUUGAUCGGCAUUUUAGUGUGAAUUUCUUAUGUCACUCUCAUAAGAAGUUAUUCUUUUUUUAAAAAAAAAAUUAAGCCCCCUUCAAAUGCCCGAAAUGGCAUGGACAUGAUUGAGCGGAGGGAAUGUGUCAUUGUUAUCAUUGAUGUCACGCGUAUUAGCCAACUGUAGUGUAGACCUUAACAGGGGUCAUGAUGCAUUCUACAGGACAGGGCCGAUGACACAAAAGGUUCCAUUUUGUGUUGAUAUCAAAUAAGCCUCACCAAGUUGGGGGUCUUUUGCUUUGGGAUUUUUUAUGGGAAACAAUUAGCUAAGCUAAUGAAGUCUGUAAUCCCCAGAAAAGGACAUUGUAAUAUACAACACACACGUUGUUGGCAUGUGUCCUUUUCACUGCAGUUAUGAUUAGAUUUAGUUACGGAUAUGGAGAGUAGUGUUUCAUGUAAGCAUUUCAGUAAUUCUUACAACAGGCCCAUAAGAUGGACCAGUAUUGCCAUGCCUGUACAAACCCCUUUUCUGUGUUUUGUCCAUUUUUUUUCCAGAUAAGUGAAAUAGUUGGAUAUGAGAUAAGACCUGAUGAAACUACAUCACUCAUGAACAUGUUGGAAUAUGGUCUAUCAAAAUACAUUGAUAAGUAAGAAAAUAACACCCAGAUCUUUUAAUCUGGUUAAUAUUUGUUGCAUGCAUUAACAACAUUAGAGUUUGAUUUCUAGUUGAUAUUUCCUGAAACUGUUUAAAGCCUUGCAAUUUUGCUCACUGCCCCAGUUAUUUUUUUGUGGAAUAUUAGCAAACUCUUUAGAAUCGAAUCAGAACUUUUCAGUAAAAAAUGUAUGUGGGGAGACAUCUUGUCUUGCUCCAGAACAAUGAGGAGCUAAGUUCAUGCAAUUCUUGUGCCCAUUAUGCUCCCACAUGUGUGCAUCUGUGCUAAAAAAAUGCACUCAAAGCCUAACAGCAUGGCUCUGUUGUACGUUUACUUAGAAAUGAGCCCCACUGUGUCAUUAGUAAGUGUGUUUGGGAUUGUAGCUUAAGGGUACAAUCCUAUGCACUCUUGCUUGGUCAGGGGUGCAGCAGGCAACACUGGCCUCUGUCCCUCUUUCCUUCCCUCCUGCCUCCGAUGGUCUCUUGGGUCUUUGCCUCCCAAAGGCUUCCAUGGCUGUUUGUUGUAGGAGCCCUGGCUGCAAGCUCCCCAGGCAAAUGGUGCCUCUGGGGCUGGCCAGGGAGUGCUUCCCAGGCCCCUGUGGGGCAGUGCGAGGAGGCACCUCUCUUUGGAGCAAGGGAGAGUGGAGCUCAGAGACCAGGGGCAACAGCUGCGGCUACCCAGAGGACACCAAAGGAGAGGGGAGAAGAGGAAGGCUGAGAAAACACUCCACAAGGGAGGGUGUUCGAAAAGGGGUGAGGGCCUGCCAGCUCUGCGGGCAAGUGGUGACAAAACUGGGCCCCUGAGCCCCACAGGGAUGCCACAGAAAGAAUGUAGUUGGUCAAGAAAGCCGUGGACCCUAAAAGGUUGAAAACCUCCAAUUUAAAGUACUAUUUCCCUAAUUUUUUUCUAGAGCUAAGGGUCAGGACCAUGGAGAGCUCUCUGUGGUGAAAGCUUCUCCAGAUAACAGCCAUCUUCUCUGGACACACCUCCAUUUGCUGUGGACUCACUGUAAUUCCAGUGCUGGAUUUUUAAUCCAUCUUCAUACAACAUGAUCCAAAAUACAUUUGCAUCCUGUGCUUUGUUAUAAAACUUUGCUGUUUUGUUGUUUCUCAAACCAGCUUCACACUCUUACGAUGAGAGUCUCUUAAGUCAAUUAAAAUCCCUCCAGACUUCAACUCCCAAUCAGCCUACUUGGCCACUGGUCACUGAUGGGGGGGGGGCAUGUAGUUCAGUGACAUUUAGAAGAGCAAAGGUUCCCCACCCAGGCUUUAGAUAAUUGCAGCUUUGACUGAGUAAAUCAAUAUGAAACUCACAUAUUUGCUUUAUUUCCCAUUUUCAUUUAGACUAGAGCCUAUUGGAGCAGCAGCUAGCAAGGAGUACUCUCUAGAGAAAAACAUGGAGAAAAUGAAAUCGGAAUGGGCAAAUAUCUGUUUCACUUUUGUAAAAUACAGGGACACAGUGAGUACAUUUUCUGCGAUCGAGCAACUGUGCUUGGGACAAUAGUUAUUUUCUCAGUUAUGUUACUUUACUGAGGAUCAGUGGGUUUGUUUCUGGUUGAACGGCAGCUGUCCAGAGCUGCUGAAAUCUGUUUAUUGCUGCUCCAGUGGUGAACCAGUGAACUGGAGGUGGCAGCUUCCUUAGACUGCACCCACCCAAGCUGGCCACCAGGUCUUCAUGGGCAAGAAGGAAUCUAAAAGGGCUUCCUUUUCCAGCUAAACCUUGACUGAACCACAAGGUCUUCCUGACCACUGGCGUGUACCUGUAUUCUUUGGCCGUGGCACCUGGCUUGUUCUUCAGUCCUGCUUCUCGCUUUGUCCCCCAGUCCUGGCUUCCUUUUUUAGUCCCUGGUUGUCCUUCAGUCCUGCAUUACUAAUUAGUUCUGACCAUUGGCCUGGCUCACAGCUGGCUCCUCAAUCACCUGAGGCUGCUGCCCAUUGCCAGUCUGACCGUAGUGCCUAUGGGAGCAAGAUAUGCCCCAAGAUGGUGUUUUGGUUGGUUGGUUGGUUUGUGAUAACCACUUCCAUGUAGCAGCACUGAAUACAGAAGGCUGCUAUUUGUAUGCCUAUUACUGUUUGUAUUGACUGGAGAUUCUCUACACCAGCACCAUGCAUUCCUGUAAUAUAUGGUACAUGGGGAAAGAGCAGGUUACCCACAUGUGAUGACACAAAAAUUGUAAACCUGGCAGCAAGAGUCAUAUGGGGAAGAAUAGGAUUGCAUGUAUAAUCAUUCCAUCUAUUUCUGAUGUUCAGGCUGUGAGUGUGAUUGCUUAUAUAGUCAUAAGAAGAUUGGAAGAACCUGCUGGGUCAGGCCAAUGGUCUACCAUGCUGUUCUCAAAGGGGCCAACCAGAUGCCCCAAUGGGAAGCCCAAAACCAGGACCUCAACAGCGUUCACUGGUGAUUCCCAGCAACUGGUAUUCAAACUAAGAGUAGAAAAGAGGGAGUGGAGUGCUUCAAGGUCUGUCCAGGAACAACAUAUUGCUACAGGCCCCACUUGUGCAUAACACAGUGAUAAUGGGGUUUAAAUAAGUUACCUCAACUAAGUGUGGCUUCUUUGCAGGACACCAGCAUUUUGUCUGCAAUCGACGACAUCCAGCUUCUGCUGGAUGAUCACAUUGUCAAGACCCAGACAAUGUGUGGUUCUCCAUUCAUCAAACCGAUAGAGGGUGAAUGCCGGGUAAGGAGAAACAGGGUUGUCUGUGUUUCUGUGCGCCUCCAUGCAAUGCAUUAGCAUAAGAACAUCCCCAUGACGUAUUUGGAUGGGGUGAGCAGCUUGCUUAUUGGGAAGAUGGGACACAGGAAUCUGCAUUCUACACUACAUCUAAAGCCAGGGUGGAGAAUCUGUGGCCCUCCAAAUGUUGCUGAAGUACAACUCCCAUCAGCCCCAGCCAACAUGGCUAGUGGUCAGGGAUGAUGGGAGGUCUGGCUCAGCGACAUCGGAUAUAAUAGAUCACACUGGUGAACUGUAUAACACACCCCUGUUCCUGCUGCAAUAUACCUGUAUACCACUCUGUGCUUUUUAAAAACAUUAUCCCAAACAAGGCUAGCCAUCAGAUCUCUUAGCAGAAAGCACAAAUCUGUAACAUUCUCUGUUAUGCAGUCAGCACAUUUAGAAAGUCUGUUAGUUGGUUUGUCAGGCUGGGAGUAAACCCCAUUGAAUUAAGUAGGACUUACUUCAGAAUAGACAGGGUUAAGAUUGCAGCUUGAGGUAUUCAGAGAAGACCCGCUGAAAAUAAUGAGUAUAAUUUUAACAGGUCUAUUUUGAGUAAAACUUAGCUGACUACAACUCUGCAACUGUAUUCUGGUACCUGCAUUACAAAACCUGUCUGUAGCCGCUUGACAUUUAUGAAAUCCACACAAUUUUGAGUAUUGUUUUUGGUGAUGUUCCCUGCUGUUUAGUGUGAUUUAUGUGCUUGGUUGAAUUUGAAGCCUCCCAAUGUGACUUACUGAUGAAAGGAGGAGCAAAAAAUAAUGGAUUGUCAAAGGGCUGCUCCACCCAAGAGUCCAAAGGGCUUUUCCUAUUAAUAUUUGAUCAUGGGCUGAAGCGUUACCUUUAACUCUGACAGCUUGUUAGUGCUUCCUCGCCCUUAACACAAGAUCUCUCUCUUUCAUUCUCCAGAAUUGCUUUGUUCCUAUCUUUCCAACUGAGCUUCACCCUGUGUGUGAACAGGAUAGGUAGUCUGCAAAAUACAAAUCUGGCACUGCAACUUAUGAAAGGCUUUGACAACUUCCAAACAGUAGUUCUGGGGAUUGGUUUACUGGAGAGAUAAAUUGGAAUCUUAUAUCCCUAUAAAAAAAUUGCAAAUAUAGAAAAAAAAAUGGGCUUAUGUUUAAACUGACCACUUUAGCAAGGACAAAUUCUCAAAUGUCAUUGCUGAGGGUCCACUUUAUAAACCUUUUUUUAGGGAGGGUGCUGGUUCUUUUAUAGAAAAAAAGCUAUUUCCAAAUGAUAUUUGAAAAACAAGUUUGAGAAGCACUGUUAAUCAGUUUUGGGAGGGGAGGAUUGUUACAACACCGCGCAAUUUUGUAGGUACACUGAUACAACAGGAGAGAUGAAAGGAGGGAGGGGGAAUGAAGCCUGUUAUUUAAUGUUGCCUCAAGUCUGCUGAGUGAGAAUUAAAAAUAGUGCCUUGAAGACCUUUACAUUGAUCUCUUUACAGAGGUGGGAGGAGAAGCUUGUUCUGAUGCAGGAAAUAUUAGACAAUUGGUUAAAAUGCCAGGCAACGUGGCUUUAUCUGGAACCCAUAUUCAGCUCUGAGGACAUUAUUGCUCAAAUGCCGGAGGAGGGGAGGAAGUUUGGAAUAGUGGACAUGUACUGGAAGGACAUCAUGGUGCAAGCAGUAAGUAGACAGUUGCACUUGGGAUUCUUCACACACAAAAAUUGUAUAGGCGGAAGGGACCCACAGUGUCAUCUAGUCCAACCCCCUACAGUGUGAACAUAUCACAUGGGGGGUGGGGUUCAUGCAUAGAGCAUUUCCCUUUCCCUGUAAAAGAAAGAUUGCAAUAGUUUUGAGCCAGGUUGUUGCUCACCAACAGUGGUUGGGCUUUAGCAGACAAAAUGGUUGGGGUUUCUUACACAGCAUACCAUACCUGUUUGGUACCGUAGCAGCUGUGUGAUGUAGCACAGUUCUAGUGUUGCAUAGAGACUGGAUUCACAUCCCUUGCUCAUCUGCAAAGUUUACUCUCGAGUCACUUCUGCUUAGUCUAAUCUGUCUCAUACAGUAGUUUAAGUGAGCCUUGGCAAGGCUAUCAACAUGGCAGACAGUCUUCUCCCUCCCAAGGUGAGUGUCCUGUUUUGAACUGACAGAGCCCAUAAACAUCCUGAGAGAUAUGUGGUCCAGCCAGUGGUAGCAGGAACCAGGUUCAAAGAGAACCGUCCGGUAAGAUACUGGCAGGCAAACACAGGAAGUCAGUAUGGGCCCAAAAUGCAAGAGAAUCAAGAUGGUCAACUACAAAUCUUGUAGAACCAUGGGCAAAUCGCUAGGUGUGCUAAACUUGUUCUGAUUGAGUCCUAGCUGCAAAUGAUGCUUUGUAUCAAAGAUGAGGAGCCUGUGGGGGCUCAGCUUCUUUACUAUUGUAUGCUUUUUUAAAAAAAAUAGGUGAAAGACACCAGAGUCCUGAUUGCCACUGAGCAACCAAAGAUGUUGGACAGACUUCAAGAAGCAAAUAUGCUUUUAGAAGACAUCCAGAAGGGUCUGAAUACUUACUUGGAAAAGAAAAGGUUAUUUUUCCCAAGGUGGGCUCAUUAACAAGUCUCAAUUUAAAGCAAAUCGAUUCUCAUUGAGAAAUUAGAUUUGUGGAUACACGUGGCACAUUGACUACACAGGAAGCAUUGAGUUCAGAGGCCUGGGACUCCUAGAAAUAAGAAGCUGGACUGAGGCUAUGGCUAUUAAAUGAAGAGGCUUAUUUCAGGGAGCUUUCCUUGCUCACUGUUGCAAACAGACUGGUAUUCUCCUUCCCGAAUUAUUUCUUGAGUCCUGAAGUAGACUAGUCUAUGCUUAGGCCAGAGCAUUCUGGAAUGGUGGUCUGGAUGAAGGAAUGGAUCUGUCAUAGACAUUACACUGAGUAGUCAAAUUAAGCAGAUUUAAACAACCAGAGCCCUACUGGAUCUGUCCAAAGCCCUAUCUAGUCCAGCAUCCUAAUUUCCACAGCGGCCAACCUGAUGCUUCUUGGGAAGCCUACAAGGAAGCCGCAGGGAUAAUACUGUCUUCAGCUGUUGUUCCCCAGCAACUGGUUUUCAGAGGCAUGGUCCCUCUGAUCAUGGACAUAACAUACACCCACCAUGGCCAGUAGCAACUGAUUGCCUUAUUAUCCUCCAUGAAUUUGAAUAAUUCCUCCUUUAAAACUAAAUUGUGGCCAUUGCCACAUCUUGUUGCAGCAAACUCCAUAGCUUAGCUGUGUGCUGCAUGAUGGGUUACUUCCUUUCCUCUGUCACAUAUCUCUGACCAGUGAGCUACACUGAAUGACCCUGGGUUCUAGUAUUGGGGAGAGAAGAAAACUCCUCUCUACACACUUACUAUAUGACAUACAUAAUUUUUAAAGCCUUGGUCAUUCCUGUCUUACUUUUCUUUUCCUCCCACUUGUACAAAACCCUCUCAAACAUGGUUGCAUUUCCUUCUGAGUAGUGGUGCUGUGAUAAAUUUGGCCAGAUAAAGACCUUAGGGGGCAAACAGUGGUCAUAAAAAUCAAGAGGAGAUGCAGAAAUCUGAGAGCCAGCAUGGUGUAGUGGUUAAGAGCGGUAGUCUCGUCAUCUGGGGAACCGGGUUCGCGUCUCCGCUCCUCCACAUGCAGCUGCUGGGUGACCUUGGGCUAGUCACACUACUUUGAAGUCUCUCAGCCCCACUCACCUCACAGAGUGUUUGUUGUGGGGGAGGAAGGGAAAGGAGAAUGUUAGCCGCUUUGAGACUCCUUAAAGGGAGUGAAAGGCGGGAUAUCAACUCCAAACUCUUCUUCUUCUUCUUCUCUGGCUUUUGAGUUGUAGUAAGAUGCUACCUACACAUUUGCUAAGCUUAUCGCCACACAAGAGAUAAGCUUCUCUGUUCUGGCCCUUAAGACUUACCCCAGGCCACACACCCUCUUCUCAGCUCCAGCUCUAAUUAGCCUUCUUCCCACUCUCCUUGAGUAUUUUUGUCUGGCUGCAAAGUAUUAUUGAACUCUGAGAAUGCCUCUUGCUUGCCUAGAUGGAAGACAGAGAUGGGUCUAUGAAAGUGUGUAGAAACUAUCCUUUUGUACUACGGUAACAUUUGCAUGAGUUGUUUUGCCUCACCCACCAUUGACACAUCCCCAUCCCCCAAGGUUGCCUAGAAGAGAAUGCAGCCCUUUGGUUGAAAAAAAGCUCCACACCUCUGACCUACCUGCUGAGAUACUUUUAACUGAAGGAGCAGACAUGUGAGCUGGGACUCCCUGUAUUUGGCAUAAAUGCUAUUCUGCUGAGCGGUGGCCCCUCCCCAUUCAGGUCAGGGGUCAAUGAAGUGAUGACCACCAAACUGUGUGACUUCUGUGUCAUGAAAAUUAAUGCGUGGAUGUUAAAAACAACAACCCUAUUUUGAACAGAUUCUUCUUCCUUUCUAAUGACGAGUUGCUGGAGAUUUUGUCCGAAACCAAAGAUCCUCUCCGAGUGCAGCCACACUUGAAAAAGUGCUUUGAGGGAAUCGCAAAACUAGACUUUACGGAGAACAUGGAGAUUAUAGGCAUGAUCAGCUCAGAGAAGGAAAUUGUACCUUUUAUCAAGACAAUCUACCCAGCACAAGCCAAAGUAACCUUUGCAUAGAAUUUUCUUGUUUUUCUGUUUGAUAGCUUGGCCAUAGCAAUGUGCUUAUUGGGGAAUAAGCUCAAUGGAAGAUGCCAGUUUUUAGAUGAAAAAGUGAAGAGCAUUGAAAAGUAGUCCUUUUGUCCACCAUCAAUUAUCUUUAUCUUGGAGCAGGGCAAACCAGGACUAGGAAUGGGAAAGAAACUCUAUUCAGUUUGCAUUUUAAAGUGAACCUACAUAAUUAAUACUUUCUGAAACAAUAAGCAAACUGAAUCAUAGCCACCCUUCUAAAUUACAUUUAUCUGAAUUUUGCUGUGCAGUUCUUCAACCAAGUAAUCUGUACAAUGUGCAAAGAAAUGCAUAUAUUAGUGGGUGGAAACACAUUUUAUUAGGGUGACUUGUUUGUGGAAAUGUGUGUGUUGGGCAAAAUUCCAUUGAAGGAUGUUUUUGUUAGGAGAAAUUCUCAUUAAAAUGCUUAACAGAUUUUAAUGAAAACUUAAACAAAAAUGAAUUUGCCAACUGACGUGAAAUGUGGAGAACUGAAGACAAGGAAAAUGGGAAACUGAGAGAAACCAAAAUCAAUUCACCCAUUCCUAGGCAGAGUUGAAGCUGCCCACGCGCGUGCAGUAGGAAGCUGUAUUCCAGGAGAGGCUCAGGGGAGACUCCUCACCCUUCCUGGUCAUCUGCUGUGUCCCAGUGCACACCUGGUCCUUCUCUGGCUAUUCCCUCCUCCCAAGUAUCCCUAGUGGCAAACCAUGCAAGGGCUGUUCCAGUGGUGCUGGACUUCUUUCUGGGACUAAUGCCAUCUCUGCUGCAGGGGGGUGAAAACUGGAGGUGAAAGGGGAGAGCCUGGGACCAAGGUGUCCAAGCUUGGUGUGUGGGACCUUGGGGGAGACGAGUAAGAUGUAUUUGGUGCUCAGUAUCUCAGGUUGAUAGAUUGUGAUAGCAGGCUCUGGAGGUCUCUGCAUAGUCCCACUCCUCUUCCUCAGAUGAUGUCCCUCCAGGCUGGGCUCUGACCUGUACAACAUAUAAUAUGUCACAUAUAUAUUGCCUAGUAGCAUAGAUUCCUUUUCAUUGAGGGCAUUUCCAAUUAAAAUCUUAUUAACAAUGAAUGUAUGAGUUACUGCACAGAACCUGUUCUGUGCCAGCCCUUUGAAACGAACCACAUAUAUGAUUCCUCUACAGGGUUUGGACUUUCUCAUUGUGAAAGUUCUCAUUCAAUCAUGGUAUGGUUUUGGGUUCAUAGAGCCUUCAUUUUCACAUUUAUCUUUUUUCCUAAGGGCAUGGUUGAGAAGUGGCUGUCACAAGUAGAAAACAUGAUGCUGUCCAGUAUCAGAAAAGUCAUAGAAAGGGGCAUUGGAGGAUAUGAUCAGGUAAUAAGCAAUGAUUUGCAGUGACACAGUUGUACUUAAGGUAUCUUAAGUCCCAUGAACUUGAUUGAACUGAAAUUCAGGUUUACAGUGGUACCUUGGGUUAAGAACCACGCGAUUUCUGUUCUCAUUCUGAAGCAAAGUUCUUAACCUGAGGUACUAUUUCUGGGUUAGCGGAGUCUGUAACCUGAAGCGUCUGUAACCUGGAGCGUCUGUAACCCGAGGUGCCACUGUAGUAGUUUAAGUGGUCCAUUGAUAAGAAGCAGUGGUGCCAACUUGAAUAAAAUAUUGGGGUGGGGGGCAGGUAAGCCUCACCCCAUAUCAGAGUUGAACUCAUGGCCUUUUCCCAUUAAAUUGUAUUCCUGGAAGCUUUCGUCAUUUCAGCAGCUUACUUUGGGAGUGUGUGUGUGUCUGUUCAUUCAAUCUUCAGAGAUUGAGAGCCAGAAACUCCCUGAUCUACUGCAAAUCACCUAAAGAUCUAUAAGGAAACUAGCUUCUUUCCAUCCUAAUUUAAAGUAUAGUUAGUGGAGGCAAAAAGAGAGUGCAUCAUAAGAAGCGAUUUGCAUAAAAUCUGCCCAUGCUGAUUUAUAUGUAUAGGUUCAAAUUUGAAAAUAAUUACUAUAAGUUGCAUAGAAAUAUGUCUCAGCACAGUGUGGUGUAUUCAACCUGCUGUCUGGGUACUAAUUGUGCACGGGCAGCUUCAAGGUUCUCCCUUCUUAUAGCUCUUUAUCCUUAAUCUAGACAUUGGACUGGAUACCCUGUUUUCCAUAAAGUAGAGCAUAUGGCUACCCUCUAUGGCAGUGGUUCCCAAUUAGGGGUCCGGGGAUCCCUGGGGGUCUGUGGAACACACCCAGGGGGUCCAAGGCACCAUCUUCUGCCAGGAACUCACUUAUCUUUUUAAUUGUACAGUGAAAGCCGCAAUGAUGAUCCAUUGAUUACCCAGCCUCUGCUUGCUUGCUGGCAGGGGGAAACUUGUGAAAGAGUUGCUGGAUGGCAAGUGAGCUGGGAUUGGGCAAAAAAAAUCUCUGACACAGUUUCUUUGGGCUCUUGUGAUUGGAGGGAGCAGAGAGAGCGAGAGCACAAAUGACUUACUCCCUGGGGCAGGUUCACAUGCUUAUCAUUAAAAAAUGUAAGGGAUCCCUUCCCCAAUACUUUAUCAAGCUCUGACCAAGCCUUCACCUAUGUCUUGAAGAUGCAAGAUCCCCCAAUUAUGCUGCAAUUUUUGUUUAGAUGUACCAUCACAGAUUACAAGUAAGGAAUCACAUGUUUGAAUACUCUCUCAAAUAAAAAAAAACCCCUUCUGCAUAUAGAACACUUGCAAGUUAGGGACACAAUUGCUUUCAGUUGUAGUGGAGCAAUGGAGACAAGUUUUUCCUACUGUCUGGGGAUAGGCAAUUUGUGGUAAUAUCACAAAUUUUAUGGUCUGGUUUUUUUAGUAUACCAAAAUCCUUUGCUUAUGAGGGUCCUCCCCACAUUUUCUUCAAAAAAAUGCUUUGCACAGGUAACUACUAUGGAGUUAUAAAAAAUUUCAAAGGUAGGUGGUCCUCAGUAAUUAGCUAAUUGGGAAACACUGCUCUAUGGAGUCAGGACUUUCCCUUUAUUCAUAUUAUAAUGUUAAUUGUUUAUGUUGGUGUCUUUUUACAUGUGCAUGUUUAAAUUUGUUGAAUGUCACCUACAGACUGCUAGUAUUAUUCAAGCAGCAAAUAAAACGAAACAAAUAUCACAUUGUAGAUCAGAGAAGUUUUGGAAAACAUUUCAUCCUCCCAUUUAGAACCAUAGUUUUCCCUUUAUAUUAAAAUCUCAGAGCCCUCGUUGGCCAUGGCAGUCUAAUGUUAUUCGCUUUGUUUUUAAAGGUUCCCCGGAAUAAGUGGGUGCUGCAGUGGCCAGGACAAGUAGUUAUCUGUGUAUCAUCCAUCUUCUGGACAAAAGAAGUAUCAGAAGCCAUACAAGGAAAAACUCUACCUGUAAGAUUUGGGGGAGGGGCUUGCUGUAACACUAGUUCAUUAAUUUCAAUGGGUCUGCUCGGAGGAGAACAUAGUUGGAGACAACCCUUUAUAUAUUGUUCAAAUAUUUUAUUGGGCAGAGAGAGAUUGACUUGUAUUGCAUUGAUCUGCAAGCAGCUCUGGAAGCCUUUAUCUACUGAAGAGUAGGUUAAAAUUAUUUAAAUGAUAAAUAAUCAGGGACAAUCCCCUUAGCGGUUGGGCAAACACUGCAACAUGGUGCUUCAAGUCCUACCUGUUGGUAAUAAUAACCUCCUUUUCCCCCCUGCAGGCAUUUUUGGAGAAAAGCAACAAACAGAUUGGAGAAAUUGUUGAACUGGUCAGAGGGAAGCUGUCAGGCGGGGCCCGGCUCACCCUGGGAGCCCUCACGGUCAUUGAUGUGCAUGGUAAAUGGCAAGGCCGGGAAGUAGGAGAACAGCAGGAUACAUAAGAAAUUGAAAUGCCCCUUCCAGUGAAAGUCACGAGAUGGAAAGAGAGCUAGAGUUAGAAAUGGAAUGAGUAUUUGAAAAAUGGAAGGGGGUCUCAAAAAUGCAAGCACACACACCCCGCCCCCACUUCUCAGAUGAAGUUGCCUUCAACUGAAUAAUCAGCCCAUUGAUACCCCUAGCUUAGCACUAUCUAUAAUGACUAUCAGUGGCUUUUUCAGGUUUUCAGACAGGAGUUGAAGCUCAAUGUUUGGCUUAAGUGUACUGGUCCAUUUGACAAAAUAUCUUUGUUCCUGCAGCACGGGAUGUUGUCGCAAAACUGUCUGAAGACAAAAUUUCAGAUCUGAAUGAUUUCCAGUGGAUUUCUCAGCUGAGAUAUUACUGGGAAGAGGGAGAAGUGAUGGUCCGAAUGAUUACAACUGAAGCCAGAUAUGGCUAUGAGUACCUGGGCAACUCCCUUCGUUUGGUGAUAACGCCGUUGACCGACCGAUGCUAUAGGUAACACUCCUCCCCACUUUUUUAAUGUUUGUGUUUUUUGUUCACGAGUCAUGCUCAGAACUGGAAUGUCAGCAGGAUAUAGGUUAGGAGUGGUGAACCUGUGCCCCUCCAGAUGUUAUGGGACUCCAGUUCCCCUUAUUGCCAUCCAGCAUGGCUUGUGGUCAGGUAUGAAGGGAUGUGGAGUCCAGCAACAUCUGGAAGACAAAGCAUUGGCUACCUCGGCUUACACAUAUGAAGUCCCAGGUGAUUGAUUAAAUGAUAGAGAGAGACAGACAGACAGAAGACCACACUUUCCUAAAAAUACAGCAAGAUGGAACACAGCAUAUAAAAUUACCAUAUCACCAGUAAAAACAUCAGUAAACAGUGGCUUGUUUUUUAAAAAAAGAGUCACAUUGCAAAGGCCUGUGUGAAUAACACUAUUUUUAGAAAGCGUCUAAAUAAGGCAGGAAUAAUUAUGGUCAAACGUCUACUGGCAGGGAGUUUCACAGGGCAGGACCUUCCACUCUAAAAGUUUGAUCCCAAAUAAAUGCCACUUGAACCUCAGGACCGUAGGAUCCAGUGCUAGAGGUUUUUAAAAAGCAAGGCUACCUACGUAAGAAACUAGAGAGCUGUGCCCAGUUCUUGGCUGAAUGUUCCAUUAAUCCAUCCAGCCAUUGUCAUAUCCUAAAACAUGUGUGGUAUUUGGGUUGGGGCAGGGCAAAUGUCAUGGGGAGAUUCUUGCCCCUCUCAGCAACUGCAUGCAAGCUCACAGAUUUGCAUACUUCCCUUUUCUGAAAAUGCUGGGUGUUCCAAAAAGUAUAAUAUUUCAUUGAGAAAUGAACAAUGUUUGAACUUGUUCUGUUUAACAUUGGCCAUUUGACCAUACUGAGAGGGUGAGAAUAUUAAAAUUCUUAUGACUUGCUCAAGGAAUAAAGCAAAAAUAAAUAAACCCACCCACACGUUGAAGGGCCAGUGUCUUAGUAUUGUGUGACUCAGCAGACAAUCACCAAAGUCUAUGGAGAAUGAGGAUGUCCUAAUUUGUACCUAGUGCAUGUGUGUGCAUAGAUCCAGAUUCUAACUCCCGGCAGCUCAAGCUUCCAGCAGGGGUAAUCAUCAGGGAGGAUGGGAGUUCUACUCUAGCAGUAUUAGGACGGCCACAGAUUUCACCACCCUGGUAUCCUAUUUUUUUAAAGAUAUAUACUGUGCUAAUUCCCCUCUUUUCUUUUUCUUAGAACAUUAAUGGGAGCUUUGAAACUAAACCUGGGAGGUGCUCCAGAAGGACCUGCGGGAACUGGCAAAACUGAAACCACCAAAGAUUUAGCAAAAGCACUGGCUAAGCAGGUAACAAAAUAAUCUUUUUGCUGAUAUCUAUGUUCCCCCCCCAUCCCUCCCUCUCUUUCUCUCUAAAAGUAAGUUUGAGGAAUCAUCUUUGUUUGCUGAAGCUGUGAAUCAAAAAUUCAUGAAUACCUGAAGAAGAAAUAGGACAGGUCUUGUAUUUGUUCCUAUUAAUUCAUAUGCACACCCCACAAGUCUCUGUGGUGAAUAUAUAACACCCCCCACAUACGUGUCCUGGAAAGAAUGGGCCAUCCUAUUUUUUCACAUGAGAUUGUGGCAGCCAUUUUGUGUGUCGUGCUCUUGCCUCAUGCUCUCGCCACAGAAAAAAUGCUUUCUCAGGGCUGCGAUCUUGCCCGGCACCCAAAAAUGUGCCACAGGUUCCUCAUCCCUAAUGUAGAGAACCCGCAGUUUGCUAUUGCAUAAUCAUGUUUUGUUUGUAGUGUGCUUUCCAUUUUUCUUUGUAAAUUGCUAGAGUUGUAGCUCAGCUUGCCAACUUCUGUAGCGGGGCUCCUGUGCCUUUAACAGCCACAUGAUACGUUGAAAUUAAUCAUGCAAAAUUUUGUGCAGUGCUGGCAAAACCUUCACCUGCUGAAUUCCUGCGCAUUGCACAAUUGUUACAGAUGCAGGAGCCACUCCUGGAAGAAAAUUAAGUGGUUGGCAAUGUUAUUAUUGUUAAGUAAAAAUUUGCAGCAACUUUGAACAAUAUAUUAUGUCAUUUGUUUCAGUGUGUUGUCUUCAAUUGCUCUGACGGUCUCGAUUACAAAGCCAUGGGAAAAUUCUUUAAAGGACUGGCACAGGCUGGAGCUUGGGCCUGCUUUGAUGAGUUCAACAGAAUUGAGGUAAUGACUUCCUCUAUUUCCGGUGCUUAGACUAUGAGUGAUGUCACUUCUGUAACCAAAACAGUACCACCCUUAUAUGGGGGAGAUAUAAACAGGCUUGGAGAAUCCCAAGGUUUACUGAAAUACUUUAAAAAGAGAGAGAAAAAAAGCCUAAGGGGGAGGGGAAAUAUCUGAAAUGGCCCAGGCCUGUUCAGUAGCCACAGAAUGCUGCCUGACUAUUAUGGGAGAUGGAAUGGAAAGAAGUAUUGAAGAGGACAUGAUGGCUGAUUGAAACAAUGAAACCCUGGAGAUCUAUUGCUAGUCAACGCUGAGCCACCAAUCGUCAGUAUGAGGCAUUUCUCUGUAAAAUUUCUGUCUAUAGCCGGUUCUCAUUGAUUUAUCGCACUAUUUCAGCCCAGCCCUAACACAGUGUUUCUCAAACUUGAGUCUCCAGCUGUAGUUGGACUAUAACUGCCAUCAUCCCUGACCACUGGUCCUGCUAGCUAGGGAUGAUGGGAGUUCUGGUCCAACAAAGAGUUGGGGACGCAAGUUUGAUAAACACUGCCCCAACACAUUGUUCAGGUCACAUUUAGCGGUCCCUUUACAUUGGUUUGAAAUGCAUGUUUUAAAUCUGAAGUAUUGUUUUCUUUAUUUUGUUGUUAGGUUGAAGUUCUCUCUGUAGUGGCACAGCAGAUCCUCAGUAUUCAGCAGGCUAUUAUUCGAAAGCUGCGAACAUUUAUCUUUGAAGGCACAGAGAUUUCACUUAAUCCAACCUGUGCAGUAUUCAUCACUAUGAAUCCUGGAUAUGCUGGACGGGCAGAACUUCCUGAUAACUUGAAGGUGAAUUGUUAUACACUGGGAAAGCGAAACACCCGUGGGUUGCUGGGCAAGACGAGAAGACUAUAACCUGGAAUAGGCAGUGAACAAAAAAUAGGUAGUCUGGAUGAGGAAACAGUAUGAGGGAGACGGUAACUGACAUAAAAGCACAAUUCAAAGGAAAGUUUAAGAAGUAGGUUUCAGAACCUGGGAUAGCUCCCAGGCAUCAUAGGUGUUGCUCUGACAAAAGCAUGUGAAGGGUAUAGAAAGGGGCUGCACCUUUUGACACAUGACUCUACCUGGCCCCACCCCAAAUGUCCAUGUGCAGAGGCUUUCCUAAGUUCUGGAACUUUAUGCAGUCAAAGUUCCAGAAGGGAAGCCUCCACAUAUAGAGAUCUGCAUGCCUGCCUCUCUUCAGAACUGUCACAUUCUGUGCAUAAAUCCAUUCAAACCAUAUUCCUCCUCUGCUGCUAGACAGUUCCUGGCAAUCCUAGUUCUUAUUCCUUAGCUAAUUGCUUCUGAAGUCAUAGGCUCUCAAGUAACUAUCACUGAAGCACAACAUCCUUGGACAACCUUACCUAUUGCUUCUUGUUUUGACAAUACAUUGCAUACUGAUUAUUUAUUUCUCCCCGCUUUCUGUUCUUCAGGCUUUAUUCCGUACUGUAGCCAUGAUGGUUCCAGAUUAUGCUUUGAUUGGUGAAAUUUCACUUUAUUCAAUGGGAUUCCUUGACUCCCGAAGGUACGUUAGUUGGUUUUCAGGUAUUAUACAGGAAACUCUCACUUGGGUGUGUGUGGAAGGUAUAUGAGCAACAGAAGUCCUCUUGGAGUCUUGCCAUACAUGUCUUUUCUCAUAAACACUUUCCUAUAUUUUAUUUCUCAGAUUAUUAUUAUUAUUAUUAUUAUUAUUAUUAUUAACAAUAAUAUUUGUAUACUGCCCUAUACCUGUAAAUCUCAGGGCAGUUCACAACAUAAAAUUACAGUAUAAAAAGAGGUGGCUCCACCACCCCCAACAUGCCCCACUGCUGCCAGGCUGGGAGUUUAGAUUGUCCUACCCACCCAGUGCUCUGUUUUUUUUCUAGCGGGUACUCAAGGGUACGCAGCUCUCAAGGGUACCAGCACCUCUUUUUUUUCUUGUUAAAAAGUGUGGCAUGUACUGUAACAACUUCAUGAUGAGUACCGGCACCUAUUUUUCUAGAAAAAAAACACUACCCACCAAUAGCAUCCCCUAAGUAAGAGGAAAAACCUGUCAUUUGAUUUGUCACUUAAUCUUUUAUAAACUUACUUGGUGAUAUCUGUUUUAAUUAUUCAUCUAUUUAUACAUCAUGUAGACAUUUUAUCCUCUUUUCUCCAUUGUGUUUGCUGUCCAUAAAUUGUAACAUGUCGUAUAAUCUUUCACAGUCUUGCCCAGAAGAUUGUUGCUACCUAUCGUCUUUGCUCUGAACAGUUAUCAUCGCAGCAUCAUUACGACUAUGGGAUGCGUGCUGUAAAAUCGGUCCUGACAGCAGCAGGAAACUUAAAACUGAAGUACCCAGAUGAAAAUGAAAGUGUCUUGCUGCUCAGGGCUCUACUGGACGUUAACUUAGCUAAAUUCUUGGCACAAGAUGUCCCUCUGUUUCAGGUAGGAUAAUCAAUGAAGUCAUUUAGAUACUGAUAACAUGAACUGUUGCUGCAUGAUGUUGAUUACAGUGUUAUGAUUAACUAAGAAGAAAGAUUAUUUUCAUUUGCUUAGAACAGCUUAAAUCAUGUUUGUGUACAACCAGAAGUUCCUGCUCUUAAAUUGCAUAUUAUUUUUUCUUUUUCUUUCGUUUCACAGGGAAUCAUAUCUGAUUUAUUUCCUGGAGUGAUUCUACCUCGACCAGAUUAUGAUCUCUUCAUCCAGGCACUGAAUAACAAUAUCGCAAAAAUUAAUCUUCAACCAGUUCCAUGGUUUAUUGGGAAAAUUAUUCAGGUUUCUUUAGUUUGAAUAUUUGCACACUGGAAAUGUAUAUGUAGGCCAGAUCCUUAACCCCUCCCUCAAUUGCAGGCCAACUUUGGCGGGUGGAGCCACUAAUCUGUCUUUGUUACUGAGCCAACUUAGGCUUUAUUGAUUUCCCUUUUUAAGUUUCUUGACUUAAGGCUACACCUUUCAUAUUUGCACAGUUCCUAUGAAACAAUGCUGAGUGUGUCUCAAAGUGCUUUGAGGAUUUAUUUAUUAUUGAAUAUAUUCAUGUCUUCACACUUCUGUGGAUUUCUGAUGCCCUUAUAAGGCAGAAAACUUCAUCUACGCAAUGUAUUUUUGACAACCCUUAUUUCAUUGGCACAGAUUUAUGAAAUGAUGAUGGUUCGUCAUGGCUAUAUGAUUGUCGGGGAGCCGAUGGGAGGAAAAACCUACGCCUACAAAGUGCUUGCUAUGGCCCUUGGGGAUCUGAGCCAAGGUACAUAUCAAAUUUAAUUCUGCCCAAUGCCUUCUUAAUUUAAAAAAGAACUUUAACUUCAUCUUCUCUUUCCCCAGUCUGUUGCCCUCCAGAUGUUUUAGACUGCAGCUAGUUAUUACCUGCCAAUUAGCUAUCAGGCGAAAUUCAUGGUGCUGGUACAAAGCCCCCUUACAGCUUGGGACCAAACUACUUAAAAGAUUACAUCACCCAUUAUGUAUCCAACCAAUCACUGUGCUCUAUAGAAGAUGGCCUCCAGCAGACACCAUCUCAUUAGGAGGUCCAUUCUAUAAGAUAUAGAAUCUGGGUCUUCAGUGUUGUAGUGGCCAACAUUUGGAACUCCCCCACCAUGUACAGAUGUCACCUAUCUAUUAUCUUUUGACACCUUCCCAUUUCAAGAAACCUUUUUAAAUUGAGAUACUCAUCCCAGUCUGUAUCUGUGCUGGAUUAGAAGUUAUUUUUCUGUGCACAACAUUAUUUUAAAAAAUAUGAAAUCUUUUCAUAUAGGUUUUUAUUUCUGAUGUUUUAAUUGUUAAAUUGCUUUGAGACAUUUCACAGGGAGCAAUUCACAAAUGAAAGGAAAUAAAUAAGCACCUAUCUGCUGCAUCCUGUAUAGCAAGGCUGAUCUUGAAAGAGAAAGCUUACCUCUUGAGCACUCCCCCCCCCCCCAAUUGCCUGUUGUUGGAGAACAGAGGAAGGUUAUAGGUACAAGAAUGGAAAAUUGCUAAUGCUGUUGUUUCCACUCUACACAACAAAGAAUUUCAAUUGUCUGGAAGACAAAUUAAAGGUUGCAUUAGCAGAAACGUGUCUUACUUUGACCCAAACCUUGAGCUGAAUAAGCAGUAAAACCACUUACACAUUUUAUUAAGCCAAAGCCAUCUUUUGUUCCCAGUGUUCUGAAAAUGUUGGACUAUUUCCCCUUGAAACUCUCAAAAAUUGUUUUCUCAGCCUGCCAUCUGAACCCAUCUACUUUCUUUUUCUCUUUCUUCCUUGUCUUUGUCACUUCUUCUGUGGCAUAGUGUAUGCUUAGACUGAGUGUUGUUUUUUCUCCUCUCUGUACUUCAAGGAGGCACUGGAAAUGAUGUUCACCUAUUAAGUGGUACAAACCUGGUUGUGCCUGCCCAGAGUAGUUCCACUGAAGUUAAUGAACAUAAUUGAGAUCCAUUAAUUUCAGGGAGUAUACUCUGAGUAGGAGUAGGUCUAGCUCUGUCAUCAGUCGAAGUGAAGGAUUAUGAGAGGAUGUAAUGAAAGGGCAGCAAGUUGUUCAUUAUUUAACUCGUUAUGACUGUAUUUUUUAAGCCAGGGAGGAGGAGAGGUGUUUGGGAGAUUUUCUGGUCCUGGUUCAAAAUAACUUGGUUGGCCUUGGUUGAUGGAGCUGCUGCUCUGCCUCAGCCUGCAAAAUGUCUUGGAUCUCAGGGUCAAUUAAAGCUGGGUAACUGAAGAGUGACACCAAGUCUUUGAAUUAAAAACAACAACAACAACAACACAGGAGAAAAUAAUAUACACCAAGAGUGUAACAUCUACUUUUGGCCUGAGAAAUAGCUUUGGGAUAGCAAGGGUUUUUAGGCACCAGUUUCUGCCAGUGAGUUUGCCUUCUAACUAGCCAGAGAUCAGAACUGGCAAAUCUGUCCAUUUUAGAUUCUCCCAAUUUCUCACUUUUCUAAUCUUUUGUUUAGUUCUCCACAUUUCACCUCAGUUUGCAAAUAUUUAUUGUUAAAAGUCCACAUGAAAAUCCAUCACCAUUUAGUGUGAAUGUCUCUUAUAGACACAUUUUGCCUAAUACACAUUUUUGCAGAGCACUUCCCCCUGAUCCAGCAUAUGCAUUUUUGUACACACUACUUGGCUGCAGAGCUGCAUUGCAAAGUUCAGAGAAUUUCAAAUGUUUUUCAGAAAGCACAAAUUAGGCAGAUUCACCUUUAAAUGAGAAUUGAAUUCCUCCCAUGUUGCUAACCUAAGAUACUUUUUUUGUCUCAGAUCCUUCAACAGAAGAAUCUGCAGUUGAAUAUAGAAUUAUUAAUCCAAAAGCUAUUACCAUGGGACAGUUGUAUGGGUGUUUUGACCCUGUGAGCCACGAAUGGACAGAUGGCGUUCUUGCAACCACCUUCAGAGAACAAGCCAGCUCUACAACAGAGGACAGGAAGUGGAUUGUCUUUGAUGGUCCUGUUGAUGCUGUUUGGAUAGAGAACAUGAACACUGUGUUAGAUGAUAACAAGAAGGUAAGUGCCAUGGCUGUAAUGAUGUUGUUGUUGUUGUUUAGUCGUGUCCGACUCUUCGUGACCCCAUGGACCAGAGAACGCCAGGCACUUCUGUCUUCCACUGCCUCCCGCAGUUUGGUCAAACUCAUGCUGGUAGCUUCGAGAACACUAUCCAACCAUCUCGUCCUCUGUCAUCCCCUUCUCCUUGUGCCCUCCAUCUUUCCCAACAUCAGGGUCUUUUCCAGGGAGUCUUCUCUUCUCAUGAGGUGGCCAAAGUAGUGGAGUCUCAGCUUCACGAUCUGUCCUUCCAGUGAGCACUCAGGGCUGAUUUCCUUAAGAAUGGAUAGGUUUGAUCUUCUUGCAGUCCAUGGGACUCUCAAGAGUCUCCUCCAGCACCAUAAUUCAAAAGCAUCAAUUCUUCGGCGAUCAGCCUUCUUUAUGGUCCAGCUCUCACUUCCAUACAUCACUACUGGGAAAACCAUAGCUUUAACUAUAUGGACCUUUGUUGGCAAGGUGAUGUCUCUGCUUUUUAAGAUGCUGUCUAGGUUUGUCAUUGCUUUUCUCCCAAGAAGCAGUCGUCUUUUAAUUCGUGGCUGCUGUCACCAUCUGCAGUGAUCAUGGAGCCCAAGAAAGUAAAAUCUCUCACUGCCUCCAUUUCUUCCCCUUCUAUUUGCCACAGGUGAUGGGACCAGUGGCCAUGAUCUUCGUUUUUUUGAUGUUGAGCUUCAAACCAUAUUUUGUGCUCUUCUCUUUCACCCUCAUUAAAAGGUUCUUUAAUUCCUCCUCACUUUCUGCCAUCAAUGUUGUGUCAUCUGCAUAUCUGAGGUUGUUGAUAUUUCUUCUGGCAAUCUUAAUUCCGGCUAGGGAUUCAUCCAGCCCAGCCUUUCGCAUGAUGAAUUCUGCAUAUAAGUUAAAUAAGCAGGGAGACAAUAUACAGCCUUAUUGUACUCCUUUCCCAAUUUUGAACCAAUCAGUUGCUUCUCUGAGUUAUUCAAGCCGCUUCGCCAUGGCAAGGCAGUGAUCCAUGAAGGGGGGCUAUAAUGAUAGAGUUUGUAAUUUAGAGAUUUAUUUCCUUAGUAUUAAGAAGGUAAUUUGAGGACUUGCUCUAAGGUUGCAUGAUUCAAGCAGUUCCAAAGGCCUAGAGCAGUGGUGGCCAAACUUGGCCCUCCAGCUGCUUUUGGACUACAACUUCCAUCAUCCCUAGCUAACAGGACAAGUGGUCAGGGAUGACGGGAAUUGGAGUCCCAAAACAGCUGGAGGGCCAAGUUUGGCCAACACUGGCCUAGAGGCUGCUCCCCAUGCUUGAAGAAUAAAGUUGUUGCAAGCUAUUCUUCCUUCCUCUAGUUUGUGGAUUCAGAAUCAUUACACUGUAAGAAGUGUAGAAUGAGGACUGCACUGAAUCAACUGGAAGCAAUUUUCUAGCUGUACCACUAGACACAUAUGGUAGUAAGAAGCUGUGGGAACCACACCCAGUGGUUGAUUGCAACUGGUUCAUUUAUUAUUGUAGUUAUUUUUAAAUAACCUGCAUUAUUUGCUUUAAGAUAACCACUAACUCCAUAUAUCUGGAAUUAAGCCCCAUUAAACUGAGUAGACAUUAAGAUUGUGCUGUUAUCAAAAGCAAAGCAUAUCUGUAGAAGUGGGGAAGCAGAGAGUCUCUGUAACUCUUUCUGCCUAUAUACAUAAAUAUGUAAGCGUGUCAUCAUACUGUAAUUUGCAUGACCACAAAUAUGCAGCUGUGGGAACUGCAGCACAAUGUGUGAGCAUUACAGACAAGCCCUGCUGCUGCCCACCUCACUCUGACGCUCAGUGGGUUUGGCAAGGUUAAGGGAUAGGAAAGGGGUUUGGUGAGGGGUAAAGAGAGUGCGGUUGGCCUGGUGUAAAGGAAGCAGGCAGGAGAUUGGCAAGCAUGUGGGGGUCUGGUAGGUGUAGGCAGCUUUGGCAACUGAAGCAAUCAGAGGCAACAAUCCCUAGUAUAGAAUAACACUGUUCUAAUGCAAGAUGGCAAUGAUUUAAAUUCAUUCAUUGCUUUUUACAAGAGUCUCAAAGCAAAUUUCAAGGGAAGGUGUUUACAUCACAACGCCUGUCUUAAUUAUUUUAGAUUACAGUCAGGGAAAUAUUUAUCUAAUACUAGAUAGUUUGCUAUAGGCUUCUAAUACACAAAUAGCUCUUUGAAUCAUGGCCUUCUGGGUUUCCAAUUAAAUAUCUAAGGUGUGUGCAUUAAUUUCUACAGGUCUACUCUUAGUAGGACUAGCAUUGGCUACUACCCACUGUCUUUUUAAUAUCUCUGUGUGUUUGUGUGUGUGCGUGCACACACACAUGCACAUGCACAUGCAUGCAGACAUUAAACUAUGAUUAAUAUAAAAUGGAAAAAGAAGUUUCCAGUGCAGCCAUGCUGGAAGAGGAGAGAGGGAAUUGCCCUUCUUAUGCUAAAUCAUGGUUAAACAUUACACGCAAACCUUUCAUUAUCUUUUGCUCUCAAGCAUGGAAGUAUGAGAAGAAGCAAACGAAUGAUGUUCAUCCUCUUACAGAAUGUCACUGUUGUUCAUGUGCAUGUCUGUAAAAUGACUGAAACUCUGCGUGACACAUGCUACAAUUGUGCAAGUUGUCCUGUCACAAUCCCUACCGUACACAUGACUGAACCAUGGUUACAUGAUGUUUUCAUUCUAGCUGUGCCUAAUGAGUGGUGAAAUAAUUCAGAUGAGUGCAAAGAUGAGCUUAAUGUUUGAGCCAGAAGAUCUGGAACAAGCAUCUCCAGCUACUGUCAGCAGGUAACUUUUGCAAGCAGAGCCAAUAGCAGCUUUGUGUGCCUCUCUAUAUUGUUACAGGAUUGGUGCAUACAUACAUACAUACAUACAUAAUUUUAUCUGUAUGCUCUUUGUGGAGUUAAUGGCCCUAGGCAAUUCUCUUGGACAUCUUAGUAACAUAGGAUGCUGCCUUGUCAUGAGUCAGACCAUUGGUCCACCUUGCUCAAUAUUGUUGAUGUUGUCAGCAAUUCUCCGUUCAUUUUCUGUAUUUAAGGUAGAUGCUCUGCGACUGGGAUGCAGUCCUUCCCCAUUUUUACAUGACCUGUUUGUCAGAUUCAAGAGUUUGCCAUAGAAACAACUAGCUGGUAAUGUUUCUAGAAGGAAGCCCCAUGUGGCUGGAGGCCAGGGCAUCCAAGAUGUAAGAGUGCAUCAGGCCCAGAGGCCAGUCUUCCCUGCUCUCUUCUGGAGGAGCUAGGAAGACACAAAACAUUUGGUUUUCUCUCCAUGCUGAGUCCAAAGCUAUGGCUUUGAAAGGAAGCCUAAAGGGGAAAAAGCAAUAUCUGUUGGAGUGCUAAUGCUGUGAGGCCUUUCAUCGCAAUGCCCAGCCUGUUUGUAUGUGAAAAUAAAGCCUUAUAUCACAAAGAUCCAAUGACAUUCCUUCCAAAGAAACCAAAAUUGGAGUCUUUGUUGGCAUUCCUGAAAUCUCUUACACUAUUCAGAGAGAUUGAGCUGUAUGGAACAGUGUGUGAGAGAGAGGCAGGAGGGGAGGGAGAGCAGGAGAGAAGUAUUGAUCAGGGAAAACCACAUAGGGAGAGGGGACAAAUACCAUGAUGCUGGAGAAAGAGAUCCAUGUUCAGGGAGAGAGAGACCUGACCUUACAGGCUUCCUUCAUGACGUUGCAAAAAGGUCCAGAGUUGGUCCCCUUCCAGUGUCAAAGAGAGGAAAAAUAGGUGUCUAUUUCUGCCUAGGGAUGGUGGUGGGGAGAGGGAAUUGAUCCAGCUACAGUAAAUCUGUUAAGUUUGUAAGGUGUCAGAAGAAUCCUAGCAAUUGCCCAGUGUCAUCUGAAGGCUGAGUCAACUUUCAUAAGUCUUACCCCCUCAUUGCAAGCAAAUUUGUGCAACAAAACUGUUAAUUCUUCCAGGUGUGGUAUGAUCUACAUGGAACCUCACCAGUUAGGCUGGAAGCCUCUGAAGGAUUCUUAUAUGAACACAUUGCCUCCAAACUUGAACACCGAACACAGAGAACUGGUUUGUGGGCCUAUAAUUUAAUAAUAAUAAUAACAACAACAAUAAUAAUAAUGAUGAUGAUGAUGUGGGGCUUUCAUCAGAAGUUUGGGGCCUGGGCCACUUAGGAUCUUAAACACUAAUGUGAGCACCUUGAAUUGGGCUUAGAAAUGAACUAGCAACUAGUGCAGCUGGAAUUAUUUGAAAUCUAAACAGGAUCUAAACAUUGGUUUGGCUGCUGGAUUUUGGACCGUUUCCAAAGAUUCUGAGUCAUCUUCAAGGACAACCCCUUGAAGAGCCCCUUGAAGAUGUAGAGCACAUUGGAAUAAUCUAAUCUGGAAGUUAGAAACUGACAAGUGUCUCAUACAAGAGAACAACUGCAGUGGGCAGAAAGGCAAUAUGGGGAGGGGGAUGAGUUGUUGCUGUGGCCGCAUGGCUAGAAAACUGCUCUGUGCUGUUUGCAGUGUAGGUGGAGUGGUAAGUGCUCUCGUUUUACCUCUUACGUGACAACUGAGCAGAGUUUGUUUUCACCUUGGGAGAAACAUGUUGAUGGUAGAGCCAUUUAAUAAUGUAACCAUUUUGGAACAAACGGUCCUGCCAUCUUGGCACUACCACCAAGAAGGGCCUAUCUCUUUUAAGCUUGCCCUAAGACAUGUAUGGUCAUGUAAUAGCUCUCAUUUAUGUCUCAUAGCCAAGGUGGGUCUGCCUAGUAAUUGUCACUCUAUUAGCAUGGCACCAAAAGAAGGGGAAAUGCACCCCCCAGCAUAGAUUUGCACAAAAUUCCCAUAUGCUAAUUAAUAUGCAUAGGUGCAAAUUUAGACAUAAGUACUAUAAUUUUUUUAAAUAAUGCAAUACACCCCACUAGGGUGAGGGAGACUGUGUCCAAGUGCCCUUUGUGCAUGCUCAUUCAGGUGCUACCUGUCGAUGGACAAACCUGUUCUCCUUUUAAGGGUUAAUUAAACUGUAAUCGAACUUGUACUGGACAGCUCUUCAGAUAGGGGACUGUCCUUUGUAUAAUAGGAUACAUGACCAACCUCCACUCUAUCCAACGUUUAUGCAAAUAUAUACCAUCAAUAACCAACCCAGUGGAGUGGAGCUAUAACACUAGUUCCCAGGACGGGGCGGGGGGGCACAAGGCAGCGUGGAGAUCCAGGUGGUGCAGGUGCAGCAGCGCAGUCCCUCCAGCACUCCUAACAUUCCUCUUGCACUGCACCAGUCUCCCCACCAUCUCCCUCUCUCCCUCCUGGUAAAUGGCAGUAAUACCACUGCAGAGGAGCUAGUGUUACAGCUGUGCUCCUCCAGGAGAACCACUUCUAGACCCUUAGGAACAGCAGUAAUUGAGGGUCCCAUGGUCACCCUAGCUUUGUGGUGGUAGUCUUACCACCUGUACUGGAAGAGCUGGCCAUGUACUAGGCAGCAUGAGGGAACUGCCUCAGGCAGAAAGUCCUGGAGAGUGAGAAGCAGCAGCAGCAAAGCUUGAGCUUGGUAAGGAUCCUGUGAGCUUCAUUUUCCCGCUUGCCCACCCCCCUACCUUGCUGUGCCAUUUUGCCUGUCAUGCACCUCCUAAGUGAGCCUGCUACCCUCAGAUGCUGUGGAGAAUGCUGCCCCAUUGUAAGACUCAGCUGCUGUACAUAUAAUGGGAUUGAAGAGGCACCGUUCGUUUUUGCUUUUUUCUUGAAGCAGCAAAAUGUAUUGGUCCGGCUCUGCAUAUUGACUGUUAGCAAACUGUUCCUAUUGGUAAUAAUGUAACUUCUGCUGCAUUUGAAAACCAUUUACCCUUUUCCAACUUCCAGGUUGACGACUUGUUCAUGUGGCUAGUUCAGCCUUGUUUGGAAUUUAUUCGCCAUCAUUGCAGGGUCAUGGUUCAGACAUCACCCAUCCAUCUCACUCAUUCCAUGAUGACACUGUAUACUGCUUUGCUCGGUAAGGAUCCUGUGAGCUUCAUCUUCCCACUCUCCCACCCCCACCUUGCUGUGCCAUAAGAUUGUGGGAACAACUGCGUUAGUUCUCCCAACUAAUUUGUGCCCCAGAAAUAUAUGGAAAUGUCAUUGAGGAAGCCCAUUUUGAGCUGGGUCCAGGUUAAACUGCAGAACACACUGGUAUGUGUGUGCAAAGGAAUGAACUGAAGAAACUUAAAACUGUAGUAAAGCAUAUGUUUUUUUAAAAAAAUUAUUCUAGUUCAGGAAGAGUGGGGUGUAGGAAUGCUCUGGGACAAACCAGAAUAACAGCUGUACAUAGCUUUGGCACUUUCCUAAUGGGAAGCAAUGCACAAAUCUAACAAACCUAUACAAUGAAAAGCUGUAAUAGGUGAAGUCAUCUCGCCUCUCUAGGCUAAGCAUUUUUCUUGACCUGUCACCUCUUUUCAUAUGAAACGCGUCUUGCAUUGAAAUCCAUAAGGGUAUCUUCGUAUACAGUACAACCUACGUUUAUUUCUAUUCCAUAUUCUCAAUAUAGUGGAUCUAACAAAAUGAUUUUUAAAGUCCACAUUCACUUUGACCUUGUCAUACCACAGGUAUCCAUGUCAUCCAAAUCUUAAAUCAUGACCUUCUAGUUCCAAAAUCCUCCUACUUCUUAGGAUCACCCACUCCUUCAUCCACACUAAGCAACAGGCUGCAAAGUACAAUUUCAAAUCAGGCAGUUCCAAUCUCUUGCAGUACUUUCAUUUUAACUUGUGGUUUUUUACAUUGCCAUAAAACUUUGAUAAAUCUUUUUUGCCAUUCUUUAAACGGUAAAUCAGUUGCAAUAGGUAUUGUUUGAAAUAAAAACAUCAUUCUAGGUAAAACAUUAAUUUUUAUUACUGAAAUUUUGGCCAGCAAUGACAAUUUGCCUGCAAACAGAUUGGCCUCGUUUGCAGGUUUUGCCUUCCCCAUAGCAAUAGUCACAACUUUGGCAGAGAAGGCAUUGCAUGGAAUCCUUUAAGUCUAACAUCAGGCGGGGGGUGCAGUAGUGCAUCAACCCCACCACAGAACAGUGCAAGAAGAGGAUACCCCUUAGAUACCCCGUCCAUCAGCCCUCCAAUGCCUUAGCCAAAUCCAACCUACACCUGGAAUCAAUAAAGUUGUGGCCUAAUUUUAAAUCUCAGAACAUUGUCCUGUCCCGUUUGUUCACCUAACAACUUCUCCUUUCUCCCUGUUGACUCACAUCAGCUGAAAUGCCCUCUGUGCACCAGAUAUGCUCAAUAUAAAUUUAAUAUAGGAUUGUGAUGUGAGAUGACACCCCUUGCUUGAAUCAGUAUCUGAGCAAACAAACAGCAGAAGAGUGGGAGCUGAAAGUGUUUGCAGCAGGGGUGCCAACUUGAAUAAAAUAUUGGGGGGGGCAGGUAAGGCCUGCCCUGCAUAAUAGAACACAUGACGUGGUACACGCACACCAUUUGACGUUGUUGACUAUGCCUUCUAAGAACAAUCUUCAUCUGCUCUUUUUUAAAAAUAGAUGAAAUAAGGAAUUCCGGCGAAGACGAUUCCGAGACCAUGUCCAGCCAGCAGAUCACCCUGUGGCUGCAGGGACUUUUCCUGUUCGCCUUGGUGUGGACCAUCGGGGGCACCAUCAACGCUGAGGGAAGGAAAAAAUUUGACCAUUAUUACCGGGAAGUUUUGAUGGGAAUGGACGACAACCACCCACGUCCCAAAAGCGUAAAGCUGACGAAGAACAACAUUUUUCCAGAUAGAGGUCUGUUUAAAAUACACUUGACAAAUUUAAAUAAUUGGCUUUGUUUAUACAUCAUGAAGCAUCAUAUCUCCAGUAUGGGCAUUGAAUUGUUUUGUAAUAGGUCCCAGAGAUUAAGAAAGGAGCUGGUCAUCCUGAACACCAUGGAUGGGGAAUCCCUAGCUCUCAUAAGCUCCAAGUAGAAUGACCUGGGAUUAUUUAUGCUGUUAUUUAAUUUAUACCGCACCCUUCAACCUGAAGAAUCCCAGAGUUGUAUGCAACAAUUCAUAAAAUUGUGCAUGUUGAUACAAAGGUCAUAAAUCCAACACAACAACAACAACAACAACAACAAUAAUAAUAGAAGAAGAAGAAGAAGAAGAAGAAGAAGAAGUAUGAUGAGAGUUCGUAUUCAACAAUAUCUGGAAGGUCAUAGGAACUCUCUGAUAGCCUUAGAGUAACUGAAAGAGAACUGAAAUUGACAGCCUUCCGUCCCUGCCUCUGAGUGCAAUUUUUCCACCUAGGAAUUUGUUUUCAGUAUCAGAACCCAGUUCACAGAAAAUCCAUUCCUGGUCUUCUUUACUUUUUCUUUACUUUUGCAGUGUAAUUUGAAAGUGGUGUGUUGAAUGGGGAGUUGCUGCUAUUGUUACACAACUGGAGGACAGAAAUUAUUGGUGGGCUACUGCUGUAGCUGCCCUUCUGUACCAAAAGCAUGAUUUGGCAGCAUUUGGGUUGUUUCUGUUUGGUUAGAAGGCAUAUGUAGAAACAUAUCCAAAUUUUGCAGUCUGAAAUAAUACCCAAAGUCAGCCUUGCUGCCUUGAACUGAGCUUUCCCGAUGGCCUUUUCCCCUCAACCAGGGACCGUGUACGACUUUUACUUCCACAAGAUAGCCAGUGGACAGUGGAAUAAUUGGACAGAGUACAUUACAAAAGAAGAGCAAACCAUCCCUGCUGGAGUAAAGGUAAACUAUUUGCAUUUAUUGCCUCAUAAUUGCUCAGGCUGACCUUAUCUGAUUGGCCAAAUUAACAAGUCCUGACCAUUACUUUCAAGGGGGUCUACUCUGAGUAAAACUAAGUUGGAUAGAACCAUUUAUUAUUAUGGGUUGUAUUCAGAAAGUCCCAUGUUCAAUCCUCAGCUGAGGUUGCUUUUUAAUCAUCAUCAUCAUCAUCAUCAUCAAUCUUUAUUACGGUCCAGAGACCCAACAAAACAUUACAAAUCAAUACACAGUUCAUACUUUUAAUCACUUAUCUCCUUUGUAUCUCAUUUCUAACAUCAUUGCACACUGCUUAGAAACUACAGUGUUAAGAGGUGUGUGAAUAGUUGAAAUAAUGAAACCUCCGUUCUUUAAUUUAAAAAGAAGAGGGAGAGGUGAUUCUUGAUGGCUUUGUUAAUAAUUGCCUGUGGCUUCGUUUAUUAUUUUUAAUAAAGUUGAAUGGGACAGUUUCGAUUUUGGAUUUUUGUGUCCCACUUUAGAAACACUGGUUAAAGAACAAGAUUUUACCCAGUCCCAAAUCAAUGAAUGUAAGAGCUUGUUCUCAACAUUCCAUCACACUUUCUGGAAUGACCAUGAAAAACAGUGAAGUUUUAGCAGGUGUAGGGCUGGGACUAUGAUGAUGGGGAAGGCCUUAAUGGGCUAAUUAAUUUUGUGCAUCACAAGGUCUGCAAGGGCAGAAUGGGAUGACCUCACAUCAUUGUGACAUCAGGUGAAAGCCUUGAUGGGCUAAUUGUUAUUGUGAUUAUUAUAUUUAUUUAUAUCCUGCCUUUUUCACUGACACGGACUCAAGGCAACUUACAGAUAAAAUAGGAACAGUGAAUAUAUAGGAAGAAUAUCAUUGAAAAGCAAUUAAACAUGUACAGAACUAGGACUAUAUAUAAAUAUAAAUUAUGUUUGAAAUACUGCAUAUAUUAAUAUCAUGCAAUUUGAAGCAGCUGGAUGCAUAUUAACUGACUCCUUUUGGAAGAAAUCAUUGAAUAAAAUAUCAUGUAAACUUUUACUUGGAGAAUUCUUUAAAAACAGAACAUAAGCCUCAAAGGUACACCCCAACUAUCCAUACAACGUAUUGUGAUGUACAGCACAGGCUCAGCAUCUUAGAUAAUAUGAAAUUAUCCAAACAAAGGCCUUUCUCCUCCCACAGCAUCCAUUUUCCCUGGAGCUGUUUUCUCUCUAACUCAAAGGGUCAUUUACACAUCCUUACUUCCACACAGUUUGAGACAAAAGACUAAAGGCAAUUUCAGAAUGGAGAUUUGCAACCAAAUACCUUUUUCACCUGAUCUAAGGUUACAACACUGACAUGUUAGCUAGCAGAAAACAACAACUAGCUAAUUAUCAACUCAGCAAGAGCUCAGAGUCUUUUAGAAAACUACUGUGAAAAAAACCCAAUGCAGCAUCACAUAUUUAGCCAUUUUCCAUUUAAAACCUUCAUUAAUACACAUACAUUUUCUGUUUAUGUGUGAAUUAAACCAGUUAUAUUUAACAUUAAAAACAUACGGAUAAUUACAAUAGCCCUUUCAUUAAAAGCAGUCAGUUCCCAAAAUCCUAAUAAUGGAGAGGGUGUAGGUUUGGUCCACCCCCUCCCUCAGCAGCAUCUCCACUUUGAUUUGAUUAAAUUUUUGUCUGCUAUGUUCCCAAACCUCAAGUUGAGCUCAAAGCAAUUCACAACAAUAGCAAAUAUAAACAACACUCAGUAAUACAUUGUUAUACCUGUUGUCUUCCCAGUAAAUGAAUAGUCACCGCUCACUCCUAUGGAGCAAAGCACAAGCUCUGCCCUAAGAAGACAGGUUUGCAAAACUUGCAGCCCACCCCAACGGUGGGUGGAAACUCUGCAUUGAUAGAGAUCCUACAGUCUGUGCAUGCAUAUGCAGGUACACAUGAAUGCAUAGCAGGAAGGCUAAACAGUAGGUGGAGCCAGAGCCAAUGAAAGGCAGAGCCAACUAAUUCUAGUUUUGUCCCCAUCCUUUUCCCUGCUGAGUUAUACAGGGGCAACACUUAGACUAAGGAACGAGCAGGAAGGUGACAGUAUUGUAAGUUAGAAGGCGGGCAAGUGGUGGCUAGUUGAGGACAGAGUAAGGUUGGUGAGGCAGUGCCCCAUUUACCCUAAUGGACCAGCUUCCAUUGCAUGCCUGGUGUGCAAUGUAUAUGCCACCCCACCAGGAUCCUUGCAAUGUACAGGUCAUAAACACAUUAUCUCUCUUUCUCAUGCACACACUCCCUUCUUGCAGUGAUGCAGAUUUUUCUACUUUCAAAUAUGCAAGAUGUGUUUUUUACACCUAACCAUCUCUUCACGACAGGUCUCCGAGCUUAUAAUUCCAACCAUGGAAACAGCCAGGCAGAGUUUUUUCUUGAAAACCUAUGUGGAGCAUGAAAUCCCAUUGCUCUUCGUGGGAACAACUGGUACAGGGAAAUCAGCGAUCACCAACAGCUUUCUGAUUAAUCUCCCAAAGACAAAGUACACUCCCAACUUCAUCAAUUUCUCUGCCAGAACUACAGCCAACCAGACCCAGGACAUUAUUAUGUCAAAACUGGACAGGAGAAGAAAAGGACUUUUUGGUCCACCAGCUGGAAAAAAGGCUAUUGUAUUUGUAGGUAAGAUCACAUCUUAAACAUUUUUGUUGCUACACAUUACAGUUUUGAAGCAUGCUGUUACAACAGCAGCUGUACUUCCUUUCGCAGAAAUAAGCUGUUGGGGACCUCAAUCCAGGGAGGGAGGGAGGGAGAAAGACCAGGGGGUGGGGGAAGAGCUGGGUGUUAUCAACUUUUCAACAUUGUGAUGUAUCACCACCCUAACAAAACGAUGUUGAAAAGCAGAGGGAAGAACAAGGUGCAUUGAGCCUGGCCCUGCAAGGUGCUGGGGUGAAACAGCCUCAGCUCCCUCGUUUGGAGAGGCAGCGGUUUCACCCUGGCACCUCAUAUGGCUGGGGCUGAUGCAACUUGUUUUUCCCUUGGGGUGCUGGGCGCUCGCGACAAAGGGAGUCCCUCCACCGCCAGUGCCCAGCGCAUCAAGUGAAAAAGAAGCUCCAUCGGCUCUGGUGCCUCACAACUCAUUUCUCCCUUGGUUUGAGGGCCAGAGUGCAAUGGCACCUUCACCCGGUGGUAUAUCACAGGUAUAACCACUGCCGCUCCUGAGCGCGAUAUACUGCCGGGUGAAGGUGCCAUCGUGCUCUUUCUCUUUUCAACUGUGUUGUUUAUCUUUAUUACCUUUCUAUUACAGAAUAUAUAACUUAUCUAUCUGUUCUUAACUUUGUGAAGUUUAUUCGAAAUGUAUCAAGGGUUUAAUUUGAGAACAAUGUUUUUCCAAAUAGUCUUUUACACAUUCCCACUCCUUUUAAAAUUUUUGGUUUGGCUGAUGCCUAAUUGCCACUGUCGUUUUUACCAAUUCCAAAUACUCACACAAUUUAUUUUGCCAUUCUCCCUUUGUUGGUAUCGUAUCCCCUUUCCAAUUCUUAGCAAUUAACAUUCUUACUGCAGUUGUAGCAUACAAAUAAAAGUUUAAUCUAGAAAAGGCUCUGUUCCUUUCUCUAGAGAACAUAAGAAGAGCCCUCCUGGACCAGGCAAACAGCCCUUCUUGUCCAGCAUCCCGGCUACCCUGCAAGUAGAAUCUGAGCACAAGAGCACUCCUCUGCUCCUGGUGUUGGUGUUCAGAAGCAUUGUUGCCCCUGACCAUUGAGGCUAAUAGCCUCAUCCUUAUCCUCGCCCUUUCUUUCUUUGCUUGCUUGUGUUGAUGGGUAGAGGGAGAGGGGUAGAGGGAGUUCUUUUUUGUCUUCGGGAAAUAAUAUUCAAUCAAUAUUCUUCCUAGAUGACUUAAAUAUGCCUGCCAAGGAAGUGUAUGGAGCCCAGCCUCCUAUAGAACUCCUUAGGCAAUGGAUUGAUCACGGCCACUGGUACGACAAGAAGGAUACCUCAAGGCUCGAUAUUGUUGAUGUUCUGUUCCUUUCAGCAAUGGGGCCUCCUGGAGGUGGAAGGAAUGAUAUUACAGGUAUGAUGUCAGAUUAAAUGCAAUAGGACAGCCUUUUAUCCAUUUCUGCAGUCACACAAUCAGUCAGUCAGUAGCUGAACUGGGUUCCACACAGUCACAAAAACAAAUUAACCAAAAAAGCCUCAAAAACGAAAACGCAAAAUAAAUAGCAAAAACAAAAGCGCCAAACUUAAUCUGUUCUGGAAGUCAGUUUGACUUCUGAAAUGUUCAAAAACCAAGGCGCAGCUUCUGAUUGGUGCAGGCGCCCCGGAAACAAUAGCCAACAACCACAUCGGACGUUCGGCUUCUGAAAAGUGUUUGAAAACCAGAACACUUACUUCUGGGUUUUCAGCGUUUGGGAACCAAGGCGUUUGAGUACCAAGGCGUUUGAGAACCAAGGUACCACUGUAUCUGCCUGGGGUCAUCAGAAGGAAUGGCAAAGCCGCAUUGAGACUUACUGUGUCUUCCCUUGUGUCUUACAGGACGUUUCACAAGGCACUUGAACAUUAUUUCCAUCAGUGCCUUCGAUGAUGAAAUUUUAACAAAGAUCUUUGCUUCCAUCGUUGACUGGCACUUCAGCAAAGGGUUUGAGGCCACUUUUCUGAGGUAAAUGGACCAUAAGGAAUGUGCUUCUCUUCAAGAGAGCACAUUUUGUGGUAUUUAUAUGCUCAGAAGCUGCCCCAGGUCGUUGUACCCUUUAAAAAAAGUACAGUUCUAUUUUUCUCUUGUAGAAAAGACUGCACAAGACUCUCUGUUUAGAGUUUAAACAUAACACAUUACUUUACUUGGUAUACUAAAACAUACAGUGAUUUUUUCCCUUAAAUAUUGUUUAGGGGUGCUCUCAUUUUGACUCAAGAAAAUCACUAUUUUAUAGUUCAGAUUGGGAAAAAUAAAUACAGCAAAUACAACAAAACUGACCAAUCACCAUGCUAGAUUCCAACUCCUACUCCACACUUUAAACACUCACUUCCGUCUGAGACUCAGGAAACACACCAUGACAGGAAAUGAGGCCACAAUUGGGGGUAGCAACAGAACUGACAAUACACCAUGCUAGAGAAGAACCUUUUUUUUUAAAAAAAAUAUUAGUUUCUUCUGUUAGAUUCAAAAAAUAUUGAAGGGUACACGUACCCCUGUGUUCCCCCAGGAAAAAGCACUGAAAAAACACACACACACAUAUAUGGGAGAGAAACUGGCAGAUUUAUGAUAUUUUAAAGACUUAUUCUGAGGCACAUAGCAGUAUAAAACAAAUUCCUGCUGCUCUCACAGUAAAACUCACUCUCUCAUUCUCUGCACUUGAUAACACAUCUAUCUGAAAAAAACUGCCUGCUAUGGUGACAUCCUAGGAUUCCAUAGCACAUUAACUCUUUCCAUAACAUUUUGGAUGCACCACUCCCACUCAUUUCUCCUAACAACAUCUAGCUGCUAUCUACCACUGCCACUGCUCUUGCUAUAUAAUCCUGUACUGUUGUGUGUUUGUUAUCUAAAAUGACACUUGAUUUAAGAUCAGGAGGUUGAUAAAGAACCUCCAUGGUUAGCAAAAUAGGAAGCUGUCGUUGGUCCAUCUAACAGUGCUGUCUGCACUGACUGGCAGCAGCUCUCCAGAGUUUCAGGUGCUGGAGAUGCCAGGGACUAAUGCACAAAGCCACGUUAUCUGCCACUGAAUUAUGAAUGGGGAUGGGGGAGAAAUAAUGAGCAGUAUCCAAUUAAACCAUUGUCUCAGUACAAGGAUUUCUGCUUGUUCAAUGGAACUUCCCCUAAACAUGUUCCACCAACCCUUUGGAGCAGAUUUGGUGAGGGUUUGGGAUAGAUGCGUGGGGGGAGGACUUUUGUUGUGCAAAAGGAAAUCCUUUGCACUUUCCCAGUCUUAACAGUGCAGUUCUCCAGCCAGGUUGUAUAUGCAAAAUGCAUAUACUAAGGUAAUCCAUGCAGAAAAAUGCAUAUAUUUCUGACAGUAACAUGAAAUGAAUUAUAUUGGGGGGAAUUGCUUGCAAAAAUGGAUAUCUUAGGCAAAAACAUUCAAAAGUGUGUGUGUUAGGAGAAAUUAGCACUAAAAUGCUAAUGAUUUUGGGGGGGAUUGCAAAUCAGUGUGGAAAUUUGCAGAACUGAACAUAAAAUUGGGAAAAUGAGAAUCCGAAAUUAAUGGAUUUGCUCAUCCCUAGUGAUGUCUGCAACUCUUCACCAUGGCAAAGUGGGAGAAGAGAACCUAGGGGCAGGGGGCAUGGUGGAAAGAAAGCUCAGGGUUACAUUUAACUUUUUUGCUCCUUUUCAAAGGCUUGGCAAAAUGAUGGUUCAUGCUACCAUGAACAUUUACAAGAUGGCUGUGGAAAACUUUCUUCCAACUCCUUCAAAAUCUCACUAUGUCUUCAACCUGCGAGAUUUCUCCCGGGUCAUCAGAGGAGUGUUGCUCUGCCCACAUACCCAUUUGCAGGUGUGAAAGCUACACUAGCUUUUAUUUCAUCAACGGGGGCACCAUCAUCACCAUAAAACUUAGCAUUUAUAAUUGCACUUUAGGUUUCCAAGUACUUUGUAUCCAUUGCCACAUUGCAAUGAUUACAACAACACAACUCUGUCUUUGUUCUCUCCCUUCUUUUCAGUACAGCUUGCUAAAGGUAUUCUCUCACACACAUACACAUCCCAUCACUUUGGGAACCUCUGUCUGCACAGGCCUAAGAUUCCUUUUAGAUGGCCAUCAACACCGUUUGUCAUGUUAACGCCUCUAUCCCAGGUCAGGCACUGACUUGGAAAGGAAGCUUAGCCUGUGCUUUUCCACUGGCCUGCAAUCUUCCCUUCAGUACUCCAAAUAAUAAAAAAUCCUACUGUUUAUUAAUUUCUAGGGUUUAGGGGGGAUCCCACCCCCAAACCCAUAACAAUAUUUACUGAUUAAAUUCCUGUUGGUUGGCUUCCACCUCCCAGUGGUCAAGAAGUAUCAAGAUCCAUGUGUGUGUGUGACUAUGUUCAUAUCUGCUUCAAAACCAGGCAUGGAUUGAGGUUCCUCCUUUCUUUUGAUAGGAUGGGGAGAAACUGAUCAGGCUUUGGAUUCAUGAAGUUUAUCGGGUCUUCUACGACCGCUUAAUAGAUGACGAGGACAGGAAGGUGUUUUUUCACAUGGUGAAAGAAACCACCUCUGAUUGCUUCAAGCAGAGUGUUGAUAAGGUAUGUUCAUCUUCAAGCAGUGAGAGCUGUUUGAAUAAAGAGAGAAAAAUAGGAUAUAUUUACGGCAACUGUUAUUUUGGUUGCAUUGGGCUGAAGAGCUCCCCCACCCCAGUUUCGCAUGGUGCAAAAGUGGCAGAGGGAUUUCAGCAAUUUUCUGGAACUGGGAAAUUUCAAGGAUGGAACUCAAGUAACAUCCACUUCUUAUUCUCUGGCUUCUAUUUGAGUGGUCAGUCGUAGCAGAUGCCAUUUAUCUUUGCCCAGAAUUUUUCUUGGAUUGUUGCUACAUCACAAUUGAUUGAUUGAUCAAUCUAUUGAUGAAUACAUAAACAAACAAACAAACAAACAAACAAACACUACAACUGAUAAAUUAUGGGUGGUAUGCUAUGUUAGUCCUACUCAGAGUGGAACCAUAGAAGUUAAGCAACAUGCCUAACUGGUCCAUUAAUGCGGGUCUAUGCUACGCAGAACUCGGUUGGAUACCACCCUAUAGGUUUUAGUUUUGAGGGGGGGAAGGCAAGCAAGGGGAACAUGAUGGAAGCAUGUAAAUUAUGCUUGGUGUUCUUAGUGUGUCUUCCCACAUCUGUUAUUUCAGAGUGGUGGUGGGCAGAUGGAGUCCAAACUGCUUAUGUAUUCCUCACUGUCUUCCAUAGGUAUUAAGCCACUUGUCUCCAACUGGAAAAAUCCAUGAUGAUAACAUCCGGAGCCUCUUCUUUGGAGACUACUUUAAGCCACAAAGUGAUGCAAAGAUCUAUGAUGAAAUAACAGACUUAAACAAGCUGACGUCUGUUAUGGAAUACUACUUGGAGGAGUUCAACCAGAUCAGCAAGGCGCCCAUGUCUCUGGUUAUGUUUAAAUUUGCCAUUGAGCAUAUCUCAAGGAUAUGCAGAGUACUGAAGCAGGAUAACGGCCACUUGCUGCUGGUGGGCAUCGGUGGAAGUGGCCGACAGAGCGCCACCAAGCUGGGCACCUUUAUGAAUUCGUAUGAACUCUUCAUGAUCGAAAUCACGAAGUUCUACACCACAAAUGACUGGAGAGAGGAUAUCAAGAAGGUCAUGUUGCAGUCAGGGGUGGCCAACAAAAACACUGUGUUCUUAUUCUGUGAUAACCAAAUAAAGGACGAGUCCUUUGUGGAGGACAUUAACAUGUUGUUGAACACGGGGGACGUGCCUAACAUCUUUGCAGCCGAUGAGAAGGCUGACAUCGUUGAAAAAAUGCAGGGUGCGGCAAGGACCGAAGGCAAGAGAAUUGAAGCCACCCCUCUGGCCAUGUACAACUUUUUUACUGAACGCUUGAAGAAAAACUUGCACAUAGUUUUAGGUACAGAUAAAAAAAUAAGUUACUUUUUCAUACUGAUUUCUUCUAACAUUUGACUGGGCUUGUCUGAGAAAUAAUGAUUAUGUCCAUUGCAGCAAUGAGUCCAAUUGGAGAUGCUUUCCGGAACCGCUUGCGAAUGUUCCCUUCGCUGAUCAACUGCUGCACUAUCGACUGGUUCCAAAGAUGGCCCACUGAUGCUUUGGAAAUGGUUGCCAACAAAUUCUUAGAGGAUGUGAAGCUGGAAGAUGAAAUCAGAAAAUCGUAUGUCAUGGGAUGCUUUGCAAAGCUUCUCCCAUCCCGCGCCCUCUCUAAUAUAACAAAUCUAAAUUGUCAUAAUUUCUAGAAGGUAUAGGCACGUAACUCCAUUGCAGCCAAAAUCAACAAAGGGUCUUGAGGCACCUUAGAUGCUAACAAAUUUAUCCCAGCACAGUCUUUUGUGGACUUGAUUAGGAAUGAGGGAGAAAUUUGAUUCGGAUCACAUUUAAAGGCAAAUCUACCAAAAGUCACACUUUCUGAAAUAAUACAUGAAUGGAAAGAACAUCAUUCAAAAUUCACAUUUCUCUGAAACUUCUACUUCGUGGGCCAAGUAAUGUGUACAAAGAUGCGUUUCCUGGGGGAAAAUAUGCAUACAAAUGCAUAUAUUACCGUAAUCAAAAUAAAAUGCAAAGAUGCAAUCAGUUGGGUGAGAUUGCUUUCUAAAAAUGGAAAUAUUAGGAAAAAUUGCAUACAAAAAUCUGUAUAUUAGAAAUUCACACUGAAAUGGUGAUGAAUUUCCAGGGUUGUUUUUUUAUAAAAUGGAAACUGAAGUGGAAAUGUGAAAAACUGAGCUUAAGAUUAGGAAAAAAUGAGAAACUUGAGUGAAACUGAAAUUGAUACAUUAAAUCAUCCCUAGUCUUAAGUCUACUUCAGAGAUGGCUUUCCAGAUAUUGUUGAAUUACUACCCUCAUCAUCCCUGUUUACUGACUUUGCUGGCUGGGACAAGCUUUGGUGCUUGUAUUGCCACUUUUGAUGCCUUCAUAAUGACCUAACUAACUUAGUUUGGCCUGACAUGAUCUAUGGUUAAUACUGAGCAGGACUGAUUUCUUAGAAAGGUAUUAAAUAGCAUUGUAGGCCAUAGAUAUGGAGAACAGUUUUUGAAAUUAUUGCAGAAUGAUGUUGACUAUUGUCCAUCACCACAAGGCUUUCUGAUAUGGUUAAUUAGCAUGUCACAAAAUCAGCUCUUGGCAUGUCCUCAAAUGACUUUUAUGUCUUGAGCCAAAGUUUACCAGAAAAAUUAUGUGGCUCUUAUACAAUGUUCAUGGACCACACAAAAUUUAACUCAUUGAUUGUAUUAGCUGCCUAUUAACAUGUGUUUUCCCUGUAGGGUUGUGUCCAUGUGUAAGUAUUUCCAAGAAAAUGUGAGAGAACUCUCCGUCAGCUAUUACAGCACUCUUCGAAGACACAAUUACGUAACACCAACAUCCUAUCUGGAAUUGAUUCUGACCUUUAAGGCGUUAUUAAAUAGUAAAAGGCACGAAGUGGAUAUGAUGAGAAAUCGCUAUCUUGUGGGCCUUCAGAAGCUUGAUUUUGCAGCUUCACAAGUAAGUGUGGACUGGAACAGGUAGAUUAUAUGGAAACUUGUAACUGUUUUCAUUAUCUGCAGUAUCCAUUGCAAGCUCAGUAUUAUUAACAGGGCUGUUCAAAGACAAUGGCUGUAUACACACCAUAUAUUUAAAGCACAUGACUUCCUCCAAAGAAUCCUGGGAACUGUAUCUUACAGAGCUACAAUUCCAAGCACCCUUAGCAAACUACAGUUCCUGAUUAGUCAGAAAGCAAAAUCACUGGCAGAUUCUGGUACCUAAUUGCACAUUAAAAUGCUGGUUCAUUUUUGUCAUGAAUUUUUUUUCUGUAUCUGAAAUUGAUUAUGAAAUGUGGUGAACUGAAGAUUGGAAUAGUAAGGAAUUAAUAUCUUGAUUAUGCCCUCUCCCUUGGUCGUCCUCUUUAGGUUGCAGUGAUGCAAAAGGAGCUGACGGCUCUUCAACCGGAAUUGAUUCAGACCUCCACAGAAACGGAGAAAAUGAUGAUCCACAUAGAAAAAGAAACCGUUGAGGUGGAUGCCAAGAAGGAGCUUGUGGCUGCAGAUGAAAAGGAAGCCAAUGAAGCUGCAGCUAUUGCCCAGGGUAUUAAGGUAAUUGUGCUGUGCAGCCCGGUGCUCCCUCCCCAUCAGAGCUCAUCUUUCCAACAGUGCAGUGUAAUAAUUGAGAAAUCCAAACUAAGAAAGGUGUAAAGAGCUAGCAGCGACGUGUUGUUUCUGCCCUAUUUAUUGCUUCCCUGGAGGAAUGUAUGCAAUGCUAGUCCUUCUCAGGGCAGGCUCAUUGAAAUUAAUGAACCCAAGUUAGUUCUGUCCUUUAAUUUCAGUGAAUCUGCUCUGUGUAGGACUAGCAUUGACUCCAGUCCUAAGGCUUCAAUCCUGGACCUCAAAUGUGGGAAUGUUUAUCAGCCCAAGGGCCAGAUUCCCUUCUGGGCAACCUUCUGAGGGCUACAUGCCUGUGGUGGGCAGAGCCAGAGGCAGAAGUGGAUGGGGCGACAAAUGCAAAUUUUACCUUUUGUACAAUUGACUAGUGUCUUCAUAGCCACACACCAUCCAGACAAGCAAGUGGCAUUGACAGAGUUCAUGGACACAGACCAGUCAAACAAAAACAGUUGGGGGACAAAGUGAGGGGGGUGUUGCCAGAGGAGAGCUCUGAGGGCUAGACAGAGAGGAAUAGAGGGUUCUCCAUCCUCGGUCUCAGGGAACUGCCAUCAGCUCAGAGGCGAGAGGUAGAAGGGCAGUUGGGUUACAGGGAGCCUCCAGAGUUCGUGAGAAGCAGCACUUCCUCCGCGGAGGAGGGAAGCCACGCCUCUAGUGGGGAAGAGAUGCAGGGCUCAGAGGAUGCAAGGGAGAGCCAGAGCACCGUGCAUGAGCAAAGCGGGGGGGGGGGAGGCAGGUCCCUCUUUGCCCACGCCCUCUCUGCGCAGUCGGUUUACGUGCAGAGAGGGGAGGCGUAGGAUGGGGGUCAAGAGACUACUCUGCUGAGGAAAGUUUAAGGACCGCCCACUCUCAGAUUCUGCUAGUGACUGAGCAAGACAUGGAAUUGAGACAUUCUGCACUGUAAAUGUUUUUGCACUGAUAAUAAAGCCUUUGAAAAGACCAGUGAGGGUCUUGCCUGUUCGCUCUCGAGCAACCACGCCGGCAGACGUAACACUCUGCUAUGCCAACUUACCUAGAGUAAGCCCCAUUGAACUCAAUAAGACUUCCUGAUGAAAAAAUAUACACAGGGCUGCACUGUCAGCACAUGAUGUGCCCUUCCAUGGUUGGUUUUUAACUAAAGCGCAGCCACUUAAGAGGGGAUGGCCACACUGGGAACAUGAUGCCGCUGAGAGGGGAUUCAAUCCCUUGCCCCCAGCACAGUUCUGAUCUGCCUCCCCAGGGCUGCUACCUACCCCAGAGCAGGGAGAAACUAUUUCUCCCAAAUACACAUAUGCUAAAAGUAAUGUUGGGCUAAAAAUGUCCCCCUUUUGUGGGGGUCACAAGAAAGUGAGUGUGAUGCAGUUAGAGUGCUAGGCCAGGGGAGGGCAGGGUUCAAAUCCCCACGGAGUUAUAAAACUCACUGGGUGACCAUGUGCCUGUUGCACCAGGGAGUGCAUUUGACAGGUGGGGAACUGCCAGCGAGAGGGCCCUUGAUCAGUUUCAAUCAAGGCACAUCCAGUGGCAGCACCUGCAAUAAGAAAGAAAAGGGCUGUUCUUGCAAAGUUGUUGUUUCACUGGACUGUGCAGUGGCAUCCUGACAAUGUGGUGGGAAUAUAUUUGAUGUGAUGACAUAAAAAAAAAAAUGUCCAGUAGCACCUUAGAGACCAACUAAGUUUGAUGUGAUUACAGGAAGAGUGCGAGGGGGACCUGGCGGAAGCAAUGCCAGCCCUGGAAGCUGCCCUUUCGGCUCUUGAUACCCUGAACCCUGCAGAUAUCUCCCUUGUCAAGUCCAUGCAGAAUCCACCAGGACCUGUCAAGCUGGUCAUGGAGAGCAUUUGUGUUAUGAAAGGAAUAAAGCCAGAAAGAAAGCCUGAUCCAAGUGGAAGCGGUAAAACACACACACACACACACACACACACACACCACAAACAUUUAUUGGGAGGGGUUGUCAUGUGCUUCUUUGCUGAAAUUGAACAUUGCCAUCGUAUCACUUUAUAUUAUAUAUUAAGACAUUCACCCAGUAGAGUUUAGUCUAUUAGGGCAAGUGCUCCCCUGCCCUACCAAGCUAAGCUUGUCCUUAGCCAGCCCUACCUUUGAAAGUGACCCAGAAACUACAACUAAUCCAGAAUGCGGCAGCUAGACUGGUGACUGGGAGCGGCCAUCGAGACCACAUAACACCAGUCUUGAAAGACCUACAUUGGCUCCCAGUACGUUUCCGAGCACAAUUCAAAGUGUUGGUGCUGACAUUUAAAACCCUAAACGGCCUCGGCCCAGUAUACUUGAAGGAGCAUCUCCACCCCCAUCGUUCAGCCCAGACACUGAGGUCCAGCUCCGAGGGCCUUCUGGCGGUUCCCUCACUGCAAGAAGUGAGGUUACAGGGAACCAGGCAGAGGGCCUUCUCAAUAGUGGCGACCAUCCUAUAGAACGCCUUCCCAUCAGAUGUCAAGGAAAUAAACAAGUAUCUGACAUUUAGAAGACAUCUGAAGGCAGCCCUGUACAGGGAAGUUUUUAAUGUCUGUGUUUCAUUGUAUUUUAAAUAUUUUGUUGGAAGCUGCCCAGAGUGGCUGGGGAAACCCAGCCAGAUGGGCAGGGUAUAAAUAAUAAAUUAUUAUUAUUAUUAUUAUUAUUAUUAUUACUCCUGUUCCUCCUUAGUCCCAGUGUUGCUGUUAUAGAACUCAGCAGGAAGGAGGGUGAAGACAAAGCCAGAAUUAGUUGACUCUGCCUAUCAUUGGCUCUAACUCCUGCAUUCUGCCUUAAAAGUCUAAUAGGCCUUAGCCUCCACUGCAUUUAAUGCAAUAAAAUGGACCAUAGAUACAAGUGUUAUGGGAAGUGAGUCAUUAUACCACCUUAUCCAUUUGCUUUGGCUUAAGAAUUACCUGGAUGCUCAAAAAACUAUUUCAGGGGAAAGAACAGAGAGGUUGAAAAUCUUCCAGAUUUGUUAAAUGAGAUAUUCGUAUUUUGAAAACAUUUUAAUAUAUAUGUAUUUAUGUGAAAUUUCAGGUAAAAUGAUAGAAGACUACUGGGGAAGUUCCAAAAAGGUUCUAGGGGAUCUGAAAUUCCUUGAAGGCUUGAAGACUUAUGACAAAGACAAUAUCCCAUCAGCUGUAAUGAAGAGAAUUAGAGAGAAGUUCAUCAACCAUCCGGACUUUCAGCCAGCUGUCAUAAAAAAUGUAUCAUCCGCCUGCGAAGGCUUGUGUAAAUGGGUGAGAGCCAUGGAAGUGUACGACCGUGUUGCAAAGGUAGUAGCCCCAAAACGUGAACGACUCAGGGAGGCUGAAGGUUUGCUCGCUGUACAGAUGCAGAAGCUCAAUACGAAGCGAGCAGAACUCAAGAAGGUGAUUGACCGCCUCCAGGACCUGAAUGACGAAUUUGAAGAAAUGAACAACCGGAAGAAAGAACUCGAGAACAACAUUGAAAUAUGCUCUCAGAAGCUGGACAGGGCUGAAAAGCUGAUCAGUGGCUUGGGAGGCGAGAAGGAUAGGUGGACGGAAGCAGCACGCCUUCUAGGAAUUCGAUACACUGACCUCACUGGGGAUGUCUUGUUAUCUUCAGGGACGGUGGCUUAUCUGGGAGCCUUUACUGUUGAUUACCGUACAGAAUGUCAGAAGAAAUGGCUGGCUUUGUGCAAGGAGGAGAAAGUCCCAUGCUCUACGGAUUUCAGCCUGAGUAACACUUUAGGGGACCCAGUCAAGAUCCGUGCCUGGCAGAUUGCCGGAUUGCCAAUUGAUUCCUUUUCAAUUGACAACGGCAUCAUUGUUUCCAACUCAAGACGGUGGGCUUUAAUGAUUGAUCCUCAAGGGCAAGCCAACAAGUGGGUCAAAAAUAUGGAAAAGGGCAAUAAGCUUUCCGUUAUCAAGUUGUCUGACACCAACUAUGUAAGGACUUUGGAGAACGCUAUCCAGUUUGGAACCCCAGUCUUGCUUGAAAAUAUUGGCGAGGAAUUGGAUGCGUUCUUGGAGCCGGUGUUGCUAAAGGCAACUUUCAAACAGCAAGGUGUGGAGUACAUGAGACUGGGAGAGAACAUUAUUGAGUACUCAAGGGAUUUCAAGUUUUACAUAACGACACGCUUAAGGAAUCCUCAUUAUCUUCCUGAAAUUGCUGUGAAAGUUUGUCUGCUCAAUUUUAUGAUCACCCCUCUAGGGCUUCAGGACCAGCUUCUUGGGAUUGUGGCUGCGAAGGAAAAGCCUGAGCUGGAAGAGAAGAAGAACAAGCUGAUUGUAGAAAGUGCAGCAAACAAGAAACAGCUGAAGGAGAUUGAAGACAAAAUCCUGGAAGUUCUUUCCAAGUCGGAAGGAAAUAUCUUAGAAGAUGAAACAGCCAUUAAAAUCCUCUCUUCUUCCAAAGAGUUGUCUGAAGAAAUAUCUGAAAAGCAGGAAAUUGCCACUAUUACCGAAAUGGAAAUAGAUGCCACCCGAAUGGGGUACAAGCCAGUGGCCGUUCAUUCAGCAACAGUCUUCUUUUGCAUUUCUGAUCUGGCUAACAUUGAACCAAUGUAUCAAUAUUCCCUGAUAUGGUUUAUUAACCUCUAUGUCCAGUCUCUUGCCAAUAGCAGGAAAAGCGAUGUUUUGGAAGAAAGGAUUGAAUUCAUAAUUGACCAUUUCACAAUCAGCAUCUACAACAACGUCUGCCGAUCCCUGUUUGAGAAGGACAAGCUUCUUUUCUCCCUACUUCUGACUAUAGGGAUCAUGAAAGGGAGAGAUGAGAUCGAUGAUGAGGUCUGGCGUUUCCUUCUGACGGGUGGGGUUGCACUCGAGAACCCGUAUGCGAAUCCUGCCCCAGAGUGGUUGUCUGACAAAUCGUGGGCCGAAAUUGUGCGUGCCUCAGGGCUGAAAAACUUGCGUGGGCUGUUGGAUCAUGUGGAGUCCAAUGUCACGGAAUGGAAACUGAUUUAUGAUUCUGCCAAACCUCACGAAGAAGAGUUUCCCGGUGAAUGGAAUCUGGUCACAGGUCUUGACCGCAUGGUCAUCCUCCGAUGCCUGAGACCAGAUAAAAUCAUCCCGGCCACCCAACUGUUCAUCUCAGACAACAUGGGGAAGAUAUAUAUCGAACCCCCAACAUUUGAUCUUGUUGGAAGUUACCAUGAUUCCAACUGCUGCGCACCUCUGAUUUUUGUCCUGUCACCAGGUGCUGAUCCCAUGGCAGGUGAGGUUUCUUAAAUAUGAAAUCUUCCUUUCAUGAUACUGCCUUUUGGUUGAACAAGGCUAUAAAUUGCACCUUUCACUACCCACACCCUGAGCAGCGGCUCAAACUCUGACCCAGAGGAGGAGUGCACAGUCAGAUUUUAAAAAAAAAAUGGCAGUGCAAGCAGAUGAGGUGCUGGACUCAGACCUGGGUCCCCAGUUCUGAACUUGAGCCAGAGAUUCCAUGGUCAGAGGCAGUAAUGCUUCUCAAUGCCAGUUUCCGGAAACCACAGGAGGCAAGAGUGCUGUUGUGUUCAAGUCCUACUUGCAAGUUGCCCACAGGCCUCUGGUUGACCAUUAUGAGAACAGGAUGCUGGACUAGAUGGGCCAUUGGCUGAUCCAGCAGGCUCUUAUUAUGCUCUUAUGAGACCCUCCAACUAGGAUCCCCAGAGGCAGCAUCUCCUGGGCAAGAUUCAUCUAUAGGUCCAACCUUCCCCUCUGCCCCAGGGCCUGUUUUCCAGCACACAAAAUGCACCCAGGGGAAACUCAGUGGGGAAAGACCACAGCUCAUGGUACCCUUUUCAUGGAGAGGGUCCCAGGUUCAGUUGCUGGCAUCUCCAGGUAAAGCUAGGAGAGAACUGCUGCCAGUCCGGGUGGGCACUACUGGGCUAGAUGAACCCAUGUUCUGACUCUGUAUAAAGUAGCUUCCUACUGACAUUCCUUAAUUUUUCUAUAUGUUGGGUGCAGAGGUCUUUGCAACAGCAGCUUGCCAGAAAGUCCUCCAAAAAGCACUUGUAAUUCCCCAUCACCACCUUUAAUUAUUAUUAUUAUUAUUAUUAUUAUUUGUAUCCCUCCCAUCUGACUGGGUGGCACUAUGGGCAGCGUCCAACAGAUAUAAAAAACGUAAUAGCAUAUACAGGGCUGCCGUCAGAUGUCUUCUAAAGGUUACAGUUACUUUAACUGAGAAGAUUCCAUUUGGGUUUCUUGAAUAGCGUUCCUGACACUAAAACCCUGCGCAUUUAUUAAAACGAUUUGUAUUUAAAUAUUUGACGCUAGGCUUGUUGAAGUUUGCUGAUGAUCUUGGCAUGGAAAGCAUCCAGACUAUUUCACUUGGCCAGGGCCAAGGCCCAAUCGCAGCAAAGAUGAUUAAUCAGGCUAUCGUGGACGGGACUUGGGUUGUGCUGCAAAACUGCCAUCUUGCAACCAGCUGGAUGCCUGCUUUGGAAAAAAUCUGUGAAGAGGUUAUAGUACCUGAGAAUACUCAUACCAAGUUCAGGCAAGAAUUCAAUUUCUGUUAUUUAGUCUACAUGGAUGCUGUAGAAAUCUCAUUUCCUGGGCUCCAGACAUCCUCUUUUGCUGGUCAGGAAAGUGGUGCAAUGAAAGUUCUGAUCCCCUGGGGUUCCAGGGUCACAGAGGACAUGGCAGCAGGCUUUUUAAAAGAAGGUAAUAUUUGGUAAAUAUCUCUUCCCACUGAGGCCAUGUCAGAUAAUAUCACAGUGAACAGGGUCAUGCAGGUAAGAUCAGGCUCAGUAGCAUGUGCCUCGAUUUAGCAGUAUCAAGUUCAGGGCCAAGGUCACAUCUAUAUGUUAGUACAGUGGUACCUCGGGUUACAAACACCUCGGGUUACAAACACUUCAGGUUACAGACUCCGCUAACCCAGAAGUAGUACCUCGGGUUAAGUACUUUACUUCAGGAUAAGAACAGAAAUCGUGUGGCGGCAGUGGGAGGCCCCAUUAGCUAAAGUGGUCCCUCAAGUUAAGAACGGUUUCAGGUUAAGAACGGACCUCUGGAAUGAAUUAAGUUCGUAACCAGAGGUACCACUGUAUAUAAAGCCCUUAACAGCUUGUCACUAGUUUACUUGUGAGAUCGCCUUAUCCCGUAUAUGCCUACGCAACUGCUUUGAUCUGUGGAACUGGCACUGUUACAAGUGCCUCAUAAUACUUGUUCCGUAUUUGUAAGAAAUUGAUAUUUUCAGUUGGAACUCCCAAGAAGGUACAGUGGUGCCUUGCAAGACGAAAUUAAUCCGUUCCGCGAGUCUCUUCGUCUUGCGGUUUUUUCGUCUUGCAAAGCACGGCUAUUAGCGGCUUAGCGGCUAUUAGCGGCUUAGCGGCUAUUAACGGCUUAGCGGCUAUUAACAGCUUAGCGGCUUUAAGAAAAAGGAAACAAACUCUCAAGAACUCGCAAGACGUUUCGUCUUGCGAAGCAAGCCCAUAGGGAAAUUCGUCUUGCGGAACGACUCAAAAAACGGAAAACUCUUUCGUCUAGCGAGUUUUUCGUCUUGCAAGGCAUUCGUCUUGCGGGGCACCACUGUACCUUCACUGUACUCUUUUUGGUGCCUGCUAAAAACACAUCCAUAAAUAUAGAAUCUUGACUUACAUUUGAAUCUGCUUUCCCUCCCUGCCCCCAUCGUUGAUUUUAUUUAUUUUUGAAUGUUUUCAAUAGUUGUUGGGGUUUUUUUUAGAUGAUUUUAUUUUUAUGAUUUUAUGAUUUUACUCUUUCUGUAAACUGCUUUGAGGUUUUCUUGCAAUCGAGUGGUAUAUAGAUCUUGUGAAAUAAAUAAAAAUAAAUAUACGCCCAGAUUUAGGCAAGCCCUAUCAGAUCCACGGAAAGGUCCUGUGACCUCCAGUGACUGCAGUCUUCCCUUUGUUGUGCUUAAUGGGUGGAUGUUGUCUCAGCAAAGAGUUUAAGGUUGGCAAACCCUGCCCCGCAAUUAGCCCUGCCUUUGCAGAGGAGCUGGCUGUGUUCUUUAAAGGGCUAUUGUCCAGUUCCAUAACUGCUGACUUCUACAAGACUGAAGAGAUGAAAUGCUACUGGGGACUCAUCCUAAGGGUUUGAGGGUGGCAGGAAGAGCUACAUCUUCUGGCUGGAAAGGCAUGGAAGGAGGUGCUGAAAGAUCCCCUCCUUGCACAGGGCUGCCUGCUUCUCCUCUUCAUCAGAGUCUUCCUCAGGGCAGGGUGGGGGCCCAGAUUUGGGGACCAUUACAUUUUUUUGAACUUUUUCUAUCGGAAGCAGUGGUUUGUGCAGGGUCAACACAAAGGUUUUCCUGUAACUGCCCCUCUGCAGUUUUUACUUUUUCAUUGACACUACUACAUGUCUUGGUGGUGACCAUUGUACUCCUGGUUGCAAAGAGGGGGUUAUGGUGUGGUUUCUGUUGGUGCUUUGUGACAGUGCUAGUCUCCCUUUCUCUUGCACAUAAGAGCUUUCUAUGUAGCAGGAUCCCCCUUUUAAAAAAACUAAAAAAAACACAAAGGUGCAUUCAUCUGAGCUCCUGUCUUGAGUCUGAUGUGGUACGGUCCAGACACAGGUUGACCACCUCAACAAGAACCAGGCCUCUAACACAUUUGUUACAAAGGCACACACAAGAUACUUAACCAUUAUUCAAAUGUGUGAAAAUAAGCUUGUGUAUCUUUACCAGGGGUAGCCAAGGUGGUACCAUCCAGAUGUUGUAGACCACAAUUCCCACCAGCCGCAACCAGCAUAAUAAUAGUUUUAUUAUUUAUACCCCUGCCAUCUGGUUGAGUUUUCCCAGCCACUCUGGGUGGCUUUCAGCACAUAUAAAAACAUAAUAAAAUGUAAAACAUUAAAAAUUUCCUGAUACAGGGCUGGCGCGUGGCCAGUAGUCAGGGUUGCUAGUUGUCUAAAAACAUCUGGAGGGUGCACACACUGGCAACCCCUGACGUACGCAUAGACAGCAUCCACACCAUGUAACCAAAUUUAUUUCUGCUCCCAACUUCAUUAGAUUGUGGCUGACUAGUUAUCCAUCCGAAAAGUUUCCUGUCAGCAUUCUCCAGAAUGGAAUAAAAAUGACCAACGAGCCACCUAAAGGGGUGAGAGCAAAUCUCCUUCGAUCCUACCUCAACGACCCAGUUUCUGACCCCAUGUUCUUUAACAGUUGCGAAAAGAAAGAAAUUUGGCAGAAGCUGCUGUUUGGUCUCUGCUUCUUCCAUGCUCUUGUGCAAGAAAGAAGAAACUUUGGUCCAUUGGGUAAGAUGUUGUGUGCUUUAUUGUUUUCAAAAACAAUUUUGUGGGUUUUUUUGUGGUAGAUGGCUCUGGGGAGGUGGGAACAGAAAGUCAAACCAGAGGAGGUUUGCAUAUGGUCUUCACCUGCAUCCGUCUUUCUCCUUGCCACCCAAGACAAGGUAGAUGGUAGGUGGUUCUGUGGCCAGCAGAGGCUGGAGCAGGCUCUGAGAUGGUGUCUGUCCAAUUCUUCGUCCAGGAUGAAAGCAGUAUAAAUGGUUCCUAUCUGCCCCCCUCCGCACUUUAUCCUCACAACAACAUUGUGAGUAGAUAAGUCUGAAAGAGUGUGAACCAGUCAUUCACUGAGUGUUGUUCCUCAGUAGGGAUGGGGGAGAAAUCCAACUAAGUUCGCCUUUAAAGGCAAAUCUACCUUAUUCACAGCCAUCCUUCAGAAUUCACGUUUCUCCAAAUUUUGUGGUUUUCCCAGCCAAGUUGUAUUUACAAAAGUGCACAUACCGAGGUAAACGGUGCACAGAAUUGCAUAUGUACAUGAAAAUUACAUAUGAAUAUGCAUUACGUUCAGGGAAGUGGCUUUGGGGGAAAUGUACGUAUGUAUUAGGCAAAAUUGCACACAAAAAUGUGUAUAUUAGAAAUUUGCACUAAAAUGCCAGCGAGUUUUUGUGAGAACUUAACAACAACAACCUCAAACAUGUAUAGAAAUGUGAAGAACUGCAUUUAAGAUUGGAAAUAUUAGAAACCUAAAGUGACAGAUUCACCCAUCCCUAUUCGUGAGUGAGGAAUUUAAAGUGGAUCUCCCUGAUCUACUGCUCUGUCCACAACACCACACUGAUGCUAUCAUCUUAUAUGUGCUGCAACUCUAAACUAAGGAACAGCACAGCAUGGAUUAAACAGGCACUGGCAACCGCUUUUGACCCCAUAUCACUAAUGGUACAACCAUUGCACCAAUCAUUGUGUCAGUCUGUGAUCCAGAUCCCACAGUUCAGUUUUGCAUCAGUACAUAGCUCUUUCUACGAUUAAGCUGGGGCUUAGUUUUAUUGAAGAUUUCCUCAUGUAUGUCACUACUGCCCGCUGGGCCAUUUUUGCUGCCAAAGGCACCCCAAAUAACAAAGGUAAACAUUUUUAUGUGGUUACAAACUUGGAUCUAUUGCUCAGAUUUCCUAGGUGGCCUAUAGAGAGCUUCUGUUCAAAUUACUGUAUUUUUCGCUCUAUAAGACGCACCAGACCACAAGACGCACAUAGUUUUUGGAGGAGGAAAACAAGAAAAAAAAUAUUCUGAAUCUCAGAAGCCAGAACAGUAAGAGGGAUCGCUGCACAGUGAAAGCAGCAAUCCCUCUUGCUGUUCUGGCUUCUGUGAUAGCUGCGCAGCCUGCAUUCGCUCCAUAAGAUGCACACACAUUUCCCCUUACUUUUUAGGAGGGAAAAAGUGAGUCUUAUAGAGCAAAAAAUACGGUAGCCAGGGGCACUUGUGCCUUUUCUGUGUCCAUCAGAAUGCAGCUGUUCAGUUUUGAGCUCAGCAAUUUUCAAAUGACAGCUGAGGGGCACAUAAAUAAUAUUUAUCAUUAGCAGCUCUGAUUAAUGUAAGACCUGGAACACAUCGUUGCACUAUAAGGGAAGUUAAUUAAAGAUAAAUAUCUCCCUCUUGGAUACAAUAUUGAGACAAAUGCCUGGGCUUCACUAUAGUAUUGUUUCAGCUUAGUCUAUUAGCAUUGAAUGUCAUCUUAUUGUUUGCCAUCAGCAGAACAAAGCUUGCUGUAUUGCAGACUCACUUUUCCCCCACUCUGGUUUGGACAGGUUGGAACAUUCCUUAUGAAUUCAAUGAAUCUGAUCUGAGAAUCAGCAUGCGGCAGAUUCAGAUGUUUCUGAAUGAAUAUGAAGAAACCCCAUUUGAAGCUCUCACAUAUCUUACAGGUAUGGGCAUUGUGGCUACAUUCAGACAUAAUGCUGGUUUAGCGUCAUGAAAAUGAGCUUAGCGUGAUUUAGCUAAACUAUGGUUUAUCAUUACAAAGGUGAACGUAUUACAAUAGUGAGCUAAAAGCGUGGCUUAUCAUUUAUGAAAAUGAGCCCCCAAGGCUCCCUUCCCCAUUCCUCAGUGUGGCCAUAGCAAAACAGCUAGAAAAGAGGAGAGGAGAGAGAGGAGCAUGCAAGUCAUCCUGCAGCUCAUGUGAUGCUGCUUUAUACAAAGUCAGUUCAUUGGUCCAUCUAGCUCAGUAUCGUCUGCUCUGACUGGCCGAUACCUUCCUUUGUCACAGGCAAGGAUUUCUCCCAGCCUUACCAGGAUAUGACGGCAAUUGAAUCUGGAAUCUUGCCCAAAACCAUGGUUUCCUGUUACAUCUGGGCCACAGUCUAAUAGCCGCUACCCUCCACCAUACCACCCAAAGUAUAUGGGGAUCCAUGAUGGGAGUCCAAUUCUGACAAAACUCCAUCGUCCGUAGUAAUGCAAGGCUAGCUAACAUAUGGCUGUUUAUGAAAGAUGUCCCACCUGUAGGUUCCAAUUUCCCCCUGAGCCCGCUGUAUGUGGGCUCCAGUCACCUUGUGAGCAGAGUCUUAUCGGUCUCCUUUUUUUAAACAGAAGGUAUCUCUGCACGCUGCAUAAACAUCUUACCAUUUUCAUUCUAAUGUGUUGUUUCUAUUCCUAGGCGAAUGUAACUAUGGUGGGAGGGUAACGGACGACAAGGACAGGCGUCUCCUGCUCUCUCUACUUUCAAUUGUGUAUUGCAAAGACGUAGAAGUCCUGGAAAACUAUCAGCUUUCCCCAGGGGGGGAAUAUUUUGUACCAUCCUUCGGGACAUACCAGGUAAGAGAGUGUAGAUGAAGUACUUUUUCACACAGCGCAUAGUAAAACAGUGCAGUUCUCUCCCCCCCCCCCCCCCGAAAUAUUGAUGGCCAUCAACCUGGAUGGCUUUAAAAGUGGAUUAGGCAGAUUUGUGGAAAAUAAGGCUAUCAAUGGCUACUAGCCACAAUGGCCAUUUUCUCCCUCCGCUAUCAGGGACAGUAAAUGCCUCUGAAUACCAGUUGCUGGGAAUCACAAGUUGUGCUCCGGUCCUGUUUGCGGGCUUCCCAGAGGCAUCCGUUUGGCUGCUGCCAAGAACCCAAUGCUGGUCUAGAUGGGUCUUUAGCCUGGUUGUGCAGGGAUUUUCUUAUGCUUUUCUAAAAUGUGGGCAUCACAGUCUGUACCAAUUGGGGGCAGUGUGAACAGUACCACCUCCUUAUCUAGCAAACCUGCUUGCCGGUGAUGAUUCUUAAAAUACACAUAUCGUUAUAUAUUCUUUACAGUCCUACAUAGACUACUUGAGAAGUCUGCCAAUUAUAACCCAUCCCGGAGUAUUUGGGCUACACGAGAAUGCAGAUAUCACAAAGGAUAACCAAGAGACCAACCUGCUUUUCAAUAGUGUCUUGCUGACUUUGCCCCGACAAGCAGGUGGCGGCGGCAAAUCUCCACAGGUAACAAAAUGACACAGUGGCUUCAUCUAGUGCUUCAAGCCCCAAAUAUCUAAACAACCACCUCCAUUCUGACAGUCCCUUUUGGAUGUUAAGGUUGGCAGAAGAGGCCCAUCUGGUUAUUUGGCUACCCUCAGGGGUGUUGGUAGCCUGAGAGAGGGCAUUCUUUGUGGCAUCCCCUAAGCUGUGAAAUUCCAUCCCUUUAGAGAUGUGUCCAGCAGCUUCAUUAUGUAAUUUCUAUCAUAUGCUGAAGAUGCACCUAUUUACCCUGACCAUUGACACCUGACAUCCAUCCAUCCAUCGCUCUUACUACGGUGUUUGUAUUUAGUGCCGUGCUAAGCAGGGUGGCACUGUGGGUUAAACCACAGAGCCUGGGACUUGCUGAUCAGAAGGUCGGCGGUUCGAAUCCCCAUGAUGGGGUGAGCUUCCGUUGCUCGGUCCCUGCUCCUGCCAACCUAGCAGUUCGAAAGUACAUCAAAAUGCAAGUAGAUAGAUAGGUACCGCUCCGGCGGGAAGGUAAACAGUGUUUCCAUGCGCUGCUCUGGUUCGGCAGAAGCGGCUUAGUCAUGCUGGCCACGUGACCCGGAAGCUGUAUACCGGCUCCCUCAGCCAAUAAAGCGAGAUGAACCCCAGAGUCGGCCACAACUGGACCUAAUGGUCAGGGGUCCCUUUACCUGUACCUUUUAAGCACAACUAAAAGCAUAAUAAGCUCAAAAGGGCGAAUGAGUUUGAAAAAUUACAUAUUUGAAGAAUAAGAUACAAAAAGAUGGCAGGUUAUUAAAGAGCUACAAAAAAUGCUAUUUUCAAGCAUAUUCCAUUUCAAAAAUGUCCAAUUUCCUGAUUUUAGGAAACAGUAGAGGAACUGGCACAGGACGUCCUGUCCAAGUUACCACAAGACUUCGACCUAGAAUAUGUGAUGGAAAUGUACCCAGUACUUUACAGGGAGUCCAUGAACACGGUUCUUAGGCAAGAACUUAUCAGGUUCAACAGGUAGGAUUCUGGGUUUCUUCUUCUUCUUCUCCACCCUGCAAUAUUAAUAGAAAUAAUGAUGGAGCAGCCACAGGCCUGAAAGCUCCGCGUAUAUUUUAUGUUAGCAUAAUGGACAUCAAGAGAAAUCACAGAUAUUUGCCCACCUGCUAUUCCAUAUAGAGAAGGUGAUGGGACUUGCAGUUGACUGUGGCAGGACAAUGUUCCCUACUGCACCUGAGGGCAUGCAGGCCUCUACUGCACAAAAGAGUUCUACCCUCCAAAAUGUUGCUCUCACUCCUAUCACCUGCCAAUCUACUCUGCCUAAUAAUAGGACUGGCCCUCUUUCCUCAUUUAAUAGCAUGCUUAAGGUCAUGUGGAAGCCUCCAGUUAACCAUAGGUUUCCAUUUCAUCUGACCGGGGAGCCUAUGGUUAACAGAUUCAGGACAGAUUCAGAACCAUUUCUUCUCCCUCUAGGCUUACAGAGGUUGUACGCAGCAGCCUUGUCAACCUACUUAAAGCCAUCAAAGGCCAGGUGCUGAUGUCUUCAGAACUCGAGGAUGUCUUCAACAGCAUGCUUGUAGGCAAAGUGCCUCCUAUGUGGGCAGCCAAAUCCUACCCAUCCUUGAAACCUAUGGGGAGUUACGUGUCUGACCUUCUCAUGAGGCUGGUCUUCUUUCAGGUAUGCUUCAGCUCGCAUGGUUCAGUGUUGUUGUCAAGAUCAUUUACACACGAGUAGAGAUGAACAAUUCAAUUUGGUUUGCAUUUAAACACAGACUUCCCUAAUUUGUGCUUUCCAAAGCAAUAUGUGAACCAAAACACAGCUAGCCUUCAAAUUUUGCACUUUUCUGAAGGUUGCAGUGAUGAUCUCCAGCCAAGUAAUGUGUACAAAAGUGCAUGCAUUGUGGUAAAGAGUGCAUAGAAGUGCAUAUAUUAGUGAAUAUAACAAACCAAAAUGCAUUCAUUCUAUGAGGGAAAAUUGCUUGCAAGUAUGUGUAUAUUAGGAGAAAUUGGCACUAUAAUGCUAAUUAAUUUUCACGAGCACUUUUAAAAAAAGCUCUGCAAAGUGAUGUGGAAAUGUGGGGGGGGGGUUGGAUUUAAGACUAGAAAAAUGAGAUACUAAGAGUAACUGUCUAUCAAUUGAGGUUGCUUUUCUGACACGGUUUCCUUUUGGACAAAUAAAUGUCCAGCCAGAACUGCCUUUUUAUGUAAGUGAUUUUACAUUGUUUAUUUUGUUCUGAGCUUUUAAAUUUUGGAAUUUGGUGUUUUUGUCUUGAUACUGGUCAUUGACUGUCAUAAAACGACUUGAUUUGACUUAAGAAACUGAGAGAGAUCAAAAUGGGCAGAGUCAUAACAAUCCUAUGCAGGGCCUCCUCAGUAGUUGCUCCCAGACUUUGGGACUCCCUCCCUAGAGAAGUUAGAUUGGCUCCCUUCUUGCUGUCCUUCCACAGGCAGGUGAACAGCUUUUUGUUCCAACGAGCUUUUGGUAACUGACUGCUUUUAAUGAGAGGGUCGGUGCCAUGCUGUUUUUACUGUAAUCAUUUGUAUGGGUUUAAAAGAUUUUUGUGUGUGUUCAUGUGUGUUUUACUUCUGUCAAUGUUUGCUUGUAUUUAAUUAUUGUUUUCUUUUUUUUAGUGGUUUGUUGACAUUUAUUGGGAUGGCUCAAGUAUAUAGAACUAGUUUGGGGAACUCAAUAUUCCCUCAGGAUGCAAUUUUAUUUGUUUUACUACAAAAGUUUAUAUAUGGCUUAACUCGGUAGUAUCUAAGUAGUGUAAAUGGAGGCAGGAAGUAGAAAGCUAGCUAGGUGGUUAAGAAAGAGCCACAGAUUAGAAGAACUGUUGCAGGAAUAGAGGUUUAAAAAGCUCUCGCUGUUAAGAGAUCUUGGGUUGCAUCGAAUGCUAGUCCUACUUCAGAGUAGACCUAUUGAAUGUGAAGUUAAAGUUAAAGUCCAUUAACUUCAAUGGGUCUGCUCUGGAGUAGGACUAGUUGGUGACAACCCUUAAUUAUUAGAUAAGCUUCAAAGAGAGACAGCAGUUGCCAACAAUAAAUUAAUUAAUAAAAGCCCCAGAAAUAGAUGCGUACACCAAAAAAGUGUGUUAAAUUUAAAUAUUUUAAAUUAUAUUUAUAUAUGCUUAAGGAUCACGCUGGUGUUUUCAGCUAAGUGGGGUGUCAAUUUCUUAUUCUAAUAUUUAUAAAUUUGGACUUAAACCUUUACAGAUUUGCAUUUGUUUAAUGGUGGAAACUGACGGUUUGAGAUUCCAUUACCCCAAGCUCUUGGCCUUCAAGACUUUACAGCUGACCAUAUGCAGUUGUUGUUUCUUUUAAUCCCACAUAAUAACUAUUUGCUUUGCUGAUUCAUGUUAAACCCAGGAAUGGAUCAAUCACGGACCUCCAAUUGUGUUUUGGAUUUCCGGUUUCUACUUUACUCAGUCCUUCUUGACAGGAGUUUCACAGAACUAUGCCAGGAAAUACACCAUCCCAAUAGAUCACAUUGGAUUUGAAUUUGAGGUAAGUAAAGCAAUUUCAUUCCGUGUUUAAGAGUUCCUGUAUACGAUGCAAAAUGAAACUUGGUAACCUAGGGUUGUAUCCAAUGAAAUCCUACUGAGAGUAAACCCAUUGGAAUGGAACCCGUUAGUCAUGCCCAUUAAUUUCAGAGGGUGUACACUGAGAAAGUUUGUCUUCCUUCCAUCGCCCUCAGCCAAUCCAUCUGUAGAGAUCAAAGUUAGGCUACUGAAGAUUGGGACAUUUGCAUGAACUGGAAUGUAGGGAACAAUAAAGCAUAUCUGCCAGUUUAAUGGUGGAUUUUAGGUAAUUUUAGAGUUCAUGGACUUGCUUCCACCCAUCUCUCCUUAAAUACCAGUGCAUAUUAUAUCAUUUACUUCAAAAAGGCCAUCCUACUGCAUUGGGGGUGGGGUGGGCAGCUCAUUCUGUUACAUGGAGCCCUGGGCACACACACUCGCUCUGAUGGUACCACUGAUCUCCAUUGUAAAACACUGAGGCUGGUAAAAAAAAGUCUUCCUUCCUUCCUUCCUUCCUUCCUUCCUUCCUUCCUUCCUUCCACAAAACAUGGAUUUAUGAAGCUGCAUCCUCCAGAGUCCAUUCAGAGCAUUCAAAGGCCAGAAACAACAGAGGCCGUUUUCCUACUUAAUUGAUCCCUUAGUGUUAGAAGAUAAUAGUAAAAUAUUAAAUAAUUGAUGGCAUGUUGUUAGAGAAAGGGGGGGGAGGAGCUAUGGGAUUUACCCUUACCCUGUCUCAGAAAAUGUCUGUGCAGAGAGUACAGAUUCAAAAGUAAUAAGUCUGGAGAGCAUUAUGAACUAAAGCAUAAUGAGCAUUUAGAAAUAUGAGGACCAGUGUUGGGAUCUAGCUUUUGCAAGCAUUUGUAGAUAUUUCUCUUCCAUUCUUUAUGUUUAAGAAGCCCGUAGUGAGCUAGUCGGAUGGGGAAGAAAGCAUGAUGGGCAGUCCUUGUAGAUACUUGGGGCGUUUCUGGGUAGAUUGAGUCACAGAGGAUUGGCUGUGAUGUUUCAGCAAGUCCUGCUUCAGUGCUUCAGAUCUGCAGGAGCCAUUCCUUGUCUCGGCUAGCAACUAGCACUGGAUAGAACCUUCCUUCUGCAAGACCUAAGCCAUGUUCUAAUACACCAUCUCUUCCUUCCUUCCCCCACCCAAUUUAGGUGAUGACACAGGAGCACAGUAUGGCUCAAUUGCCUGAAGAUGGAGCCUACGUGAAAGGGCUUUAUCUGGAAGGGGCCCGCUGGGACAGGGAGACAAUGCGGAUUGGAGAGUCUUUCCCCAAAAUCCUCUACGACUCCCUGCCCAUCAUUUGGCUGAAACCUGGCGAGAGCUCCAAAUUUUUGCACGAAGGGAUUUACCUGUGCCCCGUCUACAAAACCAGUGCCAGGAGAGGCACCCUGUCCACCACUGGCCACUCCACCAAUUACGUGCUCUCCAUUGAGCUCCCUUCCGAUUUGCCCCAGAAGCACUGGAUCAAUAGGGGCGUAGCUGCGCUUUGCCAGCUCGAUGACUAAAUGGUUGGUGUCGUAUGCCUGUGCUUUCUGAUGAAAAAGCACGGCUGCAACUAUUGCCCCUUUGAAAAGAAAGAAGUAUCAGGCUACAACCAUCGCCCCAUUGAAAAUAAAGAAAACCUAAGGUUUGAGCAACUUGUUUUAUUGCACAUUCAUCCUGAUUUGUUUCCAAGGAGGUUAGACAGCAGCUGCAUCUACACCAUACAUUUAUGUUUGCAUGCAUGUAUUUCAUAAAGUUUAUAUGCUGCUUGAUUCUAAAAACAACACCAACCCUCAAAGGGGUUUUAAAAAAGAAUACAAUAAAAUUAUUAGUAAAAACAAUUUAAAACAUUCAGAAAAUUGAAACCAGCAGUGAACUAAAAACACAUCAGUAUUUCAGAUAGAGAAGUAGGCUUGUCUAAACAAGAAUGUUUUAAGUAGGUACCAAAAAGAGUGCACUGAAGCUGCCAGCAUGAUAUCAAUAGGCAGGGAGUUCCAAAGUAUAGGGGCCACCACAUUAAAAGAUCAGUUUCCUACAGAUGCAGAACAUCUGUAACAGUGCCAGUUCCACAGAUCAAAGCAGUCCGAGAGGGCUUGUAUGGGGUAAGAAUCUCACAAACAAAUAUGUAGUUUGUUAAGGGUCCUGGGAAUUGUAGUGCUGUGAAAGGUAAACUACAGUUCUCUAGGUCCUUUGGAGGAGGCCAUGUGCUUUAAAUGUAUGCUGUGCAUGUGAGCGAUGUUGCUUCAAGCCAGCAUUAUCCCACACUUUCCAGGGCACUUUCUCAUCUCUUAUUGUAAAAAGACCAUUCUUUUUUUGGGGGGAGUGGGUUUGUUGUGCAAGGCCUCCCAAUCGCCUUCGACUGCACAACCAGGAUUUGCUGGGAUGUGGCUGAAUCUCACCCAAAACUAGCGAUGGUCUGGAGGUCCUCUCUGCUUUGCUCUCAGUUUGCUUUCUCUCUUGGGUCGAGCCAUUUUGUAUUGAGGAUUGAGAAGUGGGCCCUUCCUUUCCCCUGUUCUAACAGCCACACUCACAGCAACCCGUUUGCUCUCAGGGUGACUCAGGAGGGUGCUCCCAGAAAGAGGAAGCAAAAGGCACCACUGCCAGAUCUCUCACUGAACUCUUUGCCUUGGCAUUUCAUUCAACUUCACUUCUGGCUUUCCCCAGUUCCUACCAUGGCUUUCAUUUUCAGGUCAGGGUCAUGGGUUUGAGCCCCUGCAUUGCAGGAUGUUGAACUAGAUGACCCUUUAUUCCCUUCUAGCUCUAUGAUUCUUUGAUUCUGUGAUUUCAUAAUCCAUCCAUUCCUAUGUAACGUCUUCCUUGCCCUCUGCCUUCCCCUCUCUGCCUCAGAUGUUAAUCUUGUGGUUUUAGGCCCCAUCUGCACCAUACAUUUAAAGCAGUAUCAUACCUAUUUACACAGUCAUGACUUCCCCCUCUAAAAUCCUGGGCACUGGAGUUAUUAAGGGUGCCAAGAGUGGUUAGUUCCUCUUCAUAGAGAACUCUGGAGCUUGCAGCUCUGUGAGGGGAACACAGAUUUUUGGGCAUCACAAAGUUUAUUUAAGUCUGCCACCUUUGAUUUUUAUUUAUUUAUUGCUCCCCUCCCCCUUUAUGUUGCUGUUUGAUUAGUCAACACACACACACACACACACACACACACCUUUUCAUUUAUUUAGUAUGGGACAGACACCCACAGCAGCAUAGAAAGCAGUAGGAUAGAUAAGGAACAACUUCAAAGGGGAAAAGCUAUUAUUGUAGUCAGUUGGACAGGAAGAAAUGACUGGAUUGGAUGUAGAAGAAAGAAGAGGAUGAGUCAAAUAUGACACAUAGGCUGCAUGUCUGAAUAAUUGUAUCUCGAGCAGCAAGGAAGACAUGCAGGAUGGAAAGACACAUGGCAGAGCAUCUGCUUCCAGGGAAAUUGUCUUGUGCCAAGGUUGAAAAACUUGGAAUGUGGCCUGCUUGGUUUGCCAAUUCUAUAGGAAGGCUGCCUUUGACCAGGUUAGAGUAUAUCUCUGCCUAACGCAGUUACCUACUCUGAAAAAGUGUGCAUGCACAUGAAAGCUCAUGCCAACUUAGUUGGUCUCUAAGGUGCUACUGGAAGGAAUUUUUUAAUUUUGUUUCUACUACUCUGAAAGGCAGCAGCUCCUUAAAUGGGAGCUCUCUCUUAUCACCUUCUGCUGGAGAUUGACCCUGGGAACCUUCUGCAUGCAAAGCUAUGGUGAGCAAUGGUGUUCCCCAAAUAUCAGAGGACAUAUGGACUUGCCUAAAAACAAAGGCUGACGGAUUUGAUGGAUAAGGCAAUCAAUGGCUGCUAGCCAUGAUGGCUGUGUUCUGCUUCACACUGCCAGAGGCAGUCUGCCACUCAGUGCCAGCUGCUGAGAAUCACAAGUGGGGAGGGCGCUGUUGUGCCAAUAGCCUAUUGUGCACAGAUGAACUAUGGAAGACACUGCAUUGUCAGCCAUUCGGUUUCAUUGGCUGAUUCCUUGGCUCUGGUAUUAAGAGGGGGAAAAAAGGUUUGUUCAUGGCCAUUUUCUCCUCAUGAUGCACAAUUGUAUCCACUUCUAUUAUGUCCUUGUUUUUUUGAUGAGCUAAAAUGCCCCAAAUGCUGUAACCCUUACUCAUGGGGAAAAACAUAAAGAAGGGAAGUGUCCACUUGAAGUGGGGGGGGGUGCGAGGCACAAGACAGACAGUGUGGGGAAACCAGCCUUGCCCCUCCGAGGAGUGGGGGGGGGGGAGCCUGCAGCAGCAGCUCCUCUUUUUAGGUAUGCACUUUCUGCUGGGCAGUACCUUCCAGCCUUCUCCUGUGGAAGCUUUAAUUAACUCCGUGAAACUGUUUUCUGCUUAUGCAGAGUCUUUUCUCAAAGAAGCGCAAAAUGCUUUGAAAGGGGAUCGUAGGUGUAAUAACUUCAGGUUUUCAAAGAGCAGCAAUUUCAAGACGCCCUGAUCAAAUUUCAAAAGCUGAAAAGGUGUAUAUUGUUGGGGCUCGGUUUUGUUGUUGCUCUUUUUUAAAACCAAGUUGCAUUUUCCCAGGAGUCAGCUGGUUUGGAUGCUGUUUAAUUCAUGAAUGUUGAAGAGAGACCCUUUUCUGAUUGCCUGGGGCCAUCUAGUGAGCUGCUUGCAGAACUGGGUGUUCUACCCCUGAGCUUUUGCCAUAACCAGAUAGUAAUAUUGACUCAGCUAAUUAGGCCACGCAAUACCUCAUUGCACCAGCUCACUUGCCUUAUUUAUAUACUUUGGAUAUUCAAGCUUUUAGUUCCUUUAAGCCCAGAAUUCAAAAGAUGGAUAUUCAAAGGGGAAAAACCCUCUGCACAGCUGUCUGUGGUUAAUGGACAACAUAUAUCUCAAGCAGUGAAUGGGCUGGACACAUUUUAGAGGACGUGUGCAAUGACUGAAGCUACACAUUCUGGGGAAGAGUAACUCAGGCCUCUUACAAUGACGUUUCCACAAAUACAACACAAGAAACAAUUCAGCCUUAACAGAGAUAAAAGAAGAGGACUUUGCAUUUCUACCUUGUAGAAUUCUCUGAUGGGAUAAAAGUUGUGCUUUCAAGUCAUUUGCAUGAAAAAGGUUUCUUACUUGAGUCAUACCCUGUUGACACAAGUUGCUACCAAGAACACAAAACACUUGAAGAAGUGUUCAUAAGCUGCUGUUCACCGCAUCACCCCAUUCAAAUGAAACAGCUCAGGCUGACCUGCAUUAUUCCUAUGGCAGCCAGAGACACUACUAUCCUGCUAACCUUAGGUAGAUUAUUCCAUGCUUUGUCUGGAGUUCUGUUUAUGUUAACAAUUGGCCGGUACCAUCUCCUGACAUGAACAGUAUGUUCUUAAUAGCAGGGCAGAUUUUGACCCACACGCAAAUCUAGAUUAGACCUUCAGCUAUAAAACAAGGGAAUCUGUGGUCUUCCAGAUGUUGUUAGAUUACAACUCCCAUAAUCCCUGACCAUCAGCUAUGCUGGCUGGGCCUGAUGGGAGCUGGAGUCCAACAACAUUUGGAGGGCCACAGGAUCUGUAUCCCUGCUUUAAAAUUACAGUGUUAUCCAUUGAAAGGGAGGCCUAAACCGGGGAUGGGGAACAUGUGGUCCUCAAGAUGUUGUUGGACUCCCAACUCCCAUCAGCUCCAGCCAGCAAGGUCAAUGAUCAGGAGUGAUGGGAGUUGUGGUUCCCUCAAAUAUUGUAGGGUCAAAGGUUUCCCACCCUGGUCUAAAUUGGAGGGCUAUUUCAGGCAUCUUGCCAGAGGGUUAUUUUCUGUCUUUGCUGAUGUUUUUCAACCCUGUCCUUUUUCAAACAUAGGGCACAGUAGCCGACCGAGUGCUUCAUCAAAGGCACAAGAGCCUUAAAAUGAGUUGGGUGGGUAACAUGCUGAAUGAGUGCUUGUGGGCUGACAUCUACUUCCCAAUAGGCGCACAUGAAACAUGCCAGGAUCUCCCACUGGCUAGGCCUCCAUGCGUUGGAUUUUAUGCACAAGUUACGGCUCUGCAUGAGGAUGUAGAGAGAGACUAGGGCCGCCAGUGGGUAGGAAUGGAAGGCACAAUCUCACUCCUCAGCCGUGUGCAAAAAGGCCGGGGAAAAUAUUGCCCAAACUAGACCAUUCUGUUGUCUACUAGAGGUGUUUUCUACUUGCCACACCAUGCUGCUGUAGUCUUUGAAAAACAAUAUUUUAGGUUUCAGAAGAUUAUU